AUGGAGCUUGCUCACAGUUUGUUAUUAAAUGAAGAGGCUUUGGCUCAAAUCACAGAAGCAAAGCGACCAGUUUUUAUCUUUGAAUGGCUGCGGUUUCUUGACAAAGUGCUAGUAGCUGCUAACAAGGUAUGCCAUGUCCCCUCCCACCAGUCUUUGGUUUUUAUAUAGUCCUUUUUCAUUGAGUUUCAUGGGGCUUGCUCCCAGAUCAGUGUAAAGGAUUGCAGUCUAACUCCAUGACAUUAUUAUGUAGUUCACUAAUUCAUAUUUUUGAAAGAUCUGAUUUGCCCAUAAUUUGAGAUGAAUGUUAUGUCCUGAGCUGUAAUUCCCUUUCCAAGUUUGUUUUAAGUGAAUUUGUAUCAGUAGUUUCAGAGAAAUGCCAGAAGCAUUUAGGCAAAUGGGCCAGUGGAUUAGGCCAGUACCAGCUUCAUUAAAUAAACCACCAAAUAUCACGAAUGUCAGGAUAUCUUAUUGAAAAAUAAAAUGACACAUGACGGGUGGUUAUAGCUCUACUAGCAAAAAUAUCCCAGAAAUAAAAAUACUUGAAUAGCAAUCAUCUGAAAGAAUUAAGCAUUUGAAUGUUGAAUUAUGAAAAUCAGAGCAAAUAAAAUUUUAAUUUGUUUUGUUAACAGACGGAUGUAAAAGAAAAACAAAAAAAACUUGUUGAACAGCUAACUGGUCUUAUCAGCAGCUCUCCUGGGCCACCCACCCGGAAAUUGCUUGCUAAAAACCUUGCCGCUCUGUAUAGCAUUGGAGAUACUUUUACUGUAUUUCAGACACUUGAUAAGUGUAAUGAAAUUAUCAAAAGUAAAGAUGAUACAUCAGCCUACUUACCAACCAAACUGUAAGUAACAGAUCACAUACAGGACAAGAAUGUUGUUACAAGUGAUGGUUAACUUGUUAAUUUCUAAGAACACUGAAGAAGUAGCUGAGCAGAUUUGAAUGAUUUUUGUGAUUCAUGCUUACAGAAUCCUCAGGGGAAUAUACCUGUUUAGAAAUGAAUGAUGCCUUGAAGUAACAAUGGAAUCAAUUUCCUACUGUUUUUUGUCACAAUAUUGGUUGUGACUAGAAUGAUGCAGCUGAGGGUGGGAGGGUAACUGAGAACAUAAGAUCCUGCUCGAUCAGACCAUUUAGUUCAGCAUCCUAGAUGAUGGGCAGUAAUAUUUAAAGUGGGAUUAUGUAGCUGCUGCAGGAUAUCAGUGGAAGAAAGUGUUUGUUGGAUUAGCAUUAGUCUUUAAGCAUCCACACUACAGUGGAACCUCUGGUUACGUACUGUCCCCCUUACAAAUGCUUCAAGUAACGCGCUCCGCUAACCUGGAAGUAGAUGCCCCUAGUUGUGACCUUUGCCCCAGGAUGUGAGCGGAAGUCGCGCAGUGGGAGGCUCCAUUAGCAAAAGCGCGCCUCAUGUUAAGAACAAUUUCGUGUUAAGAAUGGACCUCUGGAACGCAUUAAGUUCAUAACUGGAGGUACCACUGUAUUAUUGCAGGAGGAGGGAAGAUGAAACAAUUCUUUAAAUGUCUACUUGGAAAUAAAUAAAUUCACUGGGCCUGUAAAUCUCUGAAUAUAUUGCCCACUUCUAAAAGAGCUCUGUUUAGUUUUGUCACAUCACUGUGCUGGCAACAUGCAGGACUUGAUAAUGUAUUGUUUUGCAUGUUUCCUAAGAAGUAAGUCCUAUUGGGGGUUUACAGGCAGGCAAAUGUGCAUAGGAUUGCAAUGCAGAUGAGCGCUGCUGCAUUCUGGAUCUAUUAUGUGCAGCCUCUGAUGGAGAGGCUUUCUUCCAUGUGAAGAAGCCUGCUUAUUGUAUUUCUAAGUCUAAACAUACCUGUGUAUACAGAAGAAUUGCAAAGGUUUUCUAGCUGGAAGUUGUUCUUGACUUGGCUUUUGUGCAGGAGGACAGCAAAAAUAGAGCUUAAUUGAGAACAGUUAUAUUCCUUCACAUGCAGCAAUCCAGACUGGAUUGAGAUCUUAGUUUUUCUAAGUGAUUACUGCCAAGCAGUUUGAAGGAAACUAAGCCAACCAAUUACUUGACAUAAUUUUACCAGUCAUUGUGAAAAUCACUUAGGGAAUUCUCAGGAGCAUCUUCUAGGAACUAUAGGUUAUCAAACUAUUUGGAAUUAAAUUCCAUGCUUUCAAGACUAUUUUGUUAGCAUCAGACAUGCAAAGUCUGAGAAGACUGCAUUCUAUGCACAUAAAAUACUCUUAAAAUAUUCCAAACUACAGUUGCUGAACAUGCUAUAUUUAUUUUGAAAUAUGUGAGAAAUGUGAGUCAUUCUUUGGGUGAGAAAAAUCCUAAUGAGCAUGAGAGUGGAAAAACUUAAUGAAACUUGGCAUUCAUUUUACCUGUCACUUAAUUGCUAAUCCAUGUGAAUUUUUACCUUCUCAUUUCUAAAACUAUAUCUGUGGCCAAAAUAUAAGUUUGUAGUCUCUGAUUUCCUUACAAAGUAUACAUACCACAUAAAACUGCCCGGUUGCCUGAAGAUAUUUAAGUUUUGAUUUGAUGCUUCUAUUUACUAGCAUGUUACCUAGUGAAAAAAUACUAAUGAUGAUUUUGCCUUUUUGUAGCACUGCAGUGGCAUGUGUUGGAGCAUUUUAUGAAAAAAUGGGGAGAAUGCUGGGUAGUUCUUUUCCAGAAACAGUUAACAAUCUCUUAAAGUCUCUGAAAAGUGCUGAGGUGAGUGAAAGUUGUAAAAAAAACACAAAAUCAUAUUUUUUACUCUUUUCCAUCUGUAGUUUGUUUGCCUAAUUUGUAACAGACUAAGACCAUCAAUUAAGGCUUAGGAAAUUUUAUUUAAGGCUAUUCUGCUGUCUUUUAUUUAUAUACUCUUUGUUCAAUUAGGAUGGCCAUACGUCAGUAAUUUCCAGGACAUACCUGGAAUACUGCAGUUUGAAGCAGUGUCCAGGUGGAAAUUGGCAAAAAUGUCUGGGAAAACCUGGGUGUAUGGCAACCCAUGUCGGCAGUGUCAUUUUUUUGCCAAAUUACCUUAAAAAUACCUCAGAAAUGCGUCAUGACACCAGUUGUGUGGUAUCUCUCUCUUUCAUAUAUGAAUUAUUAGCCGUCUCCCUUUGCCCCUCACUUUUUAGAUAAUUCUCGUAGUUACAUUAUGAAGACACAGAACAAGUUGUUUCUUAUUUCCGCUUCAUUCUCUCUUUCUCCCUUUCAAAUCCCAAUGCAAUUUGUAGUCACAGGGCCGGAGUGAAAUAUUAAUGAGUUUGCAGAAAGUCCUAAGUGGGCUGGGUGGUGCUGCAGCUUCUUGCCACCGUGAUAUUUAUAAGAAUGCAAGAUCUCUCCUGACAGACAGAGCUAUGGCUGUGCGAUGUGCAGUAGCAAAGGUAGGUUUGUAUUAUUUUACAAUUUAUAAACAGGCAGGGUUUGUUUGUUCACUAAAUUUUCUGUUGGUCUUUCCUUGGUGUGUUGUAUUUUGACAUUAUUUCAUAUGUCACACAGUGUGUACAGUGUAGUUGGGAUGUGGGUUUGGUGGCUAGCUUAUCCAGAUCACCUUCUGAAAGCAUUUGGGCUGCCACAGAGCAGUUCCCGUCUGAAUUUUUUUAAUACUUGGCAUUAAUCUUUGUAAUGGGAUUCUAAAUUGUAGCAGGAAGGACUUUUUCCUCUUACUGAGGAAAGAAUGUGACAAUGUAGCUUUCUUCUCCCUUCAAAGCACUGAAACCGACGUUUUACGCAGGGAGAGAGAGAAGUGGCCUGUUUCUCUAUUUUUUCUGGAACAGAGAUUUUUUGGCAGGGGCAGAUUUUAAACUGAGAGGUAGGAGGCAGCCCCCCCUCCCCCCCUGCAAUACAUCUGAAAAUUAAAUGCUACUGAAGUGUUUGUAGACAGGAAUUGGAUGCUUGUAUCCUGUGAUUCAGUAUUACUCUCCAAUCCCAUAUCUCAUAAUAAUGUUUUUGUAUGAGCACCAAUGUAAAGAUAGAUUUCAGUGUAACCUUUCUGAAUGGUUUUUUAAAAGUCAUUAUGCCAAUCAUAUCUCAUAAGUGGGAUAAAUGACAGUGAUGAUUGUGCUGGCUCUGUUCCCAGAGUGGAUGGGUAAGCAUUUUAGAAAUAUUAAACAAUUAUUGGUAUGUUCUUCCUCCUGCCCCCCAGUGCCUACUGGAACUACAAAAUGAGGCUGUAUUUAUGUGGACAGCAGAACUGGAAAAUGUAGCAACACUUUGUUUUAAGGCUCUGGAAAACUCAAAUUAUGGUGUACGAGUUGCAGUAUCAAAACUUUUGGGAACAGUUAUGGCUACAGCACUGAUACCAAAGCAAGCAGCAGGUAUUAAAUAUUGAAUUGUCUAUGCAAUUAUUAUUCUAUAAUUCCACAGCAAUAAGCUGGAUAUAUUUGUGUACUAUUUGCAAAUCUAGGCAGGUUCUGGUAUGGAUUCAAAUUGGAUGGUGGACCGUAAGUUGAGAUUCCUGAAUUGCAGGGAGUUGGACUAGAUGAUCCUCAGGAUCAUUUCCAGCUCUACAAUUCUGUUAUUCUAUUCUAGAAUGGUAUAGUGGAGAUUGUUGUUUUCUCUAUUUUUGCAGCUAGCCAAAGUUAAAGGAAUUAAUCUACACAAGGAAAGCAUUGAGAUAGAAACCCUUUGUGAAUGAGUUAUGUAAUCAUGUGUAAUCGUCUGAAGGCUUUUAUAUAUAUUUAAUGAUUGGAAACUCUACUAAGUUUUUGUUGCCUUUGUUUCUGUAACAAGACAGGCUACUUGUCAAAAUCACAGAUGUAGUAUGUGUCCAAAAAGUAUUCUAUUAAAUUAAAUUACUAUUUUUUUUCUUGAAGUGAUGCGCCAGAAUGUGAAGCGGGCUACACUGGAAGAGGUUUUGGAACUCAUGGCCACUGGUUUUCUAAGAGGAGGAUCUGGAUUCUUGAAGAGUGGUGGCGAGAUGUUAAAAGUAGGAGGAUCUGUCAAUCGAGAAGUGAGAGUUGGAGUUACGCAGGUGUGUUUGCUCUCUUACUCUUCAAUAAGACCUGUAUAACCAAGUAGCUUCGGGUUGAGCGUUUUUGGGUUGCGCUCCGCAGUGACCCGGAAGUAACAGAAUGUGUUACUUCGGGUUUCGCCGGUCGUGCAUGCGCAGACGCUCAAAAUGACGUCACGCGCAGACGCAGGUUGCAUUCGCUUCAGGAUGCAAACGGGGCUUCAGAACGGAUCCCGUUCGCAUCCGGAGGUACCACUGUAUCUCCAGCCUCUAAAAGGAGUACCUCUGUGCAGGGCUCCAGUCAGCUUGGACCAAAGGGCCUUGUAGUGCUCUUUUGGGCUUGCAAAGGAUGCCUCCCUCUUCCACACCUCCACAGAGGCCAUAGCCUGCUGUGCUAAAAGAUAGAAGGUGAUGUGAAAGACCUCUGAGACUCUGAAGGGCUGCUAUUAGACAGAGUAGAUGCUUACUGCGCUUGUCUGACCGGCAAUUCCUGAAAAUAUUGUUAUAUUGUGGUGGGAGAAGGGGUUCUCCAGGGUCAGAAAAGGGGAAAAUAUCCAUUUCUUUGUAUUUAGUUCUUCAUGAAUCAAGGUAAGCAGUGAAUCAUAAUGGUAGUGAGGACUGUGCUUCCAAAAGUAUUCCUUCUACUUGUGGUAGCAUUAGGUAGAAGACAUCAUAUAUGUGAAUCCAUCCCUAAAAUAUGGUUGUUUCGCCUCAAAAUCUUAUAAAACCGGGGUCAUUUAAGUCUUCUCUUUAGAGUUUCCCUUUGUUUGCCCCUCCCCUCUAUUAUGGAAAUGUGUACAAAUCCUUCCUUUCUGUGGUUGUAAUAUUUGUAUUUUGAAUUUGCAGGCUUAUGUUGUCUUUGUCACAACAUUAGGAGGUCAGUGGCUGGAGCGCAAUUUUGCUACAUUCUUGUCACAUGUUCUAGAUCUGGUUUCUCACCCUCGGGCAACGCAGACUCAUGUAGAAGCGGUGUACUCUCGAAGAUGUGUCUCCUUCAUUCUCCGAGCCACUGUAGGAAGUUUAUUGGGGGAGAAGGCACAGAUUGCAGCUGCCAAAGAUAUAUGCCAGGCAAUUGGUAAACAGAUGAAGGCAGUAGGUAAGAAUGUUAAGGUUAAGGUCCAAAUCAACAUAAUAUAUUCCUGUCCCAUAAGUAUGAAGGAAUUUUUAAAGCUGUGAAAAAAAGGUCUAUGACAGAUAAUCAAACAAUAUUAUGUGCCCUCAUAACACUGAAGUGCAGGCACAGUAUGUAAUAAUCUGUAAAUAUGCUCUAAAGUAUCUAGCUGUGCUGACUGAAUAUAUAUUUUAAACGCUAACUGCAUCACAGCAAUGAAAUACAAAAGUAUGGUUACUCAGAAGAUGAAGAAUGUUUAGGACAGCUCCCCCCCACACCCGAAAACAUGCAUAUGUGGCAUAUGGGCAUCAGGCUACUUGUGCUUGAGAUCAGAGAGCUAAUUCUUAAAAAUAUUUUAAAACUGGCAGUAGGUGGGAGUCGGAACCUGGAAAAUCAGUAAUCAUGAAGAGAAUUUAAUGCUUUGGUUCUCUCUCUUCCGUUUUCAGACUCAUCACUAUUAGACAUUUUUCAUAAGCUAAGUUUCCAUGGUGAAAAUAUAGAAACAAUGGCAUAUUUCUUGAUAAUAUUUUCUCAUUCCUUCAGUGAUUAUCCAAAAAGUAGCUCUCUUGUGAUGAAAUAUAAAAUACUUGUGAUUGAAAGGCAGCUUUUAAUGUAGGUUGCCAGCAAGUCAUCUGAAUGUAUGCUAAACCAAUCUCUGUUCUGUAAGAGUUGUCUCUUAAAUUCUGUGGCGCCUCAGACAAACAUAUGCAGCUCAGUUUCUUAGCUACUGUGUACAAGCAACUCUCGCAUUUCUGUAGUUCUUUAUACUGAUACUCUUCUGAAUACACCUCAAAUUUACAAGAAUGCUGGAUGACACUCUCUCUUCUUCCCCUGCUUUGCCAGAAUCAGUUGUGAAUGAUGCUAAUAUUGAAAACAAAUCAGGAGCAGCUGAAGUUGCUGCAAGUCAGCAUGUGAUGGUUUGUGCCCUUCAGGAGCUUGGGAGCCUAGUUCAGAGCCUAAGUGCCACUGCUUCACCUCUCAUACAAGAGCCUUCUAUAGGUAAGUUGUUAAGACUGUAAUUUAAUAUAUAGUUGCCUGUACAGAAUUGUACUGUUCAAUAUCCACUUCUGUCUGCCAGCUUACUUGAUUACCACUACAUUCUGGCAUGAAAAACAAACCCAGCAAGACAUGUGAAGAUGUAAUCUAGAAAAAUGCAAGGGCAUUUACUGUCUCUGGUUUCAGCAGAAUGUAAGCAAUUCUGAGAUUCUUUAGCCUGCUCCCAUAACAGCUAAACAAAUUGCCUAAUAAAAAUGUAUUUGUGUAUACAGUUAUCAAUAUUGUUAUCUAUGUAGUUUCCCCAUAAGAACCUAGAGUCUGGAGAGUUCUGGUGAAUGCCUCGUCAUGCAUUUAUUGAAAUGAGAAAUAAAAUGGAAAUUUAAAAGCAAAAGUGAACUAAUUUUAAAUCUCAUUCUGUUGAGUAAGAUUUUGGACAUCUUAACUUACUAUUAGAUGGAGUGAAAGGGGACUGAAUGGUAUAGAGUAUAUCCUAGUAUAGAAAUCCAUUAUUGAUUUCCCUUUAAGAUUCACUGUUGUCUGUGUUGAUUUCAGGAUUGCUUGAGACUGUUACUUCAGUUCUUCUUCAUCCAAGUAUGGCUGCCCGACUUGCUGCUGCAUGGUGCCUGCGUUGUGUAGCUGUGGCCUUGCCUUUCCAAGUGACUCCUUUCUUGGACCGGUGUGCCGAAAGGCUCAACAAUUUGAAGACCUCACCAGAAGCCGUUAGUGGUUACAGUUUUGCAAUGGCUGCUUUGCUAGGUGGAGUUCAUCAGUGUCCUUUGGGCAUUCCCCAUGCAAAAGGAAAGGUGAGAUACUAUGAACAUAUGUGGCUUUGCAUAUUAAGUUCAAAUCUUAACAACAUAAUGGCUAUAGAAAUAAAAUGGACUUCGCUUCUGCUGCCCUAAUGCUAAACACAUUCACUUGUUAAAACACCAAUUUGUUGUUGGAAAGGGUCUGGCUGGCUACCUCCUUACUAUAAAAUGCAUUUAAACAGAAGAAGAAAAGAUGCUACAGCAACCAGUAUAAUCACCUGCGGGCCAUGGCAUAUCCAUGUCAGCCCAGGUGCUAAUGUAAGCCCUGUUUGUCACUGUCGACAUCAUCAUCUGCUCCUCUCUUUGGGGGGCCCUGUGCUGUGAGUCCCUAAACUCUGACCUCUCUUGUGUCAAUGAGAGAAGAAAAUAAUUAGUGUGUCACUCCUUACAUUACUCUUUCUCUUAAAUCUGUUUCCUAAAUUUCACUAUCCUUCUGCUUUCAUUUGACCCAAAGAGUUCAUUUGCAUCCAAACAUCCCCCUGGUUAAUCUAGGCCACUGUUUCAGCUGCCAGAUCCCUACUACCAUUUCCCAUUCCUUAUUUAGUAAUACUAGGAUUCCUCAUUUCCUUACAUCUUUAAAAUAAAGUUGGUUUGGGUACCCUAUAUAUACACGGGUUUUUAGUUUUCUUUAUUCUUCUGUAAAUAUUUUAUUUUUGUUGAGUAAAGUCACACAGCCAUUUUACACUUUAUGCCAUAUUGGUGUAACGUGUGUUAUUUUGAACCCAAAUUGGAAGUGUUAUUGCUAAUUCCUUAAAUAACUAAAUAAUUGAGAAUAAUGUGCAACUUCUUGUGACAUUCAGGUUUAAAGAUCUGAAAGUGUUGCGCCUCCGUGGUGACACAUGCAAACUUUUGUGUUAGCAUGUAAUGUGUGAUUAGGAAUGGGCACAUAAUUGGUAACAAUCUCCUUUUGUUUUCAGAUGGUUGUUAGCAUUGCAGAGGAUCUCUUACGAUCUGCUGCACAAAAUAGCAGAUUGUCUUUGCAGCGAACCCAGGCUGGAUGGCUUUUGCUUGGUGCUCUAAUGACUUUAGGUAUGUAAAACAGUGGCUGGCUUUAUCACUGUGGUGUAGGACAGUCCUGGUAUUCUUAAUAAGGUUGUCUGAUUAGUCUUGACAGUAAAAAUUCCUUAAAGUUGUUAUAGUCAGCAGAAUAAACCAAGCUCUUCAGAAGUUCAUAUUUGUAACUGGGGAGAUACUUUCUAAAGAUCUUUAAAUUAGCUUUAUUUGAUUAAACUUUUAAUGCUAAAGACUAAUACAUAGUGUGUAAAAAUACAAAUAUUCCUAUAAUCUUACAUCACAUGCAUUGGUUACAUUGAUUACUGGCUACCUUUCCAAGUAAAAAUGGCCAAAGUGGCAUACAAAAUGUGACUUUAAAAAAAAGAAAAGAAUAGCACACAAUAAUGGCAUUGGAGUAUUUUUAGUGUCAUUUGGUUAUUUUUUGUUUGUUUGUUGAGAAUUGUUUAAAAUCUACAGUAAUUUGCCUUCUUACCCUUAGGUCCGUCUGCUGUUCGUUACCAUCUUCCCAAAAUGUUACUGCUGUGGCGAAAUGUAUUUCCCCGAUCUUUGAAGGAAUUGGAAGCAGAGAAAGCUCGUGGAGAUUCCUUCACAUGGCAAGUAACACUGGAAGGACGUGCAGGAGCUCUCUGUGGUAAGAAUCUCAAAGAUACAGCUAACAGUUCCUGAAUUAUUUCAAUCAGUUUUACCUGGAACAUUGUGAAAAGAUUCAUGUUCAAAUCUGAAUACUAAAUGGCCUUGAACAAGUUCCACUUCCAGUGUCACAGGGCCUUGUAAAAUGCCCUAAGAUCCUUGGAGGAAUGCUGAGAUAUAAAUGUCGCAAGUAAAUAGUGUAUAAAGGUAAUGUAAGAGUUUGGCUUAUUCAGAAGGCUGAGAGAGUAAAAAAAAGAAAAGGUUCACUCGUAGUGGUACAUGUGACUCCCAAGGAAAAGAUGCCUGAUGAGGGAGACAAGUGGGGAAGUAUUUGAUUCCACCUGCCCUUCCUAUAGCAAUGCAAGCUUGGCUGAAAUAAUAUAUACGGUAGCAAUAGUGGAUAGCAUGGGUGGGGCACUGUGGUUAACCUGGUUUCUUGAAUGUCUCUGCUGAUUAGGGAAAGCAUUGGCAUUUCUGCCAGCAGCUGAACUGCAGUUUCUUUUUGAGAGUUAACAUUUCCUUCUUUGCUUACAUAGUUUAAAAUGUGACCAAUGCAUUUUUCAUUAUUAGCUAUGAGAAGUUUUGUUGCUCACUGUCCCGAACUUCUAACAGAGGAUGUUAUUCGAAAACUGAUGACUCCUAUAGAAUGUGCUAUGACAAUGAUGUCUCAGUAAGUAUAGUUUCCACAAUGGUGAAGUAAUUUCCCCUCAAAAUUCUCUGUAGUCUGCAUAACCAGAAAAAGUCAGAGAAAUUCUCAUUUUAACUUCAAAAUGAAGAAACAAUCGACACUAACUUCUUAAAGUUAAUUUUAUGUCCUGUCUUACUUUUUUGAUAUUUAACAUUUCCAUUUUUAAACUAAAUAUUAUUUCUUGUUUUAUGGAAGGCACAAAUCUUCUUUAAAAAUACUUUCAAAAAUAAUUUAUUCUGCAUAAAAUGAAAUUGUGUGCAUAUCACAUAGCAACUCAGGGACAGACCUUGCGUAUAACAGUAUUGAAAGUUAGACUUCAACCUAGUGCAUCCUACCAGAAAGGUUACCACUAGCACAAUGGGACUUUCCUCCACUUCUCCCCCCCCCCCACGUGCUCCCUAUGUUGUCCUCAAAUCUGUUCUAGAUGGUUGGAGGAACCUCCAGAACAGAUUUUGCAGGGGGCAGGGGAGUUCUGUUGUGCAAGGGGAAAUCCUUCCGCUGAUGGAACCUGAGUCUUAGUGUUAUGUUGAAUACAACCCAUUGCAUCAACAGGUUACCAUGUCAUGAUUUUUACUAGUAAUUAAUCUGGAAUUCUUUUUAACACAAUAGCAUUCCCUCUGUAAUAAAAGCCCAUGGAGCUCAUCUGAAGGCUAGUGCAGCAAUGGUCCGAUUAAGACUUUAUGACAUCUUGGCUUUGUUACCACCAAAAACAUAUGAAGGUAAUUGCACUGAAUUGUUGCUUAUUGCUCUUAAUGCUUGGGUCCACAUCCCUUAUAUUCUUAUGUAGGCUUUUAAAAACUUUAAAGUAGUCACAAAAUUGAAAAUAGUCACAAGAUUGGUAGCAUUUCUAUGAACAAAUAAUGUAUUUUUCUAGAGGGCAUCUAGCAGAAUCACUGUGCUCACAUAUACACAUCUGCACACCUGUACAAAGAUUAGAAAUAACUCUAUGCAGUAAUAUUCAGUAAUACAUAUACCAGCUAUGCCUCUAAGCAAUGGUCCUGGGUAACUCACAAAUACAAUGUAGAAUUGUUAAUGAUAUCAAGCAGCAAUAGUCUCCCUGGCCUUGGAGUGCUGGGUGUCUAGUUAAUAUCUAAAACUUCAGAUGUUCUCCAAACCCCUCUACUCUACACACACACACACACACACACACACACACACAACAACAACAACAAAGCAACAACGUAAUAAUAAAAUAUAAAUAAAUAAAUAGAAAUAAAAAUGUGCACUCCACCCCCGAGACCAUUCCAUUAUAACUAUCCAACUCCUCUAUUCUUCUGUUGACUGAACUCCAGCUUGGAGGAUGAUCGCUGGAUAGUACCUUUGAUUUCUUCAACCCCUGUCUCAGUGAGGUUCAGUUGGAGAAAUAAACUAUCUGGAAAAGCUUUUACUUUUCUUUCUGGUAUUUGGCUGGUUUCCCACUAAAUCUUAGUUUCUUGGCACUGUGCUCUUUGAGGGCCUCUCUGGUAGUACUAUAGUAAAGCAGUAGAGUUCUCUUUGCCAGUGGACACUAGAAUCGGUGCAUCUAGCUGUACAAGACUACCUGACUUUUCAAGCAGGUGAAUGUGGGCUUCUCAUGGGCUAUAUCUUCCCAAGAAUAAUAUUAGUACUGAUUUUCCUGUACUGCACCAUCCUUCUUUGGGAACUAUUUCUGUUUCAUAUAAUGGCUGUUGAUUCACAGGAUGUAAAAUGUCUUAUAUUUUGACAUUGUUCCCCUUCCAAUUAUUUUCCUUCAGGGUCAUUUAAUGCACUUCUUCGGGAGCUGGUGGCAGAAUUUACUUUGACAGACAACUCUGCUAAUACUACUACAUCUCUGCUUAGAUCACUUUGCCAUUAUGAUGACAGUGUUCUUCUUGGCUCCUGGCUGCAGGAAACAGACCAUAAAUCAAUUGAAGAUCAGGUAUCAAAUCCUUAAAAAGCAUUCCCCAAAUGUCUAGUUUUCUGCCAUUUUUCAAGGCUCUUGAGCAAAUCCACUGUUGUUAUUUUUACAGUGCCCAGCACAUAUUUGUAAUACUUCUACUGAUUUCUAAAUAUAGAGGUUUAAGUUAGACUCAGUUAUAAUUUGCAUUUCCUCAGAGUUAUGAAAAAUGUUGCAUCUUGUAGAGUUUGUGGGAGAUGCCAGAACAGAGUGAACCCUAAACUUGAACUCUUAAGCAUGCUAUAGCAGAGCAGGGGAAGAUGCCAUAGAGUUAGAAAAGAAUAAAGUCACAUAAUAAGCAUGUUUUUGAAAAAGAGAAAAGGCAGUGGACCCUGCUGCUGUUGCUGCUCAAAGUAUUACAGUAGGACAUCUUAAUAGUAUAGUCAUGGUGUGUGUUUCCUUCUCAUAUUUCCAAAUGAAACACUUAUGUGAGACUGCUUGAUCUGUAACUGCCUUUAUCAUGUGAGUUCUGUGCAGUACUGGUAACCACGUGACUGGGCACAAGCAAAGCAAUUUUACUUGAAUUAUACAUACUGGCUUAAACCUUCCAUGAAUGUAUUUAGUUUGAUGAACUGAAGCUCCUUCCAUUAACACACUCAUGGAAGAACCCAUUCCUUGAAAACAAGCAUCACAGUUCUAAAAGCUAGGAUCCAUGCCUUAGAGUUGAAUCUCCUUUUUUGUCCUUGAAAUAAUGGAGACACUGCAGAAGUAUAUAGGUUCCCUUGAACAAGAAUAAUUUAGAAACAAAAAUCUUUAGAAAAUGUAUAAUACGGAGCGAUAAAUGUUACAUGUUUAUCAUAUUUCAAGUGUUCUGAUGCUUUACAGCUCCAGCCAAACAGUGCCUCUGGAAGUGGUGCUCUAGAACAUGAUCCAUCUUCCAUUUAUUUGCGCAUCCCUGCUGGUGAAGCUGUUCCUGGUCCUCUUCCUUUGGGAGUGUCAGUCAUAGAUGCCUCAGUUGCUCUCUUUGGAGUGGUUUUCCCUCAUGUUUCCUACAAGCACAGGUCUGUUUAUAACCAGGGUGGCUAACCUUUGUUGGCCUUAGAGCCACAGUGACAACCCUCUUGAACUUACAAGCCACACACAUGCAUACACCAUGCAAAUUAGCUGAGGAGUGUCAUUAUUGCCGCCUCCUCUGCUCAUCAAAUGACCAAUCAAAUGACUGAAAAAGGCUGACUUGUACCAGUAUUCAGAUCAGGGAACUCGACUUUGCUCAAUGUAGCACUGUCUACUUUAAUUUUUGUUCUUUUUGCUGCUGCUACCAAAAUUAGUAAGAUCCCAGGGCCAAGGGGGCAGAUUAGGGCCCCUGAACCUAGGUGUAGGCCCCCCAGCAAAAUCUGUGAAUAUGUCAUUAUAGUGCUAUUUAAUUAAACAGUAUCAAGGCUUAAAUCCUAUUUAAAAGUUAGCUAUUAAGAAAUUUUUCCACCUUUUAAAAAGUUUGUGUUAUCUUUUUGAUUUAUAAUCUGCUUUAUAAAGCGUUUAUUCAACACUUACUGUUGUGUUCACGCAACGUAAUGUUUUCCCUCCUCCCUUCUUUCCUCUCUCCUGCAAUGCCACACCCUCCAAAAUCUUCUCCAGAGGGUUGAGGUGAUGUUAAAAGAGGAAGGAAAGUCACAUUAUGUAAGUGGGGACAGUUAUUGCCAAGCCUAGUUUUGGAGCUUCUGUAUUGUAGCCGCAGCAGCAACGCAAUCAGCAGCUUGCCUGGUGAAUUCAUUUGAUGGCACUGUUAGAUGAACAAAUAGUCCAAGAGCAAAUUUCACUUGAAAGCACAGUAACAUAAUUUGAAGUACAUUAUAUGACAUUGUGGCAUAGUCAUUGGCCACACAGAGGCACCUUACAGUCAUCACCUUUAAAGCCUGUGGGUUUUAUAGCUCUUUUUCUAUCAUGUCAAGGAAUAUCUUUCUCAUAAUAUAUGUAUUUACAGGCUACAGAUGUUGGAUCAUUUUGCAGAAUGUGUCAAGCAGGCAAAAGGUGUUCGUCAACAAGCUGUGCAGCUUAAUAUUUUUACUGCUGUUCUUAGUGCAUUAAAGGUAAACCUGCUUUAAGAGGUAUAAUGCUGUCUUUUUGCUGUGUACUAUAUUUCCUAUCCUACUGUAAUUAUAACAAGGCUGCAGUUGUGAGGCAUAGAAUGUUAAUGUAUGCAUACAAAUUCAUUUCUGAUCACUAUUAUUGCGCUAAUAUCAGUGCCCUCAUAUCAAAGGAUCAGAGGUGCUGAGAUAACUUAAAAAUGGAGUCCAUUAACACUGUUCCAUAAACUUGUUAUGUGAGCCUUAGUGGAAGACUUUGCACAAUGAUGUGUCAGAAGCUGUGUCAUAGCAUGCAAAAUAUGAUGCAUCACCUAUGCUACAGUUUGAAGGUGUUGUGCCCUUUUUACUAAAUCAAAAAAGCCCCACUUUGAGUGGAAGAGCACCUUUAUGCUUCUGGUUAUGUGACAUCUGCCAAAACGUGUGAAAGCUUAAACCUUUCCCUGACUGGAAAUGUGGGAAAGUCAUUUGCAGAAACAGUAGUUGUGAAUAUGGGUAUUAUAUGGUGUGUAUCUGUAAAUCUUUAUAUGUUGUCUUCUGUUAAAGGGCUUAGCUGAGAAUAAAAGUACUUUAGGGCCAGAAGAAGUUCGCAAGUCUGCCUUGACACUAGUUAUGGGGGCCCUUGACAAUCCUAACCCCAUUCUGAGAUGUGCUGCAGGAGAAGCUCUUGGCAGAAUGGCACAGGUGGUGGGAGAAGCAACUUUCAUUGCCAGAAUGGCUCAGUACAGCUUUGACAAGUACGUUGAACAUUUUGCUUGAAGCAAAAGGAGAACUUUGUUUGCUACAUCUCAUUCCCCUGUGUGACAGGGGAGUAUAGUUUUAUAUCGAAUAUAGUUUUUGUAGAAUAUAGUUUGUUUUGCUAUGCAUGCAAAUAUGAAAAUGUGCACAGCUUAAAAACUGCAUAUAAUUUCUAAUUUUGGUUCUUAAUACCUUAAGAAGGAAGUAACAUGGCUGUAAGCAUUUAAGUGUAAGGCGCUGAUUGCUUUUGCCUACCUUUGAACUGUUUGCCUACAUUUGAAAUGUUUUCUCUUUAUAUGAUCUUGAAAAAUAAUACAGUACACAUUUAACUAGUGCACAUUCAGCUUUAUGGGUGUGGCAAAAAAGGGGGGGAUGAAAAUGGGUGGGGUUCCAGGAAGAAUGACUUUGGCAAUCCCACCUACCAUUGAACCCAGUGGGUUUUGACUAUAUGUGAUUUUGGCUUUAGGCACAAUCUCUGGAAGGUAACCCUUACGUAAGUUGUGGACUUACUGUAUUGGAUUGUUUGUCUUUAUCUGACAUCAACAAAAAUGGUAUUAGCUACAGAUUUAACAAAAAUUAAACUUUACCAAAAUCUUGAUAGGCUGAAAUCUGCUAGAGACGUCGUGGCAAGAACAGGCCAUUCCUUGGCUCUUGGCUGUCUCCACCGCUACGUUGGAGGAAUUGGUUCUGGGCAGCACUUGAAAACCAGUGUCAGCAUUCUGUUAGCACUGGCACAAGAUGGAACGUCCCCUGAAGUCCAGGUAAAGCAGAUGUAUAAUAUUCAGCACAGUAUAAUAAGGAUUAUACACUUUUUAAUGCUUCAUUCUGUAUGCAGAUGUUUUUAACAAUAUUAUGAAUGGCAAAAGAAUCAGGCAGAAAAUUCUGCAAACUUUUUUUAAACAAAGGUUUCUGAGCAUAAGCACCCAUGUUUUGUUGCUUCAACCACUUUUCAGUUAUAAAUAGCCAUGCUACCUAUUUGGUAAACAAUCUGAAAAUGUUUCUCUAUAAGCGCUACUCUAAGCAGGUACCACGCACAACCCAGCCAUACUUUAUUUCUCUAUUACUUUCUGUUCAACUGUUUCUAUAAUGAACUCUAGGUAAUGUAUAUGAUCAUUGUGUGCCCCUCCCUUUCAUACGUUCCAAGCAGUCCUGCAAGAUAGAAUUCUCUUCUAAAUGCCUGAAUUAGGAGACUGGACAAAGUAACUGGACACCCUCAAUAAUCCCCUUAUACCUUUCUUCCCUCACCAGUGAAACCUGCUUGUAUUCAGUCUCCUAAAUCUUGUCUCAUCCACACACUGUUCCAGCUGAAUUAACUGAUAGCAUUCUACUUCAUUUCCCUACCAUGAAAUUCUCAAAUCUUUCUUCAAGUGGGCAUACUUAGAAGUUACACAUGCUUAUUUCAGUAUGGGGGAGCCUGAAAAUUAUAACACAUAGGGUAAAAGCAUAAUGCUAAAAAAUAAAAUAAAAAUACUAACAGCUUGUUAAUAGAUAAGUUUAAAUACUGUUGCUGUGGAUGAAGCACUCCAUUAUCAAACUCCUGAAGUCUCAGGGAAUAAAAAUGCCUUCAUAAUUUGGGUAUGCCCACUAUUUGUUGAAGGGACGUGGGUGGUGCUGUGGGUUAAACCACAGAGCUCUAGGACUUGCCAAUCAGAAGGUCACCGGUUCGAAUCCCCGCGACAGGUGAGCUUCCAUUGCAUGGUCCCUUCUCCUGCCAACCUAGCAGUUUGAAAGCACGUCAAAGUGCAAGUAGAUAAAUAGGUCCCUCUGUAGCGGGAAGGUAAACGGCGUUUCCGUGCGCUGCUCUGGUUCACCAGAAGUGGCUUAGUCAUGCUGGCCACAUGACCUGGAAGCUGUACGCCGGCUCCCUCGGCCAGUAAAGCAAGAUGAGCCCCACAACCCCAGAGUCGUUCCGCAACUGGACCUAAAAGUCAGGGGUCCCUUUAUUUUAACUUUACUACUUGUUAGUGUUUCAUUAACGUUAGUGCUGGUGGUCCACGUCACAGAAAACUUAAACCAUGUUGUGGGCCCUGAUGGCUCUGCUUCCUCCCUUUUUAGUUCUGUGGGACAUGAGCAGGGUCUGUGCUUCGAUUUCCUUAAUAAUUGUCAGAAAGUGGGGCUUCAGAGUUACUUUUCCAAGCCUGAGAGAGAGAGAGAUAAUGUGAUGAAGACUGGGAACCGCUGUGCUAAAGUGGCAACCGUACCCUACCAUAGUCUUAGUGAACUGUGCCAAAGGUAUAUGACUAACCUGUUAAUUAUUCUUCCAGACAUGGUCUCUCCAUUCACUUGCUUUAAUAGUGGACUCUAGUGGACCAAUGUACCGUGGAUACGUAGAGCCUACUCUGUCUUUGGUUCUCACACUACUUUUGACAGUGCCUCCAUCACAUACAGAAGUACACCAAUGUUUGGGUCGAUGUCUAGGUGCUAUAAUAACAACUGUUGGCCCGGAGCUGCAAGGUUAGUGUACAAAACAAUAAAAAUGAGGGCUGUAAUCCUCCUGUUAAGUUGCGUGCACGUUAUAUUACACAUUUUAAAAAAUAAAUCCAUUUUUUUUCAACUUCCAAACAAAGAUACCUAAGAUUGCAGCCUUAAAGCAAAAUCCUAGUCAUGUUUACUCAGAAGUCGGUCCUAUUGAGUUCAGUGGGACUUACUCCCAGGCAAGUGUGAUUAGGAUUGUGGCUUUAGUCCUGUUCCAGUCUCUCUCCAUUUUAUAUCUUCUGCCUGAGGACAUUCUGGUUGCUGGUGUGAAUCCUAAUGUAGCUGGUGGUGCUGUGGUCUAAACCACUGAACAUCUUGGUCUUUCUGAUCAGAAGGUUGGUGGUUCAAAUCCUCAUGAUGGGGUGAGCUCCUGUUGCUCUGUCCCAGCUCCUGCCAACCUAGCAGUUUAAAUGCAUCCCAGUGCAAGUAGAUAAAUAGGUACCACUACAGUGGGAAAGUAAAUGGUGUUUCCAUGCACUCUGGCACUCCUUGUGGUGUCCAGAAGUGGUUUAGUCAUGUUGGCCACAUGACCCGGAAAGCUGUCUGCGGACAAAUGCUGGCUCCCUCAGCCUGAAAAACAAGAUGAGUGCCGCAACCCCAUAGUCACCUUUGACUGGACUUAACCAUCCAGAGGUCCUUUACCUUUACCUUUUACCUUCUGGUCAAACAGGGACAACCAACAAUAAUGUCCAGAUAGGUGUGCUAUAUAUAGGAGAUGUGGGUGGCGCUGUGGGUAAAACCUCAGUGCCUAGGGCUUGCCGGUCACAUGGUCGGCGGUUCGAAUCCCCGCAGCGGGGUGAGCUCCCGUCUUUUGGUCCCAGCUCCUGCCCACCUAGCAGUUUGAAAGCACCCCUAAGUGCAAGUAGAUAAAUAGGUACCGCUUUAUAGCGGGAAGGUAAACGGCGUUUCCGUGUGCUGCGCUGGUGCUGGCUCGCCAGAGCAGCUUCGUCACGCUGGCCACGUGACCCGGAAGUGUCUCCGGACAGCGCUGGCCCCCGGCCUCUUAAGUGAGAUGGGCGCACAACUCUAGAGUCGGACACGACUGGCCCGUACGGGCAGGGGUACCUUUACCUAUACCUUUACCUUUUGGUGUGCUAUAAGGCUCCCUUGGCUUCGAUUUCUGGUUCCUUUCCAACUUUCUCUUUUUUCUUAUAUUUUUAUUUCUUGGAGUCUCAGCUGCUCUUUUCUUAACAUUCUUAUUAGUGACUAAAUAUAUCUAGGCUGAGAUGCAGUUUUCAUGCUGCUGUUUUGGGAAUGUUGGUGUUUUCUUGUCUUUUAUAUGGUUGCUGAUAUUAUUAUUUAUUAUUAUUAUUAUUAUUAUCAUCAUCAUCAUCAUCUACCUUGUGAGACCUAUGCCCUAUAAUCAAAUAAAUAAAGCUUAUAGCCUUGGUGUAUAUUACAUUUUGAGGUAAGUGACAGGAUAGAAAAUUAAAUGCAUCCAUGGAACUGUGACUGAAAUAGAAAAUUAUGUAGAUAUUUUAGAAGUUGAUUUGAUAAAUUUAAAUUUGAUAGGUAAUGGAGCUACCAUUUCCACCAUCCGUUCCUCAUGUCUGGUGGGAUGUGCAAUUACACAAGAUCAUUCAGACUCUCUUGUUCAGGCAGCUGCUAUUUCCUGCCUCCAGCAACUUCACAUGUUUGCACCACGACAUGUUAACCUCUCCAGUCUCGUUCCCAGCCUUUGUGUGAGUAUAAGCUAUGCCUCUCAUUAUGUUUCAGUACUAUAACAUUUAUAUAGUUGGAUACUUGGGGGUGGGUGGGUGAGAAAUUUUGUCAAAAUGAGCAGUUGUAUUCUCCAGAAGUAUAGAACACACAACCUUCUUCACGCCUUAACCCUUUCUCUGAACUACCUGACUUCUUAAAUAGCCAUUGUCCAACCAAAUAGUUAAGCUCUUAAAAAAUAAUAUAGGUUUCAUUGCAGAUUUUCAAGAACAUACAUACAGAAACAGACAGGCCAUUCAGUUAUAAUCAGCUGUACUCACAAAAUAGCAAUAACUAAUAACAAUAAAGCUUUCAACCUAGCAAUUACAGAUCACAUUGCCAUUUCUCCCAUGAGUAUUACGGGAGAUGAGUGGAGGAGGUAGAAGAGGGGGAGGGAAUCAAAUUAAAUAAAGUUAUAUGAUUCUUAUGAAAAGAUAUGUAGAUGUACUUCUUUCUUUUAUUUAUUUAUUAAUUGCAUUCAUAUACUGCCUUUCAGCCAGGCAUACAAGGCAGGUUACGGUUUAAAACAUUCCUUCAUUAGGAAGAAUAUAUUUACCAUAAACAUUUGAAUGUGUCUGUAAAGCAUAUUUAAGUUUGCUAUAAACAGCAGUCUGCACUCGAUAGUGGAAGCCGUUGAUAACACAUCAUGUGAACUUCAGCUGCUCUUUGGUUUUCUUCAUAGAGCAGUACUGUUCUUAGCUGAUAGCAUCAUUCAGAUCAGAUGAUGGUAAAAUACUAACCCUAGUCAUGUGUUCAGAAGAAUGCAUGAAGGCAUUAUUGAGGGGGAGUGGGCAUGCACACACUAGUCAAAACAGACAAGUGCCUACACUUGAACUCUGGUGAAUCUCUGGUCAUAAAGAGUGCAUCUCUGAAAGGAUCACUUUAUGGGUGCAAGGGCACAGCUAUGGCAUCAUAAAGAGACAUUUUAGGGGAUGGGCUGUGGCUUAGUGGUAGAGCGCAUGCUUUGCAGGCAGAACAUCCAGGGUACAGUCAUUGGUGGGGUUGGGAGAGACCAUUGCCUGAAACGCUGGAGAAUCACAGCCAAUCACUGAGAUAGAUGGUCUAUUGGUCUGACUCAGUACAAGGCAGCUUUCAAUGACCCUAUGUAACAGGGGCACCAUCUGGGAGGCAGCAAGGGGCCCCCAAAAAAUUCAAGGAGGCAUGACACGUCAGCACGUCGCGGAGCAUGCUCAAUUGACCUUGGCAUGCCCUGCGGCAUGCACAAGUGACGUCAGCAUGCCCCACAGCUCCGGCCCCCUCAUUUCCGGGGACAAGCCAGUGUGCUUGUUAUGUAAAGUGGUGCCUCUGAUAGUGGAGGUAGAACUUAACCAUCAGAUGCAUUGUUUCUUGAAGGCCUUGUCAGCAUCUCUGUUGUCCACGUUCUAGUGUCCAGGCAGAUAGACAAAUUUCUGCCCUUAUAAAGACUUUCAGGCUUGUGCAACCACAAGCCAAAGUUUCUUGAACAAAGGUUGCUUCUGUUAUACUCCACAGCUUGCUGUGGCAAUCACCUUUGUCACACACCUAGAAGCCAUCCCAUCCUAGCCACUACACGCUGCCAAAUGACCCAAGUAAUAUGCACAAACAACACACAUACCCUGGGCCUCCCUUUCGCAGCAAUCAUAUUGAAAUGUGUAUUUGGUUUCAUGUGAACGUAAGAAGAGCCUGCUGGAUCAGGCCAGUGGCCCAUCUAGUCCGACAUCUGGUGUUCACAAUAAUGAACCAGAUGCCUGUAGGAAACCCACAAUCUGCUAAACUGCUGUUUUAAUGGAUUCAUGUACUUUUUCAAUUAAUAAAAAGAUUGGUUUACUGAGUAGCUAAUUUUAAUUAAGCAACAGUACCUAUGGGUUCUUUCAAGUCACCCAGCUAGUUUGAUUGCUGAUUUAUGACUCUGGUUGCAGGUUCACCUAUGCAGCUCCCAUCUUCUACUUCGUCGGGCUGCGGUAGCAUGUCUGAGGCAGCUUGCUCAGAGAGAAGCCGCAGAAGUAUGUGAAUAUGCCAUGAGUUUAGCCAAAAAUGCUGGAGACAAAGAAAAUAAUGGGAUGAGUAAGUUUUGCUUUGCAUGUUUACUUUCCUAAAGACCAAAUGAAAACAGCUAAUGCUGUAAACUUUUAAAGUGCAUUUCCCAUACUAUAUUUUCACCUGCAUGUUGUCUGACUUCGUAAAAAUGAUAUACAUUUGUUUCAUUCUAAAGUAUUCACUUUUGACAGUUUUUCUCCAAUGGUAGACUAUGAAAGUGCACACUUUCCACAUACGUUGGCCAGAUUGGAUUUGCCAGCAUUUUGAAUUGACUUGAUUCUGUGUAGCAGAGCUGGGAAAGAUGUCUGCCUAAAAGCUUCAAGAACUGAGCUCAAGGCCUAUUGUAAAUUAGACUUGACAGGACAAGGCUAGAGGUGCCUUUGUUCUAAGUUUGCAGAAAGCUUCCCUUCCCCGCCCCCCUUACAUUCUGGUGGCUAACCUUUGGCCUUCCAGAUAAUGAUUUACUGCAGCUCCCAUCAUUAGACAUGCUUGCUGGGAUUGAUGAGAGCUGGAGCACAACUUCAUCUGAAGGGUCACAAGUUAGCUACCUCUGUCUUAUGUCCUAAGUAUGUAGUGAUACAGUUUUUGAUUGGGUGACCUUUUUUCUACUGUCGGCCAUCAAUGCUUUUUUGAGUUAGACUAAUUCAUGCAUAUGUUAAUUUAUGUAAACCUUUUAAAAGGAUUUGAAUAAGUUGCCCAAAUAUGGAGUACUUUAUUUUAUAUAAAUGAUGAAAUAUGCAACAACUUUGGAUGGGCAGGUGUGUUUAAACAGAAUUACAUGACACAAUGAUACAUAGGUUACUUACUGGUACUUCCCUAGACUACUAACACCUUAGUUUUUGCAUCGUUGGUGUUUUAUCAUAUUAAGUACUGCAUUUUAAUGCUGCAGAUGUCAUUGUGUUAGUUAUUUGGAUUAUAUGGAGCCAUAGACUUUUAAGAAAAAUCUCAAGUUGCUAUUUUGAUGAAAAGAAUUCCUGUUAAUGUAAAAUGCCUUUACCAUCUGUUUUGCAGAUAUGAAUUCUUUUGCUCCAGGAAUAGGCUCCCGGAGGGAUAUUCAUGGCCGACAUCAGGGAAUCAAUAUCACAGAGACUGGACUUGAGGGAGUCCUUUUUGGAAUGCUAGAUCGGGAGACUGAUCGGAAGCUGUGCUCUGAUAUUCAUGAUACCUUGGGACAUAUGCUUUCAUCUUUGGCAGUAGAAAAGCUCUCGCACUGGCUGAUGUUAUGUAAGGAUGUCCUUGCAGCAUCCAGUGGUAAGUAUCUGAAAAUGACCAUGUUUUGACUCUUGUAAUUCCUUUAGAAGCUUUUUAUUUAGCAGACUUUUCCAUCAAGUAUGCCUAUGGCAUUAAAGGAAGUCAUGGUCCAGCCUCUACUGAAGAAAACCUUGUUAAACAUCUUGGAACAACAAUUGUCCAAUGUCUAAUAUUUAUCUUUUGGGUUGUUGUUGUUGUUUAGUCGUUUAGUCGUGUCUGACACUUCAUGACCCCAUGGACCAGAGCACGCCAGGCACUUCUGUCUUCCACUGCCUCCCGCAGUUUGAUCAAACUCAUGUUAAGUACUCUUUUGGGCAGUGGCGUCACAACGGGGGGCGGAGCGCCCCGGGUGUCUUGUCUGGGGGGGUGACAAGAAGGCACCCCACAGGGGCUCUCAGCGGCGCGAGCAGCCAUCACUCCGCUGCGGCCGCAUGUGAAGGAUCCUCCAUUCGAGGCUGCAGUUGCGAGCAGAGGAUCCCGGCGCCAUCCAUACAGCGCUGGAGCGGCGCCGCCGGGCCCGGCAAACCACUAUGUACAGUACAUGUGCGGUUUCACUAUGUACCGCACAUGCACUGUACGUAGUGACGCUGCACAUGCGCCCUACAUAGCAACGCCCUGCCCCGGGUGCCCAGUCUUGUUAGAUGCAUAGGUCACGUAAGCAGUGAGGAGUGCCUUUUUCCAGCUAUGACUGGUGCACCAACUGCUACACCCCCACCUAACAAAAUUGAACCCUUCUAUUCAUGCUCUAGUGACCUCCGAUAAGGCUACUGGAACAUGCUGUAAGGACUAGAUGCACAGUAAUCUAACUGAGGCCUCAUCCAUCUGGAAUUAUGUAUUAUUGGAAGUCAAUUUUCCCAGGCUGUAAAGGUCAGCCUUUAAAGUUUUAUUUAGGUGCUGAUUUGUGUUUUCACUAAUACACGAGGGCCUCAUAAUUUCAGUGGAGCCUGAGGCAUAUUAGAAAGUCACUGCUACAGUGUUUUAUAGGUAGCUUAGGAGGUGCUUGGUGUGUUGAUAAAACUGUCUUCAGAAGAUUCUUUAUGAGCUACUAAUAUGCAAAUGAAAGAACUCUUGAGUCACUGAUCUGUUGAUCUCAGUUUCUUCUAGGAACAUUUCAAAUAGAAAUUGGAGCCAAGAACAUUUCAAAUAGAAAUUGGAGCCUGGCUUGGAGCCAGGGUAUGAAUUGGGCUAUUGACAUCUCCUGAAUUUUGUUAGCUUGUAUUAAUCAGUGCUGUGGAAUCAUUCUAGAUUCUUGCCAAAUAUUUUCUUGUAAAUAUAGUGCCCUGCCAAUAUUUGUAUCAUAGGCCAAAAGAAUUGUGGUGAGACUUUACAUAUGUUUUAAAAGGCCCUGAUAUUGUCUCGCUAGAUUGAUUUCAAAGCGCCAUCUUCAUCAUUUUUGAGGUGUAAGCAUGCAUUUCUUACUAUGUCUCUUUAGAGAAAUACAUUUUUGCUGUAAAAUACCAAGAUGUUUCUGGGCUUGAUUGCGAAAAGAACUAUAGUUCAACAAGUUUGCCACUGUCAUUUCUUGCAUUUGUUACCUAGUGUCAGUUUUCCCCAAUGCAAGAAUAAAAGGUUUGCUAUUCUGAUAUCGGACUGAAUUAAAUUGAUAUGUCAGCUGAUUUUCAGUGAGUCUACUCUAACUAAAUUUAACUAUUGUUCAUAGGGUUUUAGUACUGUUGAACUGGUUUGGUAUUUUUUCUGUAAAAAAGUCAUACGGAAAGGUUUUGUUAUGCUUUUUUUAAAUAGCUUUUCAGUGAAAAUGAAGACAAUUUUAUUAUCUCAAGCCUCUAGGUGGAUAAUUUAAUACUGAUUCUGUUGUUUUAUUUCUGGUUUCCUUUUAAUGCUGCUUUACUUUGUGUUUAUUAUUGCAUAUAAUUACAUUUUAUUCUUCUUGGGAGAUGUCCUGCAAGUUGCUCUACUGAAAGCUGGGAUAAAAAUGUUUUAAAUGAAUAAUAGAUCCUUUCUUAUUUUGCAGAUAUGACCACUACAGCUCCUUUGGGAGGUGAAAAAGAUGAAGAUUCAGAGAAAAAAGAUGAAAUGGAUGAUGAUAUGAUGUUUACUACAUUGGGUGAAGAAGACAAAACAAAGCCUUCUGUAGCUCCUCGCUGGGCUACUCGAGUAUUUGCUGCUGAUUGCCUGUGUCGAAUUAUCAUGCUAUGUGAAAAUGCAAAUAAAGCCCACUUUGAUCUAGCUCUUGCCCGUUCUGCCAAACUCAGAAAUCCUAAAAGUAAGAGAGACUGGUAUCUUUUUUUCUCUCUGUGUGUGUGUUUCUUCUCUAGAAUAAUUACUUAAUUAUAGGUAACUAGAGCCCCUUAUCUGAUUCUACUCUAAUAAAAUCCUAUAGGGUGGACAAUUGAAAACUCAAGGUCUCUUAAUGAGCCUCAUCUCUGAUCAGGGAUUCAGUGUGUGUUUGUUGCCCAUGUUGAGGUUUCAGGUGGCUUUUUCCUGCAGAUGUAGACAGGUUUGCACUCACACAGAGAGGCUAAGUGUUAACAGUCCAUUGAUUCUGACAUUUUUAUGAGCAGAGGCAUUUUUUUCUCCAGUGGUCAUCCUUUUCUAAGAUCGGCAAUUAAGAGACAGUUGGAAUGACCAUUAGUCUGUGAAAAACUGUUGUGCCUUUUCAUCUUGACAUUGACUUGCUUCACCUUUUGCCUGUUGUUGCUGUUGAGGGCUCCUGGGGCAAGGAAAAGUCCAUUCUGUCUUUGUGCUCACUCUGCUCCGGGUUGCCUUGUCAGCCAGGAUGCUGCUGAUAUUUCCAGAGGAGGAGGAGAGUGGAAACAGCUGCUGCUAAUUGACUUGCAUUCCAGCCCACAGACUGAGAUAGGAGGGCCAAGGAAGUGCAGACCUUUCUGAGGCUGCUGUGAAGGCAUCACCACAUUUUAUUUUGUACUGUUGAAUGUGCUCAGUAGGAGAAUGUAAGUAAUGUAUCAUAGGGUGGCAACAGGAAUUAUAUAUUCGCUGCCCAGAGUAAGAGGCUAUGUUGCAAUGCUUUUGUGUUUCAAAGUUGCUUAAUACCAGUUUGGUCCUAACUGGGUGAGAGAUGGAGUGAUUUGGGAGUGGUUGUAUUGCUGCUUAUACAAUACUGCAUUACCCUAGCUGGAGGUAGGUGAAUGAGCUGGUUGUAAACUAUACUUAACACAGGCAUAUAUUCUUGUAGACCAGAUGUUCACUUUGUAAUAAAUAGUUAGGGAUUAGCUGUGCAUUAUCUGUAUGGUUGGUGGGAAGGCAUGAGGUUUGUUUGUAUGUGGAUGGUUGCUAAGAAUGUAUUUGAGAUAUGCUGCUGUGGGGGAGUGUAGGUGCAGCUUCUAUUUCAGGCAUUUGUGUGGUUUCUAAUGCUGUUUUGUAGGGGUUUGUUGUAUUUUUGUAUACAAUUUUAGUCUGUAAUUUUUUAUGUUUGAGAAUUUUGUAUUUGAUCUUCAUGUACAAUGUUUUAUUUUGACAUUUUGUUAUGCUUUACGUGAUGUUUUAAGCUAGGUUGUAAACCACUUUGAGAUUAUUCUUAUUUAAAUAAAUGGAAAUCAUUUAAAUAAAUAGUGGUAGGAAAACAAAGGAGUAAAAGGGAAAACCAGUUUGUAACCUGAAAGCUAAGCUGCUGUUCUGGGCAUAGGCUGUGGCUACUCUUGUAAAUAUCUUGGAGCUUCAGUUGGUACAUCAUGAUGACGUGGCUCCCUCCAUUGGCCUAAUAUGUUUGGACAUCGUUAUAUUGGUGUAUUAUGUAUGUGUCUUGUGCAUAUACCCUUCUGAUCUCUGAUCUCUUAUUUCAUUUCUUCCUCCCAAUGUGUAAUUGAAGAUAUCUAGGGUGAAUUAACCAUUCCCUGUUAUAUCUGAACCAGGAAGCUAUACUUACCAGAUUUGGAUGAAACUAGGGUCUGAAACCACAGUUUGAAGUUGGUUUCAGAUCAUGGUUUGGUCUAAGUCCAGUAAGCUCUUGUUCCUGGUUCAGAAAUAAUGGGAAAUUGUGGCUAAAUCGCCCUGGAAGUGUUCAAUCACAGCAUGACAAGAAGUGAGGCAGAGUGACACAAGGACAAAGUAUGCAGGCACAACCUUCAUGCAGGUUUUGGUUUAGUGAGCUGAGAUAUAUAUGAUUGAAUUGAAUCUGAAAUAUUUUGUUCUGGCAUGUUAGUAUUUACCAUGAAGUCUUAUCAACAGGUGUUCAUAAUGAUUGCUGACUUAUAUGUCCAGAUUCAGAUGUGGUAUGCCUCCAAAUACCUUUUCCUGGGUGCCAAAAGCAAGGAGGUAUAGCAGCGGGUUGCAAGCAAAGCAGUUGACUUCAGAUCCUGCUUGUGGGCAUUUCAGAAACAUCAGAUAGGCUGCUAUUGAUAAUAUGGAAUGUAAAAGAAUUCUAAAAAAAGUAUGUGAUACUUACUACAAAGUUAGGCACAUUUUACAAUUUAGAUGAAAAUAAUGUUGGACAUUUUGAUUAUCACUUUUAAAGCCUGCAUAUUGAAAUAGGUCAUUCCACUGACUCCUUGUACUGAUGAUUUCUUUUAGAUUAAAUAAAAUGGUAAUAGAAUUAUCUGCAAAAAUCCUAUGCGAAUUAAGUUUAACAUUGAAUAAAUUGUGUGUGUGUGUGUGAGAGAGAGAGAGAGAGAGAGAGAGAGAGAGAGAAAUGCAACAAAGGUGAUGACUUUAUAGAUUGUUAUAUUUUUCAUCUUUUCUCCUCCUGGCAUUCUUUCAAUAGAUUUGUUUAUGGUCUGAAUUAAGCUUUUGUUUCUUGUGUGAAUGAAUUGCUCCUUUAAUCUAAAAUAUCCAAUGGGUGAACCUUAGAAGUGAUCACAUGCUCUGUUGUAAACAAUAGGCACUGUGAAUUUGCUAACUGCAGUUUAGAUUUUCCGUAGAUGCAAUAUUAUUAUCAUUUCAAAUCCUAUUUUAAGGAGAAUAGUUCAGAAUUCAUGAGAGAGAUUGGCUCUUAAGGUGGUACUUUUGCUCAUUUUUUCUGUUUUGCUUUGCUUAGACUAUAUCAUAUGUCUAUAUUAUAAUGUAGUUCUUUGGGGUGAAAGAUGUGUGUAAGUUUGAACCACGGAUGACUUCUGAAACAGUCUGCUUUUUCUUGUGUCUAUUUUCAGAUGACCUUCUAGUUCUUCACCUCUCUGAUCUUAUUCGCAUGGCAUUUAUGGCUGCAACUGACCACAGCAACCAGUUGCGAAUGGCUGGUCUCCAAGCACUUGAAGACAUUAUCAAGAAAUUUGCAGCAGUUCCUGAACCAGAGUUUCCAGGCCAUGUGAUUCUAGAGCAGUAUCAGGCUAAUGUAAGCUUAUCUAUGUGCUUAUGCCAUUGCAAAAAAUCAGUUGUGAAAUGAGAUGUAUCCCAGCUGAGAAUCGUCUUGCUUUUGAUGGGCAUGAAGAGAUCCUGUUUGUCACAGGUGCUCUGUAGGCAUGCAUGAAGCUCUCAUACAGGUCUAGGCUCAUUAUAUGUGAAGAUUUACAGCUCCCCCUUUUAAUCUUCUUAACCUACCAAUUCACAUUUGGAAAGUCAUAAAAGUUGAGUCAGUAGCCAUGGCUAGGUCAGCCUGAAUGGUGAUGAGUAAUUGACUCCCUUUCUCCAUGAUUUAUAAUAUUACUACAAUCAGUAUUAUCUGCCAUAGCAAUUGCAAAACGAAACUUGUGACUUCUUUGGAGACGCAUUUGCUUCUAAAAUUAGAUGUCUUUUUCCACUGAAAAAAAUGAUUAAUAGUGUCUGUCGUAUAAUUAUGACAGUUACGAAGGUUAAUUAGCUGCAAAGGUUAAUUAAUGCAAAGUGUCUAAAUUCCUGUUACAAGAGUGGGUGUAGGGCAUGGUUUCAUCAAUUUUCCUUUCUCGCACAGGUUGGAGCUGCUUUAAGGCCAGCUUUUUCACAGGACACCCCUUCUGAUAUUACAGCAAAAGCUUGCCAGGUACAAAGAAAAUCAUGGUUGUCAGAUGGAGGGAGAAAUGAAUACUAGCCAAAACUGGGAGGGCGCAUCAUGUUAAGAAAGCAUCUUAUCUCCUUGUGAAUGAAGAUAGGCCUGCGCUGGCUCUUAGGACUGGCAUUUUUUAAAGGUUUUUGCAGUUAAUAGUUAGGUUUUGCAGUUCUUCAGAGUAGAGCCAGCUUGCAGCUAGUUGCGCAAGAAGGGGCGCGGAGUGCAAGAGCAGAAGACGAGGAGGAGAGGAAUGGAGCGUGGAGCAGGAACAGAAAAGCAGGCAAAAAGGGGGCAGUGGGAGAGGAGGAGAGGGUGCCUGGGCCAGUCUCAGAUAGUGCAAUGUCUUGCACAGGGUCUGUGGAGGUGAUGUGAAAGACUUGUGCCUGAGAACCUGAAGAACCACCUGCCAAUCAGAAUAGAUAAUACUGGGAUUUGAUGUGCAGUGAUCUGACGUGGUAUAAGUCAUCUUCCUUUGAUCUCUAGCCAGAUAAGGGUUAUAAACCCUCUGCAUUGUUGCCCUUUCUUUGCCCUAUGUGCAUUUUCUGGUAAGAUCUGCUCAGGGAUGCCCACCAGGGACGGGAUUGUAUGGAGGAGGCAUACAGUUCCUUGAUUUAUUAGGAGAAUGAGGAAUCCAGUUAUAUAGCAAAUUCAUGGUCUGACUUCAUAGUUAUUUUAUUGUGUUCAGUCAUAUAAAGGGCAGAAGAUCCUUAAACACCACUGGAUUUCCCUUUAGCUAGCAGGUAAACUGUGCUUAGGAUGCACCAUCUGAUCAAGGAAGGAAGAGAUGCUUUGGAAGUAGGCUGCUCCCAUGAUGUACUAGUUUGUGUCUUGCUUUCAUCAAAUACAAUCACAAGUGUUUAUGCUCCCUUGUUAUUUGUCUUCAGGCUUGUCUUUCUGGUUGUCUUCUUCCUUUUCACUUCUGUUUUAUAUUUUGUCUGAUCUUUCUGGUUUGCCUCGUUAUCUGGUUUAUUUCAUGUUUUUUUUGAAUCUACAGUAUCAUGUUCCUUCUCGGUCCACCCAUCAUUUUUGGUUGCACAGUUUCUCUCCUGUUCACCAUUUUGUUUCUCCACACUUUCAAAAAGCAUUUUAAAAACUACCAAAAAAGUUCCUUUCCCCCCAGUUUAUUGUUCUCUUUGUUCCUAUGUUUUUGGCCAUCCCCCCCCCCUUUGCCUUAAUUACAUGUGGUAAACUUGGGCUCUUGUUCCCCAUAGUACCUAGCUAGUAGUGAAUUGCAGAUAGUAUUAUGUAAUGCAGUCACAUUAAUGUUUGUAAUUAAAAAGAACCAUGAAAGUGUUUCUUAAAACAAUUUGUCAGAAAAUAUUCCUGUGUUGAAAGUUCUUGAUUUUUUCUUAAAACUUCUCUGAUCAAUGCAGAUUUGUAUAACUCAAUUGUAUUGGAAUUUCCCAUGUUAUCAUUUGGACAUUUUGGUGAGGUGGGCUAGGUUGAGAAAUGGAAAUUAGCUCUAACUCACGCUCUGGUCUUCAUAUUUGGGUGGAGUUUUGAGCCUAGACCAAGACUGACUGGUUCUCUGUGUGGAGGAAUGCUUUCUUAAAAGGCAAGCUUGGCUGUUUAUAUUGAUUUUUAGGUGUGUAGCACCUGGAUUGGAAGUGGAGUAGUAAGCGACCUUAAUGAUCUUCGCCGUGUUCACAACCUCCUUGUCUCUUCACUGGACAAAGUGCAAACAGGCAAGGGGUCUUCUAGCCAGCUUUACAGGGAGAGCGCUACUACUAUGGAAAAACUGGCAGUACUCAAAGCUUGGGCUGAGGUAAAUGUUUAAGAAUAAUAAUAUAAAAGCAGUUGCUUAUUCUUGCUUUUCUGUGGAGUGGAAUGCAAUAGAUGAAAAAAUCAGUUGAUCUGAUAUAUUGUUUAUUACACUGCACGGAAGACAUGUAGUAACUUAACAGAGUAUAUAAUACAGGUUGGGUUGCUGCUGUUUGUAAACAUUCCAAUAAUAUUCUUCAGACUUUGAAUGCAAGACAAUGUAUCUUGAGGUUAUUUUUAAAGGUUUCUAGCUGCUACUUGAAAUGUCUACAUAGAAGUUAACAUAUGAAGACAUAAAGCGAUCCAUUUAUUACAUAGAAUUUCAUUGCAUAUAAAAAUAAAAUAAUAUGUGAGCUAGCAUGAUCCAGUAUGUGAAGUGUUGAAUUCAGAACUGGAAACAUUCUAGCUCAGGUGUAGACUUGUUGUAUGAUCUUAGAUAAAUCCCUUCUCUCAGCCUUCCUUGCCUCUAAGCAAAACAAUGUCAACAAAACAGUGAACUACUUGCCAGGAUGAAUGGAAGGAGGUUUAUGAAAUCAGUUUUUCUGGUAAAAAAUGGUGAAACAAUACUUUAAUUAUAUGAAGUAUUUCUGCUGGUUUUUAUAUUUGCAUAAGACACUUUAUUAACAUGUUAUUUUGUGGUAUUCCCUAGUGUUGCUGGCAUCAUCAGCCAAGUUCUCUUCUUAUUGUUUAUAACAGGAUAUAUUCAGUUGGAGGAAUUCAAUAUUGCACUAAGGCAAAUGUUCCACUAGUACAAUCAUUUCAGCUUGCCAGUUCUAGGGGUUCUUCCAACACAAACAUCCCAAGCCAUGGGAAGCAUACAGUGGGGAGGAGAGGGGCGAAAGCCCUAUUGUGCAAGCAGAAGUCCUUGCACAGGGCUUCCAGUCAGGACUCGUUAAGUGAACUCAGUCCAGGGACUUUGAAACAUACAAAAGUUCUCUGGAUCAUGACUUUUCAACACCUUGAGGAUAUAUAGUACUUUUAAAAAAGGUUUGUUAAACCUUAUGGGUUUGAGAAUGGGGUUGAAAGUGUGCUGCAGAAUUAAUCUUUCUGACAUACAAUUUGGGUGACCGUUUUAAGAGGUUUGGGUUUUAUUAGUGCAAAGAGCCUAGAAUUUAAGGGAACAUAUAUUUUAAGGAUGGGUUACAUUAAUGACACUUAAUGGCACACAGAGAAGCUUUAUUUGUGUUGUCUGUAUAUGCUUGUAAUACUUUGCAUGGAUCUUUAUCUAAAGGUGUAUGUUGUAGCUAUGAAAAUUAAAAAAGAAGCAGAAACUAAACCGAAGAAAGCAGUGAAGAAUGAUGACGAUGACGACGAUUAUAGCACAGUAGAUGAACUGCCACCGGACAGUUUAAUAACACUUGUGCAACCAGAGCUGCCCACUCUCAGCCGCCUCUGGUUAGCUGCACUUAAAGAUUAUGCUCUUUUGACUUUACCAGCAGAAUUUGCAAGUCAACUUCCUCCAGACGGUAAGCUGUUAAUUUAGUUUAGAGUACAGUUAUUAUAAUAGUUUUGACAUGUGGGUAGAAACUUUAAAAGACCAAGUUUAGGAAGGCUGAACAAUGUCCAUACCCUUGUUUUGCCAUCAUUUAUAGGAAAAGACACAACAGCACAUUCCCAAUGCACAAAGCAUGAGCCUAAUUUCCUUAGCUCUGGAGCACUUGAGCCAGAGUUGGAAGGUUUCGCUGACCAUGGUUAGGAAGCUGUCUCGAGUUUGUUUUUUCAUGUUUGCAGUAUCAAAUAGUAACAUCGAAUGUCUGAAUGAAAUCAAACAGAUUGUUCAUAUCGUCCUACAUAACCUCAAACAUAGUGUUCUUCAGUAAAUUUGGUUCCUGCAAUAAUAUCUGAAAUGGAGUGAUAAAUGAACAAUUCAUGGAUUUGUAAUAUAUGAACUAGCCCAGGAUGCCAUGUUUCUGGCAGUGGGACGGUCAGAAUGAUAGACUUCACUGAUAGUGAGCCACCAUGUGAAGAAUUCUAUAAGCAUGUGAGUUUGGGCCUAGUUUGCAGAGGCAUGUUAGCAGAAAUUCUAAGAUGUAGUUGAUAUUAGCAAAAUAUUUAAAAUGAUAAUGCACUUUUUACUCAGUUCCUUUCUGCCUCCAUCGUCAUGCUGAAAUCUAGUGUAAUAUUUUGCCUGACAGGUGGAGCAUUUUACACUCCAGAGACAAUUGAUACAGCUAGACUGCAUUACCGGAAUUCAUGGACCCCAAUUCUACAUGCAAUUGCACUGUGGUUGAAUAGUACAGGAUUUAAUGCUUCUGAAUCAACAGAAGAUGUGUCGGCAGCAAUACCGAAUCCACAGAAACGUGCCACAUCCAUUAUGUUAAACCCAGCACCAGGAACACCACCAUCCACCAAACCUUUGCAAGAGAUAAACAAAGAUCGAAUGCAUUUGAUUUUGGGUAAUAUGUUGUGUGGUUGUUUCAGAAUUCUGUAGUGGUGCUUUAUAUCAUCAGGUAGCAAUAUUUCCAAUUUUAAUGGACUCUAGCUUUGUGACAGCACCAGAAACAGAAGCAUUCUAGCUUUCAGAACUCGGGAUGCCUAAGUGUUUGUGUUUCAGCCUGAGACUCUUGACUUGCUGAUGGCUGCAGUAGUAUGGUGCACAGUCAUCUCAUGUAAAAACAAUUAAAACUAGUGUUUUAUGUAUGCACAGCAAUAUGCAAUAAUAGUUUUUUAAAUACAGUAAACCCUUUACUAGUCACUGUUGUUCUGUUUCGUCUAAAAUCUAAAAUAAUUUGCUUUUCAGGUGUUAGUAUACAGUUUCUCUGCUCUCCACGACCAGAAGAGCCUGUUGAACAUGUUACAUCCUGUUUACAAGCUCUGCACACUUUAUUGGAUUCCCCUUGUGCUAGAACCCACAUUGCUGAGGAUCAGGUAUUAUCACUGAAGUCUAUAACUGCAAACUAGGAUAGCCAUCUGAUUAUGCAAAAAGUAAAGCAGAUUGCUGGAACAAUAAAUUAAAUGAAGGUUUCAUGUAUUGGUCAUGGAAUGGAAAAGUUUGUGAAAUUGACAAAUUGAUUAACAUUGACUAAUAUGUUUUGUCCUGAUUUUUCUCCAUUUAAAUAUUAAUUAUGAGGAAAAAACAGAACCAAAUUUGUACUUUCAACCUUUUAUUCAAUAAAUGCCAGCUCGGACACACUGAAACAGGUGCAGCGGUGUGAACCUAAUGAACAUUUGGGCAAAAACUAAUCAAGUUAGCUGAGAGAGUUAAGCAUAUCGGAAUUAAAAAUGCUUAACUUUGGCUGAAUGAUGAUAAUAAUAAAUAAUAAAAUUUUAUUUAUAUCCCGCCCUCCCCAGCCAAAGCUGGGCUCAGAGCGGCUAACAACAGUAAAAUGAUAAAACAUUCUAAAAUCAUUUCAUUAAUUCAAAACAAAUUAAUGGCAACCAUUAGGCUAGAGUUCUGUGAGGAUUGCCAAAGGAGGGAGUCAGGCUGUGCCCUGGCCAAAGGCCUGGUGGAACAGCUCUGUCUUGCAGGCCCUGCAGAAAGAUGUCAAUUCCCGCAGGGCCCUAGUCUCUUGUGACAGAGCAUUCCACCAGAUCAGAGCCACAGCUGAAAAAGCCCUGGCUCUGGUUGAGGCCAGGUUGAUGCAUAUGGUUGCAUGCAUCUGGUUUAUGCAUUUGGUAAGUGCUUUAUUUAAAGUGGUGAAUGCACAGAAUACAGUGGUACCUCGGGUUACAUAGGCUUCAGGUUACAUACACUUCAGGUUACAAACUCUUCAAACCCAGAAAUAUUACCUUGGGUUAAGAACUUUGCUUCAGGAUGAGAACAGAAAUUGUGCUCCAGCGGCGUGGCGGCAGCAGGAGGCCCCAUUAGCUAAAGUGGUGCUUCAGGUUAAGAACAGUUUCAGGUUAAGAACUGACUUCCGGAACAAAUUAAGUAGGUAACCAGAGGUACCACUGUAAGUCUUUCAGAUGUAGAUUAAAUGAGACAUAAGGGAUUACAGCAAAGUAGGAUAGCUUUAUUAUUAAAGCUUAUGAUCAUAUGCAACUUUGAAAAAAACUUUUUUUCUUGCUAGCUCCUUGGUGUUGAACUUUUGAGUGUGCUGCAUCGACUCCUCUUGACCUGCAAUCCUCCUUCAGUCCAACUGCUAGUUACUGGUGUUGUGCAGCAGAUUGUAAGAGCUGCUCAAGAUCAUCUACAAGAAAAAAGAAACACUAUGAGUGAGAUAUGUUACCUUAAUUUUGGGUUUCAGAAAUAAUGAAGUAUAUUAGAACAAAGUUUUGUUUGUGAAGAUGGGAUAUUUCAAACUGUAUCUUUCUUCAUCCUAUUUAUAUUCAUUUUGCACGCUUAACAAACCUAAACUAAGUUGAAUCAUUUAGUAUACUUUGAUGCAUUUCAAUAACACAAGAGAAUCAAAAUAUUUCUAUAUUUCCUUACAUUUGUAAAAGGAAACAGCUUUAACACUAUUUCACUUGUUUAUAAUAAUCAUAAUCAUAAUCAUAAUUUAUUAUUUAUACCCCGCCCAUCUGGCUGGGCUUCCCCGGCCACUCUGGGCGGCUUCCAAAAGAAUAUUAAAAUACUGUGAUACAUUAAUAGCUUCCCUAAACAGGGCUGCCUUCAGAUGUCUUCUAAAAGUCUGGUAGUUGUUGUUCUCUUUGACAUCUGGUGGGAGGGCGUUCCACAGGGAGGGCGCCACUACCGAGAAGGCCCUCUGCUUGGUUCCCUGUAACUUGGCUUCUCGCAGUGAGGGAACCGCCAGAAGGCCCUCAGUGCUGGACCUCAGUGUCCGGGUAGAACGAUGGGGGUGGAGACGCUCCUUCAGGUAUACUGGACCGAGGCCGUUUAGGGCUUUAAAGGUCAGCACCAACACUUUGAAUUGUGCUCGGAAACGUACUGGGAGCCAAUGUAGGUCUUUCAAGACCGGUGUUAUAUGGUCUCGGCGGCUGCUCCCAGUCACCAGUCUGGCUGCUGCGUUCUGGAUUAGUUGUAGUUUCCGGGUCACCUUCAAAGGUAGCCCCACGUAGAGCGCAUUGCAGUAGUCCAAGCAGGAGAUAACCAGAGCAUGCACCACUCUGGCGAGGCAGUCCGCAGGCAGAUAGGGUCUCAGCCUGCGUACCAGAUGGAGCUGGUACACAGCUGCCCUGGACACGGAUUUAACCUGUGCCUCCAUGGACAGCUGUGAGUCCAAAAUGACUUCCAGGCUGCGCACCUGGUCCUUCAGGGGCACAGUUACCCCAUUCAGGACCAGGGAAUCCUCCACACCUGCCCGCCUCCUGUCCCCAGAAACAGUACUUCUGUCUUGUCAGGAUUCAAUCUCAAUCUGUUAGCCGCCAUCCAUCCUCCAACCGCCUCCAGACACUCACACAGGACCGUCACCGCCUUCGCUGGUUCUGAUUUGAAAGAGAGGUAGAGCUGGGUAUCAUCCGCAUACUGAUGAACACCCAGCCCAAACCCCCUGAUGAUCUCUCCCAGCGGCUGCAUGUAGAUGCUGAAAAGCAUAGGGGAGAGGACAGAACCGUGAGGCACCCCACAAGUGAGAGCCCAGGGGUCUGAACACUCAUCCCCCACCACCACUUUCUGAACAUGGCCCAGGAGGAAGGAGCAGAACCACUGUAUGACAGUGCCCCAGCUCCCAGCCCCUCAAGACGGUCCGGAAGGAUGUUAUGGUCGAUGGUAUCAAACGCCGCUGAGAGAUCCAGCAGAACUAGGAAACAGCUCUCACCUUUGUCCCUAGCCCACCGGAGAUCAUCAACCAGUGCUUCCAAGGCAGUUUCAGUCCCAUGAUGAGGCCUGAAUCCCGACUGGAAGGGAUCCAAAUGGUCCGCUUCUUCCAGGCGUGCCUGGAGUUGUUCAGCAACCACUCGCUCAAUCACCUUGCCCAAGAAUGGAAGAUUUGAGACUGGGCGAUAGUUGGCCAUCGUGGCCGCAUCUAAAGAUGGUUUUUUAAGAAGCGGUUUAAUAACCGCCUCUUUCUGCCUUACGGAGGGAAGCAUUCACCACCCCACGAAGCCCAUCGCCCAGCCCUUCCCGGCUAGCUUUUAUAAGCCAAGAUGGGCAAGGAUCAAGGAGACAGGUGGUUGGUUUCACUCGUCCAAGCAGCCUGUCCACAUCUUCGGAGGUAACAGAUUGGAAUUGAUCCCACGCAAUUUGACUACACAGGACUCUAAGCACUCUCCCGCCCCGGCCCUGCUCCCACGGUGGCGUCUACCUCUUCCCGAAUCUGAGCGACUUUAUCUGCAAAAAACUUUGCAAAAUCAUUGCAGGAGAUCAUGUGGCCCGUACUGGGCCCCGAUGUAGCAGGUGGUUCCACUAAAUAGCGGACCACCUGAAAAAGUCUCCUGCUGCUGUUUUCUGCAGAUGCAAUAGAGGCGGUGAAGAAAGUCUUCUUCAACGUCGCUAUCGCCACUUGGUAGGCUCGACGUUGAGCUCUAGCCUGUGUCCGGUCAGCUUCAGAAUGGAUCAUCCGCCACCGGCGCUCUAGCCGUCUCAACGAUUGUUUCAUUGCCCUCAGAUCCGUGGAAAACCACGGGGCUGUCUGGGCUCCAUGCAAUCGGAGAGGGCGCUGAUAGCAUAAGCACUUGUGUCACCUUUGAUUCUGUAUGUACCACAGUUUCUAACAGUAAACAGAGGCUGUCUAGUUACUAAAUAUUAAUGUAUACAUUUUAAACAGUUUUAUUGUUGUAAUACUAUGUAGCUAUAUUUAUACUUUCAGCAUUUAUUAUGCAUUAUUUUGAAUCCCUUUCUACAUGGUCAUCUGUGUAUUCCAUAUGAUAGUCACAUUUUUAAUACAUACUGCCUUUUAUGUUCUUAUUUUGUAGAUGAAGAAGAUGUAAAAGAAAAAGACACUAGUACCAUGUUGGGCGAAGGAGGAGAAAGUGGGGGUCUUGUGCCAGGAAAAUCUCUUGUAUUUGCUGCCAUGGAGCUCCUAAUGUUUAUCCUAGUACGACACAUGCCACAUCUGAGCACAAAAAUGUCAGAUUCUCCGAGUCAUAUCUCCAGCAGAACCCAACAGCUUCCAGAAGAAAGUGCUCGUCUUGUAGCUGCCACAAUUGGAAUUCUGUCUGACCUGCCCACUCUCUGUUCCCCAGCUGGUAAUGCAGUAGAUUUUUCUUAAAGAUCUUUCUUUAAGAGGUUUUGCAGAAAGUGUAUCCUGGAUAGUGAAAUGAAAGCAUGACAGGUUGAAACCUGUUUUUAAAAUGUGGAAAGUGUUAGGAGAAAUGUUUAUGAUGGUGGCACAGACAAGCAAAACAGGCUUUCCCAAUCAGCAUUGUGUUGGCUGAGGCUGAUGUGAGUUGUAGUCCAAAACAUCUAUUAUCUAUUAAAUUUGUAUACCACCCGUCAUCCAAAGAUCUCAGGGCGAUUCACAGCAUAAUCCCCCGCCCCUCAGUGGUUCCUUGAAGGGACAGAAUUUCCAUUCCUUUAGCACUUGUUAUCCCCGAACUGCACGUCAGUUUAUGGAGUACCUUUAAACCUCAGAGAUUUGCUUCAAUAGAGCAUUCUUGAAAUCUGUACGCAUUCAUUUCAAUAAACGGAACCCAGAACUUAUUUGGUAAAUGAAAAAAUGAUAGGCAGCUUUGAGUCAGAUUUUUAACAUUAUAGCCAUGCACAAUCAGGAACGGCUGCUAUUAGGAUGUAAAGGUAAAGGUACCCCUGACAGUCCAGUCGCGAACGACUCUGGGGUUGCGGCACUCAUCUUGCUUUACUGGCUGAGGGAGCCAGCGUUUGUCCGCAGACAGUUUCCGGUUCAUGUGGCCAGCAGGACUGAGCUGCUUCUGGAGAAGCAGAGCAGCACACAAAAACACCGUUUACCUUCCCGCCAGAGCGGUACCGAUUUAUCUACUUGCACUUGAUGUGCUUUCGAACUGCUAGGUGGGCAGGAGCUGGGACCGAACAACGGGAGCUCACCCCAUCGCGGGGAUUUGAACCUCCAACCUUCUGAUCGGCAAGCCCUAGGCUCUGUGGUUUAGACCACAGCACCACCCACGUCCCCUGUUAGGACGUAGUUACUUCCAAAAUGACACAUAUAUGAUACUUUAGUUUCACUAGGAAAGUGAAAGAGUAAUAGAGUGCAUAAGAAAAGUCCCACAGGAAGCCUGCAAGCAGGUGCUGAACGCAGUAGCAGUCUCUCCACUUGCGAUUCCCAUCAACUGGUAUUCAGAAGCAUAUUUCCUCCAACAACAGAGGUAGAACAUAGUAAUCAUGUUUACUUCUAUAGUUUGAUAUGAGCCUCUUUCCCUUUUAUUCCACAAUGGUAGUCAAGGCGCCAGGACAGAUUUGAAGCAUCAUGUGCAAUGUUGUAUUUUAACACGUGGUGUGGGAUGGACACACAAACAAAAUCCAGUGGUUCUGGAGUGCAUGGAUAGCUGUGUGCCUACAGUGGCUUUUCUGUUAUAUGACUCCGAUAUGCUUCGUGUGUAACAGUGGGUACUGCCCAGCAGAUAAUACUUGCUCAUGUGAAACACUACAUAGAAUAUAGAACUAUGGAUCAUGCCUAUGGUGUAGCAUUUUGUUCUUACACUCAUGUGCAAGAAAAUAUGUUUUUUAUCUUUCAGGAUGCAUGACAAUUUUGCCCACAGUCCUGUUUCUAAUAACUCAAGUGUUAAAAGAUACUGCAGUGAAAACAACAGGAAACCAUGUCCCCCCGCCAGUCUCCGCAGCACUUCAAGGAUUGAAAAGUAUUGUAACUCUUCCAAUGACAAUGAAUGAAGAAAUACACAAACAGUGGACAAAUCUUAUCCGCAGUACCUUGGCCUCAAUUUUGGAAUACCCUCAGCCAGGUAAUUUGCAUACAAACACAGCUACUAAAAAAAUAAGCAAAAGGGACUGUUCUCAUAGGAACCAAAACUGGUGUACAGUGGUGCCUCGCAAGACGAAAUUAAUCCGUUCCGCGAGUCUCUUCGUCUUGUGGUUUUUUCGUCUUGCGAAGCACGGCUAUUAGCGGCUUAGCGGCUAUUAGCGGCUUAGCGGCUAUUAGCGGCUUAGCGGCUAUUAACGGCUUAGCGGCUUUAAGAAAAAGGAAACAAACUCGCAAGAACUCGCAAGACGUUUCGUCUUGCGAAGCAAGCCCAUAGGGAAAUUCGUCUAGCGGAACGACUCAAAAAAUGGAAAACUCUUUCGUCUAGCGAGUUUUUCGUCUUGCGAGGCAUUCGUCUUGCGGGGCACCACUGUACUUAUUUCAAUAAUCAUAUUGCUAUUUCUGUUAGAUCUAUAAAAUUAAAAGAGAAAGGAAUUAAGGAUGCAUAUGGGGGUGUCCAAAUCUUCUUUGGUGUAUUAGUGCUUCUUUGUAGAAUCCAGCAUCCUCCUUUAAUGCCAUAAAAACCCCAUGUUUGUUGAGUUUGAACUUAUUCAUAUAUGGCAAGAGUAUUCGGAUGCAUGAGCAAUUCAGUUCUUUUAUUAACAAAAGGGGACUAAUUUGACAAAAUAAAAGUGUGUUGCAUAUUUUUAAUAACAAUAAAAAAGCAGAACAAACAGAGGUAUACUGUAUUAUUAAAUAUAUCAAUAUUUUUAACAACUACGUUAUUGUGAGUCAUUCUGUAUGUUGCCUAUAUCUGUGGAAUGUAGUUUUUAAAAUCUCAUGGGGAUCAGAAAAUCUUAAACCUGCUUUCCAGAAACAUAUCAAGUGCAAUCCUCUUCCAUGUUAUAUCAUAGGGUGGUGGUGGUUUUUACCACAAAAAAACCUGGGCUGAAAGGGUUGUGCAAUAAAACAUUAUUAUUAUUUAAAUCAGAAAUAUUAUGUUUAUUUUCCAGUAUUUUCUUACUUUGUAACUGAGCAGUUUCAUUUUGCCUGUUUCAAAACCGUUUUAGUAUAAGCUCUCAUCCUGUUUUCACUGGAUUUUUUUCAGAGGCCUCAAGGCCUAUUCUGGAUGAAGUCAGCAUGCUUACAGCUAUUGCACUCUUCCUUUGGUCUGCAAGCACAGAAAUAAUUGGAGUGCAGUCAUUACAGAAUGGCUGCAUGAAUAGAUUCAAAAUGGCACUGAACUCAUCUGAUCCUUGGGUGAGUAUUCCAUUUUCGCCCCAAUGACCCAGCAUUUAUUAAAAGUUUACUCUCCCUAAAGCUACCAUUUGUGCGGUUAAAGAAACCCUACAUGUACUCUAAUUCUCCCGUGCAUGUAAGCUGUUCGCAAGUGGGACUUCAUUUACACAACUUAACCUACAUAUAGCCAUAUAUCAACAUAAAAAACAUUUCUAUUUUGACUUCCGGUUCAAGAUUGGUUAAUGUGGUGUAACAUUUUAACAAACCAAAGCUACCAUCUUACUCAAAAAGACAGGGAUUCACUUUAUACUAGCAGUGCUUUCUUACAGCUUUUUAAUAGUAGAUAAGUGAUACAGGACCUCAAAUAGGUAAUAAACGUGGGCUAUUUACAAUAUAAAAGGUAAAGGGACCCCUGACCAUUAGGUCCAGUCGUGACCGACUCUGGGAUUGCGGCGCUCAUCUCGCUUUAUUGGCCAAGGGAGCCGGCGUACAGCUUCCGGAUCAUGUGGCCAGCAUGACUAAGCCGCUUCUGGCGAACCAGAGCAGCGCACGGAAACGCCGUUUACCUUCCCGCCGGAGCAGUACCUAUUUAUCUACUUGCACUUUGACGUGCUUUUGAACUGCUAGGUUGGCAGGAGCAGGGACCAAGCAACGGGAGCUCACCCCGUCACAGGGAUUCGAACCGCCAACCUUCUGAUCGGCAAGCCCUAGGCUCUGUGGUUUAACUCACAGCGCCACCCGUGUCCCAUAUUUACAAUACAGUGGUGCCUCGCAAGACGAAAUUAAUUCGUUCCGCGAGUUUUUUCGUCUAGCGAAUUUUUCGUCUUGCGAAGCACGAAAUCCCAUAGGAAUGCAUUGAAAUUCAAUUAAUGCGUUCCUAUGGUCAAAAAAAGUCCAAACAAAGCCAAAUUUGGUACAACAAGAGUUUAUUAAGUGCUCUUUAAAGUCACACAUACUGUAAAGAGCAUUUCAAAAAUUGAAGGAACAAUAAAUUAAGUUUCUAAACAUGACAGAAAAACAUUUAAAAAUCAACAAAGUGUACAGUACAUUUUCUAAGACUCUGGGGGACAACUCGAAGAAGGUUCCUCUUCCACUCUUUGCUUCUUGCUGAAGAACCCCCUCCUCAACUGUUCCCCCAGCCACCCACCACACAGAAAUUCAAAUCCAAAAUCUUUUUUAAAAAACAGCAGAGUGGCCCAAUGGUCACAGAAAAUCAUAAAAAUGCAGGAAAAAAACCACAAGCUUCCAGAUUCUUGCAAACCCCUCCUCAACUGUUCCCCCAGCCACCCACCACACAGAAAUUCAAAUCCAGAAUUUUUUUUAAAAGACAGCAGAGUGGCCCAAUGGUCACAGAAAAUCAUAAAAAUGCAGAAAGAAAACACAAGCUUCCAGAUUCUUGCAAACCCCUCCUCAACUGUUCCCCCAGCCACCCACCACACAGAAAUUCAAAUCCAGAAUUUUUUUUUAGAAACAGCAGGGUGGCCCAAUGGUCACAGAAAAUCAUAAAAAUGCAGAAAAAAAACCACAAGCUUCCAGAUUCUUGCAAACCCCUCCCCAACACCAAGUCCUUGAAUUCCAAACACCCCAACCCAAAAUCCAAAACCCCCCAAAAAAGUUUUAAAAGUUUAAAAGAAGUUUCGGAAAAGCUUCAAAAAUCACCAAAGUCUUCAAAAACCUCAAAAAAGGCUACCACACCGCGUUCUAUGAGUUGCUCCUCGAAGUCAAGUCGCAACUGUAUUAACGGUGUUAAGAAAAAGGAAACAAACUUGCAAGACGUUUUCGUUUUUCGUCUUGCAAAGCAAGCCCAUAGGGAAAUUCGUCUUGCGAAGCAACUCAAAAAACGCAAAACCCUUUCGUCCAGCGAGUUUUUCGUCUUGUGAGGCAUUCGUCUUGCGGGGCACCACUGUAUAAAAACACAAAAAUACUUAACAAACAAAUAGUAACAGACAAAAACAGUACCGCCUCCCCACACAUUUUAAAAGGCCAUAGAUUGUUUAAUUAGCCAAAAACCUGGGAAAAGAAGAAUGUUUGUUUUUUGCCUGGUGCCUAAAUAUAUACAACGAAGGUGCCAGGGAAGCCUUCCUGAACAUAAACCUGCCAAUAGUGAUCUAGGAACAUUAGCAGUUGAUGAUACCAUUUAUAAUAAACACAGAGAAAAAUUUAGUCGGAAUAGGAAAUAAUUCAGAACUUUAAAAAGACAUUUUAGCUAAUCUACUAUUCGUCUACUAAUUAAAAAAAGCUUGCCAUGUUACUAACUGAUUCCUCAGCAGUAAAUGAAGUUUUACCAUGUCUUGAAUUGUGAUUUUCAAAUAUGGAACAAAAUCAAUUAUCCCAAAUUAUUCGCACUCUGUGUAGUUCCAGAGUUUGUACCAUGACAGAUACUGUUUAUUAAACAGAUGAAAUGACCUAGGACAUAAUUACCAAGUAACAGUAUUUCUUGACCAUUUGAAUUGCCUUGUUUUCACUUUUCUUUCAUGAACCGUUAUUAACAUUGUGAUGGUUUCACUACCAACCCUAAACUAACACAGCAAUCUUUUUUUUAUUGUGAUUAGGUUCAAGCCAAAUGCUACCAGCUUCUGCUUUCUGUAUUCCAACACACCAAUCGAGCCCUCUCAACCCCCUAUAUCCAUUCGCUGGCACCAAUAAUGGUUGAGAAACUGAAAAGUGUAGAGAUCAACCGCCCAAACAACAAAAUGGAACUUUUAGCAGUCCAGGAAGGAAUCAAAGUUCUUGAAACACUGGUAGCUCUUGGAGAAGAACAGAAUAGUAAGUAGCUUGAAUAAUAAUUCUCAAAUUGUACAGUACCUGUAAUAGUUCUUUUUCUAAAGCUAAUUGUCACAGUGGGAGGAAUGGUUUCAUAGACGGUGGCUGGGGAGAGAAGGAUUAAACCUACACCUGGUAUUUAAUUUUAAAUACCAUACAGCAUGAUUGCUAAUCAUGUCAUUAAUGCUUUGAAGAUAGGCUGUAGUUUCCUAGUUCAAUGUCACUGCUAACAGAUCUAGUGGACUCCCAAAAGCAACAUCACCUUCAUUUUUAAUGAAGAAAAAUAAAUGCUCCCAGGUUUGGAACACACUACCCUAGAAUGGAGGGACACGGGUGGCGCUGUGGGUUAAACCACAGAGCCUAGGACUUGCCGAUCAGAAGGUCAGUGGUUCGAAUCCCCACGAUGGGGUGAGCUCCCGUUACUCAAUCCCUGCUCCUGCCAACCUAGCAGUUCCCGGUGGGAACCUAGCAGUUCCCGGCGGGAUGGUAAACGGCGUUUCCGUGCGCUGCUCUGGUUCGCCAGAAGCGGCUUAGUCAUGCUGGCCACAUGACCCAGAAGCUGCACGCCGGCUCCCUCGGCCAAUAAAGCGAGAUGAGCGCCGCAACCUCAGAGUCGGUCACAACUGGACCUAAUGGUCAGGGGUCCCUUUACCUUUACCUACCCUAGAAUGUGGCAUUUCCCCAAAGUAGUUUUUGGAAAUUAUGAAUUUAUAGAUUAUGGACUGUAUCCAAUUGUGUCCCUUCAAUCACAGAAGAUUAUUUGAUCCAGUAAAGGCUUCCAUGAGUGGAAGAGUGAGUCAGCAAAAAAUAGCUGCUCCCCUUUCCCACUGUGUGUCUCCACCUCUGCCAAGAAAUACCGGCUCCAGAAGAUUUGACUAACUCUUAGAAGCAGUGUAGGAGGAAGCACAGGCAGCUGCAGGAGAAAUGGGGGAGGGUUGUAAAAUUCACUUUCCUCCCUUUUCUGGUCCCGGGAGAUACAUUUCAAUAUAUCCCAAUCACCCUAGUCUGAAUCUGUAAUAGGCAUGGAACUCUCACACUCUAAAAAGCUAACCUAUUUGUUUCAAUUGGUGAAGCGGAUGUUGCAUUAUUGAUUUUUAAAAACCAAGAUGGCUCUUUCAAUGAAAAGGAGCAAAGGCGGUCUGCACAUGCAGAUGGUUCAUUUGUGCUUCAGAAUGCACGCAGCAAACAAAUCUGUAAUAGUGCGGGUUACAUGCUUUGUGAUAUGCUAUGAUAAUUCAACAGAAUCAAAAAGAAGAUAUAAUAAAUGCCACCUGUUCUUCUGCAGGUUAUAUAUUGCUAAAUGUAGUUUUAUCCUAUAUCUGCCCCCAUGGUAACACAGUACCUUAGGGAAACAUUUGGCUGUUCUGGAACUGAGCACAGUGUGGAGUUGCGAGGCGGUCCUAAAAAUAGUUCUUCGGCUUUCCUUUUUGGAUUUGUAUUAGUCAGAAAUGGAUUGAGAUUUUGGAGUUUUUAUUCUUUAACAGAAAUAAGUGAACAUGAUGCUCUGAGUUCAAGUCCAUAAUUUUAAAUCUGUUCUUUUUUUUUCUUCUUCUCCUUAGGAGUCCCACUGCUUGCGCUUCUUGUUCCCACCCUUAUUUCUUAUUUACUGAAUGAGAAUGCUUUCUCUUCUGCAUCUGUGGUCUCAAAAGAACUUCAUGAGUUUGCCCUCCAAGACCUAACACGCAUUGGACCCCUUUAUCCUCAUGCAUUCAAGACAGUCAUGGGAGCAGCCCCUGAAUUGAAAAUACGGCUGGAAACUGCAGUGCGAGCAAGCCAGGCGAGCAAAGCAAAGGCAGCUGCCAGGCAACCACCACCCACAGUACAUUCCACUCCAACAAUUAAACUUAAAACUAGCUUUUUCUGAUUUAUUCUUAUUGGAACCAAUCAUAAAAUUGAUCACCAUGCAAUAUAUCAUUCCUUUUGUGUUGCUGAAUAGCACUCUGUAUUUUUGCAUUGUUUGUCUGUGGCUAUCCACUAAGGGUUUAUGUUCCUAGGUGUGUGUUAUAACUUGAAAUCUGUGCAUUUUAAGGGACGUAAUAUUAUCUAUAUGUACAUAGAUUUUUAUGAAAUGGAAUAAGUUUGAUCAUGCAUCUGAGUCUGUGUUAAACUAUCUCCUGUAACAAAGUGUUUUGUGUGUUACUUGGUGGCCUAUAUUUUUAGACUUUUAGAAAUAUCAGGUUCAGUGUGUGGUUAUAAAAGCUGGGUAUAUAUUUAUUUUCCCUGGGCAAAUUCACUGAUGUGAGGGGGGGAAAGGGCAGGCCUGCCCAUAAGGCCAGGUGUGGCAGUCGCUUUGAAUGCUCCACUGCUAGCAGAAAAGCAGCACUGGUUUCCAGCAGCACAGGUAAGGGAGGCUUGUGGGGUGGCAGUGGGGCAUCAGCAGGGUCAAGCAGCAAAACAGGAAGUGCCUUCCCUGAGGGGGAGAGUAGGAAAUUUGUGUACAUUAGUAUUUAUCUAGUAAUGUCAGAUGCGGUAACACAUUUUUGUACUAAACAUGCACAUACACAAUAUGUCAAGCCUGUUAUGUCAUGUAAAAAAAAAAAAAGAACCACUGGCUAUAGCCAGAUUCGACAGGGAUAGCCAUAUUUGUCUUGCUACAACAAAAACAAGAAGACAUCUUUGGUAUAUUUUAAGACCAACACAUUUAUUGUAGCAUAAUAUUGCAUUUACCUAAAAUCCAGUUUGUCAGAUGCAUGCUAUGGUGGAUAGAUACCUCUUUGUAACAGACAUAAUGUGUGGAUAUAAUUUACAAAAAAUACACACAACAUUGCAAUCAAAACUCCAUUGUGAAAAAUACUUAAUAGAACAAAAAUGUGACAGAAUUGCACUUCUUUUUGCCAAAUGUUCCUGUCAAGACUACUAUAGACCAAGAUGACCCAUGGAAAGACAAACAAGAGGCCAAGACCCUAUGUUUCUUUUUUCCCAUAUUAUUUGGUUCUUUACUAAAAGAGGUGUACUCUUAGGCAGCACGUUUAUUGCCAAUUAUAUGACACAAACACAGUCCACACUAGCAGCUUGUUAUCUAGUACAGAAAGCAUUUUCUAUAAGGAGAUAAACUUGAUUUUCAUAAUACUUCUAUGUCUUCUGUUAAAAAAAGGACCAGCAACUGAAACAAUUUCACUGAACAACAGAAUCUUCUGCUUCACAAAGGAGCCUUGCUUUCCUCUGGUAAAGCUAGUACAGGACCAUGAAGUGAAUGGGCAGUGGAUGGUGUUCAUUCUCUGCUAACACUAAGCCCCUGCUGUCUGAGCUUUCCACAAUCUAGUUUGAUCUUAGAAACAUUUUCAUGCUUCUGGUUGAGAAAUGUCUGCGGGCCUCGCGCAUUACGUAAGAUCAGUUCUAAGUUAUGGAUUUUUCUGAAAGGUAGGGCUGUUUUGUUGUCAUAGAUUCCUGAACUGUUUGCAGUAAUAGUGUGGGAGUUACUAGAUGAUCUUUAUAACUAAAACAGGCUGGACAAGAUAUAUAUAUAUAUAUAUCUUGUCCAGCCUGUUUUAGAUCAUAUAUAUAUUUUUAAUGAUUCUCAAAACUUACGGAUCCCUGACAAUUUCAAAAAUGAAAUUGUUAUUACCCAACUAGCCUGAUAAUCUAUUUUCAUACUUUAAACAUACUGAAAGUGUUCUAUGAGAAAUGUGAACUAUUGUGACCCACAAUGAAGAUAAGAGAUGGAUGCAAACAGUGCUUGUAUAAAAGCCAGCUGGCAGGGUUUUUUUUUAAUAUGCAUAGAAUUGCAUCCAAACUGCACAAAGAAUGCAUGUAGGAGACAGAAGACUGGAUAUGGUUGUCACAGCAACUCCUGAUACCAAAAUAGUUUAUUGGAAGGAGACUGGUUCAUGACAGUGGUAGGCGUAAUCUGCUGCCCUUCGCCAUCUCUGGUGUAUAGCUUUGGUCUGUUCCUUCUGAUUAUGAGACAUUAUUCCAACUCUGCAAGCUUCCUAACCAAGCUUCCUUCAAGUAGGAUGGGGGGCAGGGCUUGAGGCUUAUGAACACCCCAUCCUACUUGAAAAUCUCUGCUUGUCAGAGCUCUAAUUGUGACAGCAAAGCACAUACUGCAGUACUUAAGCAAACCAACUGUGACAGUAAACAUAUAUUUUCUUAAUAAGUGAUCAUUACAUAAUAAUUGCAACUCUUUGAAGUUAAUUUUGUUUUAAACUUUUAGGCUGUAGUUUUUUGUUUGUUUUUAGUCUAGUAAUACCAGUUUUCCACUUAUCUCAGUAAAACCACCCUAUAAAGUGGGACUGGAUGACUAGGAGAGGCUGACUUAAGCUGUGUCUUUGUUGGCACAAAAAUCAGGUCAGUUUAACAAUGAUUGCACCAUAAUAUGCAACUAGUUGGGAUCUUCAGGAAUAGUGUUGCAUGGUCAUCUUUAAUCUUAGUCUCUAGAUUCUAGAGUUAGAUAUUCCUGACCCAAAACCUCUGUGGUCCAAUCCAGCGGGAAGUCUAUUUCAACUCAAAUAUGCCCAAUAUAAAUGGUGAAGGAUCAAAUUUUAAAAUAAAGGAGGCAAACGAAUGCGGGUGUCUAACCAAUUACUCCCUGGAAGUCUCUUCUUUUUCCUCAGCUGAGCUCAAGAGCAGUAGUCUCUGCUGAAAAAAAGGCACUGCUAAAAGAAAGGCACAGAGCCACAUCCUUUGUUACCUUAACAAUGCUUAGCUAGAAGGCCACUAUCACAUCGAGAAGCGAGCCUGCCUGUUUCAGGAAUUUGAAUCCUGAACUCUGAAUAGUUGCACUGGAGUGCAGAAGGAGUUAAAAUGUAGUUUGCACACUUUUAAAAUGUCUUCAUAUCUGGUAGUACACAAAGGAUAAGCAAACCAGAAUAGCUGUUAUGAAUACAACCAAGUUUUUUUAAAAUGUAGUAUUUCUUGAAAACAAGGUUUAAAUUACACAAACAAAUAUUAGAUGCUUUGAAACUGCUUUGAACUCAGUACUGCAGGAGGAGCUCAGUACUGUGGAGGAGGAGACGAAUCCAGGAAAUCAAUAUAGAGGAACAAAAGAAAUAAAAAUACCAUAAGAAUAUCUCACAGCUGUUCUAUGAAGAACUAACCCACAACCUGAAGGGUGGCUGAUCUAAUCAAAGAAGAAUGUGAAAUUCUGCAUAGGAUUAGUUCUCCAGACCUUCUCUUAGUCAAAGAAAUGAACAAAUACCGUAUUUUUUGCUCUAUAAGACUCACUUUUUCCCUCCUAAAAAGUAAGGGGAAAUGUGUGUGCGUCUUAUGGAGCGAAUGCAGGCUGCGCAGCUAUCCCAGAAGCCAGAACAGCAAGAGGGAUUGUUGCUUUCACUGCGCAGUGAUCCCUCUUGCUGUUCUGGCUUCUGAGAUUCAGAAUAUUUUUUUUCUUGUUUUCCUCCUCCAAAAACUAGGUGCGUCUUGUGGUCUGGUGCGUCUUAUAGAGCAAAAAAUACGGUAACUAGUGAAGGUUUUCAGUAAAGCGUCUAGAUUGGGCUGCAUUGUGAAGGGUUAUCCUUGUCAGGCUGUGGUUUAGUGGUUAGAGUGUUGGACUAGGAGACCAAAACGCAAAAUCCUACUCAGUCAGGAAGUUCAUUGGGUGACCUUGGCCCAGUCUUAGCUUAACUCACCUCACAGUGUUGUUUUCUGAGGAGAAAAUGAGGAAGAGCCGAGGAGGAGAAUCAUGAAGGCCACCUUGAGCUUAGAGGAAAGGUGGAUGUAAACACAACAAAGCAUAGGCAUCAUUUAUAGACUUGGCAAUAAAUGUCUUCUGUUUAUCUAGGGGAAGAGAGGAAUCAAUAAUCAAACAAUGUCUCCAUUGGACAGAAGCAGAAGCAGCUGCCUCAGGGAGUCAAGUGCUGGGACCAGGGGCGAGCUUAUGAAGGACAAAGGUGUGCGCGCAGCUAAGUGGCCAGUCCUUCACCGGCAGUGGAGGACGCUGUUUCCGCUAUUGCCAGUGGUGCAGAAUGAGUCAAUUCCCAGUUUGAUCAGAUACUGUACUGGAAAGGGGAGACCUCGUGUCCUUUGCCUCUGCUCCCAUCAACACCACGCCGGCUCCAAACAUCGCUUGUAGCAGUCGCCUCUUUUUUGCCUAAUAGGACAAGCCCUGAUUUUAGCUUCAAAGAGGCUCCUAGAGUAUCGAUAGGUUGUGUAAACAUGGAUCAAAUACAAGCGUCUGCAUAAUUACUUUUGUAAGAUGCUAGUGCACGUGUAGCCCCCCCCCCUUUUAACAGAUGUUCGCAUUUUAAAUAUCUAAAAUCCCAGUGCACCCGACCGUAGACUAUUCAGAAGUAGCAUGUUCAGUCCUCAAGGAAACUUCAGAGCUUUUAAGUGAUAUUUUGGGACGGGGCUUUCGCCAGCAUAUCUUCCUUUCUUCCUGACCACGAACGAUGCACAGUCAACUCUCUCCUGUUUGCAGCCAUUUAAUCCUGAGCAGAGAAAACCGUGCGGAAGGGCAGUUACAGAAUCCACUUGCGACUUGCGACUAGCGACUUGCAUAGAAUAGCCUUCGGAGCCUCGCUCUCGAUUCCAAAAACCGGACGGGAAACAAAACGAACUCCAUUUCCCAGCAUGCCCCGGGCCCGCCCUCUCAACGCUCGUUUCCCUCCCUCUGCCGUGUCCCUAGCCGGGCGCCGUAGCAGCCGGCGGGGGCGGCUGUCAGGCGUCUGACGGCGGGCAGGACGCGCCCAGUUUGUUGCUGCUUCCACUGAGACGCGGCUGCCUGACUAGCGGGGCGCGGGCGUCGUCGGCGUCGUCGUCAGCGGCGGCGGCUCCAGGGGCUGCCCGGCGGUGGGGACUGCGUGGCGGCCUCGGGCCGCGGCGACGGCUCCGGCCAUGGACGAGCAGGCGGGGCCCGGGGUCUUCUUCAGCAACAACACAACAACAACGCGCUGCUGCUGCCGCCGCCUCCGGGCGGGGCCGGGCAAGGGCUGGAGCCGGGGGAGGCGGCGGCGGCGGCGGCUGCAGCCGUAGCGGCGGCGGCCGGAGGCUCCUCGGCGGUCCCGGCUCCGGCCUCUGCGGCGCGGGCUCAGUACAGCGUCCCGGGCAUCCUGCACUUCCUGCAGCACGAGUGGGGCCGCUUCGAGGCCGAGAGAGCCGAGUGGGAGGCGGAGCGGGCGGAGCUGCAGGUACCGUCCGGCCGCUUUCCCUUCGCCUCUCGCCUCGUCCGGGCCGCCGCCUCUUCUAUGCAAACAUCUCCACACGCGCGUCUCUUCCUUCCCCUUCCCCGCCCGGACCUGUCUGCUGUUCUUCUCUCCUCCCUCCCUCCCCCCAUCUCUCUCUUCUCCGUGCUUCCCCAUCGGUUUAGCCUCGGAACUGUGGAAGAGGUGUGUGCCUCUGAGCAUAUGCAGAGCGCCUUUGCCUUGAGUGAUUAUUGUCAGCGCGCACUCGCAACCUGGGGGUUGCGGGGAGGCUUUCUAGCUUGUCUAAGCUGGCGGGGUCUUUCUUCUGAAGAAACAAAGCCCUGGUUAGUGCUAGGCGGGAAGGGGCUAACAGGAGAGCUUCCUUUGACAACUGUUAGCUUGGGUCAGGCUUGCCUACAGGAUGUACAGGUGCUUGGUGCCAUGAUAAUAUUAUGGUUUUGGUCCCAGCAGAACAUGAGUUGUGUAUGUGCCUCCUUGCUCCAUAUGGGAAUAGGAAAGGAGAGAGGAUGUGAUCUGGUAGUUGCUCUCCCAAGUACUACCCUUUUGAGAAGGAAAUUAUUAGAGAUUUGUGUGAUGUCUGUUAGUUAUCUUUAACCAAUAUAGAAUUGAUGUGUCCCGCAUGUAAAACAGCUUUGUUUUGGAAUGUUGACUCAGUAUGUGUGAACAUUUUUCAAAGCACAUCACAUACAUUGUCUGAGAAACACUUACAACAGUCCUGUAAAAUAGAGUGAUAUUAAUAUCCUCACCCGCUGAAGGCAAUUUCAUUCAAAUGGCAAGGGCCUCCUCCCUGUUUCUCUGUGCCCACUCACCCAUCUUUCAUGGAGGCCAGUAGUGGUGUAGUGGUUAGAGUGUCGCACUAGGACCUGGGUUCAAAUUCCCACAUGGCCAUGAAGCUCACCGGGUGACUUGGGGCCAGUCGCUGCUUCUCUGCCUAACCUACCUCACAGGUGUGUUGUAGGGAUUAAAUGAGAAAAUGGUACAUCAGUUACUGAUACCAAUUUGAGCUCUCUGGCAAAAAAGGUUGCACCAAAGCCCCACAAUAUGUUGGCUGAAUGGGAUGCAAAUUUGGCAGUUGGUUUAUUGUGGGGAAAGUGUGAGGUCAGUAAGGGUUUUUUCUGAUGCGGCAUUUAGUUUCUUUGGAUGGUGGAAACAGGGCUCCCUAUUGUAAGGAGCUGUAGCAAGGUUUAUGAUUCUCAAGCAUUUCAGAAGCACUUCUUUGAUGUGUUUGUACCAUGUGUGAAAAAUCUUAUGUCAGGCUAGUUGGUGAAGAAAGUGGAAUGGAAGGAUAUACACAUGCAUGUUCUGUCAGUAUGGGCAUACAUGUGCAAAAUUAGACAAAACCUGCAAGGUGUGGAGUUUGCUGCAUGUUCUUACAUCUUGGGAUAUUGUGUACCCCAACCUUAUGAUAGAAGGCUUUAAGAUCUCCAAACAGCAUGCUCUGUAGUAGACAUGCUAGCUACAGUGGGAGUUUUGCUCAGCAGGUGGUUCAAUUACUGUGGCCUUUACUAGGUAUUUCAAUUUUUAGUGGGUUCUUAAAAACCUUAAAUGUACAAGUGCAACAGGAUGAAGAUUCCUUCUGCAUUCCAGAUUGUGCAAGAAGCUACCAACAUAACUUGGACUUGGUAGUACAGGCAACUUCCCAUUUAUGCAGGGAUUUCAUUCCGGGUCAUUGCGUGCUUGCAUGAAAUUAUAUGAAAUCGGAAACCCAUUGGAAAAGCCUGCAUAAAGGCCCCCCCACCCCCAGUUCCUCCCUUUUAGUGAUAUUUCAGUGAUGUCGUUAUGACGUUUCUGGGUUACUUCUGGGUUUGGGAUAUGUGCACUUGUGCAUGAUCAUGCACGUAUUGGUUGCGUCCAAAACAGGAGCUGCCUGUAAAUCUUCGAGCCUGAACUUGUCAUAGGCUGCAUAAAGCCCCUGGUAAAGGCACUUAUCUCUGCUGUUUCUCCUUUUUCAGGUUGAGCAAAGGCUGAUUGAGCGGUUCAUGGUUAUCUAAUAUUGUAGAAUAGCCUCUGCUGUUAUUCCACAUGAGAGGCUGUUGUGUCAUUUGAAGCAAAAAAAUGUGCACUUCACUAUCAUCCAUAGAUAGCAUGAGUUCUGAGAUGCUCAUUAGCUAUACAGUGGAUGGUAGUUUGCCACAGAGAUGGUUGGAAAAACAAUCAAGGAUCAAUAACAGAUUUGCAUUGAAAUGGCAAAUGUGAAUCAUGUAAGCAAGUAUAAGGCACAUUUGGGGCAAAACAUUGCAACUUCACAUAUAUGCUUACAUGUGACUGGCCAGGAAAGACACCUUGCUAAAUUCUGUGCUAGAGAGAAUUAAGAAAGGAAUUGAAAAUAAAACUGCCCAUGUCAUAAUGCCAUUUUCAAAGCUAUGAUACAACCACACUUGGAGUCCUGUCCCGUCCUGCUUGCAGACUUCUUCUAGGUAUAUAGUUGGCCACUGUGAGAACAGGAUGUACUUUUCAUCUGACACAGCAGGGCAGAUAAAUGCUAGUAUAGGUAGUUGCUAGCUAGCAUUUGUGUAUGCAGAGAAUAAGGUUAUAAACCCUUUCUCUCUCUGCAUCAUUUGCUAUACAGUGGUGCCUCGCAAGACGAAAUUAAUUCAUUCCGCGAGUUUUGUCGUCUUGCGAUUUUUUUCGUCUUGCGAAGCACGGUGUCGGGAAAGUUUUGGAAAAGCUUCAAAAAUCACCAAAGUCUUCAAAAACCUCAAAAAAGGCUACCACACCGCGUGCUAUGACUUGCUCCUCGAAGUCAAGUUGCAACUGUAUUAACGGUGUUAAGAAAAAGGAAACAAACUUGCAAGAUGUUUCCGUCUUGCGAAGCAAGCCCAUAGGGAAAAUCGUCUUGCGAAGCAGCUCAAAAAACAAAAAACCCUUUCGUCUAGUGAGUUUUUUGUCUUGCGAGGCAUUCGUCUUGCGAGGUACCACUGUAUUUUGUUUGUGCUGCUGAUUGGUUUAAGUGUUUGUUUAUCUAUUAGAUGUUUUUCAUAGAAUCAUAGAAUUGUAGAGUUGGAAGGGACCCCAAGGGUCAUUAACUCAAAUCCAUUGCUUCCUAGCCUCUGGAGUAGGAGAAAACAAGCUUGUUCCAUCCUCCGUGUGGCAGCCCUUUAGAUAUUUGAAGAUAGCUAUAAUUUCUUCUCUUGUCUCGUCUUUACCAGGCUAAGCAUACUCAAUUCCCUCAACUGUUCCACAUAAAGCUUGGUUUUGAUCAUGCUGGUCACCCUCCUCUGCACACAUUCUAGCUUGUCAAUAUCCUUUUUAAAUUAUGACACCCAGAACCGGACGCAGUACUCCCAUGUGUAGUCUGACCAAGGCGGAAUAAAGCAGGAAAGUUAUUUCUCUCGAUCAGGACACUAUACAUUUGUUGAUGCAACCUAGAAUAACAUUAGUUUUUUUUGCUGAUGUAUCACACUAUUAACUAAUGUUAAGCUUGUGGUCUACUAAAAUCCCUAGAUUCUUUUCACAUGUACUACUGGCAAGCCAGGUGUCCCCCAUCUUAUAUUCAUGCAGCUGGUUCUUCCUGCCUCAGUGUAGAACCUUACAUUUGUCCCUAUUGAAAUUCAUUUUGCUCGUUUCGGCCCAGUUCUCCAAUCUGUUAUGGUCAUCUUGAAUCCCAAUUUUGUCUUCUGUGGCAUUGGCUACCCCUCCCAGUUUGGUGUCAUCUGCAAAUUUGAUGAGCAUGCCCUCCGCACUUUCCGUCCCAUAUUGUGAUCCUGAUUAUUUAAGCAUUGAAAAGUGGAGGAAUGUAUCUCCAUGUUUGCUCAGUGCUACUGGUUAAGCUUGCUGUAAAGGUGCAGUCCUUUAUACAUUUACCAAGGAGUAAGCCCCAUUGUACACAAUAGGAUUUGCUUUCAGAAAAGCCACAGGUACGAUUGUGUUGAGACAUUACCAAGACAGAUAAGUAGUGACAAUAGUGCAAAGUGUACUCUCUUAUGGGGUUAUUGUAUUCGUUAAAAUUUCAUAGCCCAAAACCCUACAAGGUACUAUAAUCGUAGCAGAAUUAAGAGUCCUAGUCUGUCUGUUGUAAGCUUAGUAUUUUUAGUUGCCUUCCUAUGAUUGAAAGUGUGCAAGUAGAAAUAGAAAAAAAAUCAAAUGUUCCUAUUGAACUAAGAAGUGAAAAAUCAGGUUAAAUUAUGUUUCUCACCUGUGAAGAGUAAGUGACUUGCAAUUUGUGGAAUAGUUAUGUGACUAGCUGCCACUUCUCUGGUAUUCUAAACUCUGACAUUCUAGAUUCAGGAUAAUCUAGUUCAGUGGAAAAUUAAAUAUUACUGUCUGCGCAGGCGAGUAGUGUCAUUUCAGGCAGUGACAAUAGGGUUUGACUGACAUGUGCAUCCAUGUUUGUGUUCUUUGUAUUAUGUGCACGUAGGAAUAUAGGAAACUGCCUACUGAGUCAGACCAUUUGGUCCAUCUAGUUCAGUAUUGCCUAUACUGACUAGCAUCAGCUCUCCGGGAUUUGAGGCAGGGUUCUCUCCCAGACCAACCUGGAUAUCCUGGGGGCAGAUACUGUACCUACCACCGAACUACAUCCCUUCCCCUAAUGCAAAUAGAGAAAUCUCACAUGUUAUAUUUCAGCUUAUGCUGUGUUUCUCUUUCACAAUUAUUCUACAUGAGCAAGUGAGACUUAAUGGAGUGCUUUCAAUAUUAAUUGGCUAUAAUCCAGGAAUCUCAUACCUUGUUUGGCACAUUUUGCUGGACUACAGACUCCUAUUUUCUGGGGAAUGGCAAAUCCCCAUGCCUUAUGAUCAGUUUUAAAACUUGAGGCAGAUGACGUGGAGAUCUUCUUAUUUCUGGGAGAUCCCAAGUCCCACAGGAUUUUCUAAAUUACCAGAAGUAGCUUUCAGGAUUGCUGUGGUUGAUUUACUGCCAUCAUCAUACAAUGAUAUUCUUUUGAAGUUGAAGCAUCUCUGAGACUAAAUGCAAUUCUAUGCACAUUUAUUUAGGAUUAAGUUCUACUGAAGUAGGCCUGCUUUCUGAGCACUGCAUAGAAUUUCUCUACCUGCUAAUGAUUCAAGAAUGAAAUGGAAUAAAGUAACAGUCAACACUGGAGAUAGCAUCUUGAAAGGUUCUGCUGGAGCAACUGCUAAUUGUGCAGAUUUUAUUUUAUUUUCUCCUUGGGAAAGUACAUCAGAUUGGAAAGGUGACAUCUAAAAGUUAAUUUUCCUCCUCUAGAAAUAGCGCUCUGUAGAUUACAGGCAGAUGGUACUAUAAAUGCAGAUGUACUGUUUGUCCCGCUGUUUGUGGGAGUGGGAAAUUCUCAUAAUAGCAAUGGUUUUUGAGAACACUGCUUGGUUUAAGCAGUCUUUGGUCACAAGUGAAUGGUAAUUUAUGUCUUCAAAAAAAUCUUCUUGGCUGCUUUUGCUUCGGUGAUGAGAAAAUGAGUUUUUGGUAGAAGUUUAUGGCCCUAUGUUGGAAUGGUGUAUUUAUUACCGGAGUAGAGCCUACUAACAGUGUUCUCUUGUACAGAAUCAAGCAAAGGGUUACUUCCUCUUUAGAAAGCAGAACAGAAGACAGCUCAUGCAAACGGUAUUGCCCUGUUUAUUUACUUAAUACAUUUAUCCCCCACUCUUUCGCAGAGUACCUUACAAAAAAAAGGUAAAUCAUCCAUAUAAAAUACAAAACAACACAGUAUCACAACAAAUAUUAAAUGCACCAGGGAAAAGCACUGCCAUUUUCCAGGGAUAAAUAUGUUUUUUAAAAAAGAUUUCUUCCACUUGGCAAAAAAAGACAGCAGAAUUUCACCAGCAAGUUGCCAUCACUCAAAAAGCCUUCUGUCUGAUUACUACCUGCCACACCUCAAUCAGCAGGCAUAUAUGAGAAAUCCAUUCAAAGUUGACUUCCUUCAAUGGGCAGGCCGACACUGAGAGGCACUUAAGGUACCUAGAAACUGAUACUGUAAUUACAACCUUUGACUUUCUUUAGUUUUUUUAUUAUUUUAAAAACAUGAGAAAAAAUAGCCUUUUAUGAAUUCUUUUAUAAACUCUGUGGGUGUAGGAAACCAGCACACAUUUAUCAAAGAUAGAUUUGGGUUAAUGCUUUCCUGUGCUGUAAAAAAAUGAAGCAGAUUUUUGUGUGUGUGUUUUGUACAGCAGCACAUAUACUGAAAACUCAAAUUGCCAUAUCGUCUUUGUUUCUCAUAAUAGGCAUAUUAGGAUCAGUCAAGCAGUAAUCCUUUCCAUUUUUGAAUUAUUUUGUACUGAUCCUUAUUCAGACUUGUUCCUCCACUAAUGGAACGGCUCCUUCCAUUUGUGGAAAGGUUGGAGAUCCAGCAGAGGCUCCCAAUGGAUGAAGCAAGGAGGUGAUUUGUAUUGAUUCCCCCAGCAGUGUAUCCCAUCCUUUUCUAGUGGGUCACACAAUCCUUCUGAGCAGCACUGUAGGGGAAAGGAGGAAUUAGUAACAAGUGCCUUCCCUUUCCUUCAUUGAAAGUGUCCCAUGAGCAUGGCUACCUCAGGCAGCUGAUUUUGGGUGUCAUGAAUGGGCAGGAAGUGGUUAGUUACCUGGUUAAUUUUUAUUGUGUAUGUACUCUGAGGGAGAGGCACUUAAUGAAAUUUUCUGUCUCUGGUGCCAAGAUCAGUUGGCCAGCCUUGCACCUUGAUGUGGGGUUGAUGUGCUAUUUCCUAUUCCGCCUGUGGCAGCAUAAUGCCCUGCUCAUGGGAACUCUGGAUCUAACUCAGACUGUUAAUUGCUUUUCAGAUAAACCUUCAAACAAUAUAAAUGCCUUGCGCAGGUGCUCUGCAAAAGCUGCAUUUCGUAUGCAAAAACAUACGAAAAGGACUACUAGAAUUGAAUACAAUAAAAACUGGAGAUUUAAACCUGAACACUUCAUUGAUCACAGCCUUUUUAGUCUGAGGGGCACUGAAUGCUCUGCAAAAGAUAGCAAACUACACUCUUAGAUAGGUGGGAGAAUCAUUGGUUGAUCCAAGAGAUCAUCAUGGGAAAGCUGCACUUAGAAUAAGCCUUCCACACAUGUAUCCACCAGGGUAGUUCCAAAUCUGCGUCCCUGUUCUUAUUGCUAGCUCACAUUGGGGUUUCUGUCUGAUGGAGGUGCAUGCCCCUAUCUAGACCCACCAGUUUUUAAGCACAACUGAAAAUGGGGCUUGUAUCAGAUUGUGAUUUAAUGCUGCUCUGGCAUAUACUUGCUAUUGAUGUUUUGUUUAUUUGAUUUUAUUUAUUAAAUUUAUAUCCCACCCUUCCUCCCAAAUGAGCGCAGGGUGGGAGACAGUAAGUGAUAAAACAUCUUUAGAACUAUUCCAGUACAGAUGCAGAAUGGGAAAGAUGCUAUAACCUGAGCAAUUUAAUGUAUCGUACUUUCCCCCUUUCCAAUGUGACACUUUGAAAAAACACGCACAACUACCUGACCCAAGCCAAAGCUGUCAAUAAAGUGUGCUCCACAUCAUUCAAAAUCUUCUGUAUUGACUUAAAAUGCAAAUGUAUUUGAAGCUUUUGCAUCAACUCUUUAGAUCACAAUUUAUUCUGUCUUCUGUUUUGUUUUUGUAAUCAUCGCCUGUUCUAAUAAUACCACAGUCCUUCAGGCUAUAUAUAACAAACACACUGCUGGCAAACAGCAUUGAUAGCACUCCAGUCAUGUGAUUCUCUCCCCCCCCCCUUAACUUUAUUGCAGAAAUGAUUAAAUGUCUAGAGCACAAUUAAAUGCAUAGUAUGUGCAUAUGUGUGUAUGUAUAUGUGCACACAUGCCUAUAUGCAUUUGGCUAAAUAUGGAAUCUGAUUUGGAAAAAAGAUUGAGUGCAGCAAAAGAUGGCAAAAACCUCAGAAAUUUAUGAGUCUUACCAGCUCAGAUUGUGCAACAAGUUAUCAAGACAUAAAGUGAAAGCUCUUUUUUUUUUUUAAAGAGAUUUAGGGUGAUAUCCAACUAAGCCAUACUUUUAGUAGUUUCAUUGAAACAAAGGGAUGAUUCUUGUUUGUGUCUCAUCUAAUCUGUCUUUUUGGGGUUGAAGUUUCUGACUGAAUAGCUGUUCAUUCCCACAACUCAGACCUUAAAGGAACUAAAUGUGGGAUUAGGUUCUGUGUGUCCCAAGUGGCUCUUGGGCCUCAGAGAAACAGUGGCAAUCAAUAUUUAAGUUCGCCUUCACGCUACUUCAUCAGCAACAUGUUUCAGGCAAAUUCCUUGCUAUUGAUUCAGAGAAAGAUUCAUUUUCAAAUUUUGUGCAGUUAUUUUCCAAAAUUACUUUGGAAAUACAAAGUUGUUGGGAGCCUUGAUCUGUGCACUCAAGGCUGCAGCUAUUAUUGCUAUCACAUCUGCAGGUGCAUGUCUGUCUUAACUGGGCCAACAACUCUUUAAGUUAGAAAGGAUGAGAAGAGCACAAUGUGCAGUAACAGUUCAGUCCAACCCUGUGUUUAUAGAACUAGCAGCAUGGUACGUGGUGGAGAAGAUUGGAAACACAGUGAUAGAUCUUAGUUUUUGUUUCUGGGUAUCCCCAUAUGAAAGUGAUUUGCUUUGAAAACUGAUAGGCCACAAGUUUAACAUGAGCCAACAGUGAGUGCAGCAGCAAAAAAAGCUAAUGCUAUUUUAGGCUGCAUCAAUGGAAGUAUAGUGUCAACAGAAGUGUAGUAAAAGUACCGCCCUAUUCUGCCUUGGUCAGACCACACCAGGAGUCCUGUGUCCAAUUCUGGGCACCACAAUUUAAGAAGGGUAUUGACGAGCAUGGGGCAGAUGGAGAUUGUAAACCUGGAAAGGUAGCCAAUCUAGGAUAAGGAAAACUCUGAUCCUAAGCCCUGGGAUAUCUUUGGAAGAGGAAAAGGCUUAGCUUACACAAAUCCAGAGCCGAGUCCCUAAAACAGUUGAAUAGUAUCUUGUACAACUCCUCCCAGCAACUCCUGCAGCCAGGCUGGUGCAGAAUGUAUUGUUCUGCUUUCCUUCAGACUGUAUCAGUGAGGUUGAGAAGGAGGUCUUAUCAUAUGGGCAGCCAGGACCUCCAUACAUGAUGUACAGGCUUACGCUCCAGACGAGGUCACUUUGGUUCUGCUAACACAGCAAAAACAACACGAGAGGCAGCAGUUAUAGGUUACUGGUCUCUGCAGGUGCUGUGAUUCUCCAGUGGUUUGACUUUGGCCCCAGAGGCACACUCCACUGUCUCUUGAGACAGCUGGAUACCAACAAUUGGCAAGCUAGAAUGUGUGCAAAGGAAGGUGACUAAGAUGAUCUAGGGUCUGGAAACCAAGCCUUAUGAGGAACAGUUGAGGGAGUUAGAUAGGUUUAUCCUGUAAAAGAGGAGAUAGAGAGGUGAUAUGAUAGCCAUCUUCAAAUAUCUGAAGUGCUGUGUCAUGGAAGAUGGAGCAAGCUUGUUUUCUCCUGCUCCAGAGGGCAGGACUGAACCAGUUUAUUCAAACUAUGAGAAUGGAGAGCCCAAGUAAACAUUAGGAAGAUUUCUCUGACUGUAAGAGCUGUUUGACUCCGUUGGAAGGGAGUAGACUCUCCUUCAAUGGAGGUUUUUAAGCUGAGGUUGGAGGGCCAUCUGUCAGAGAUGCUUUAGUUGUGAUUCCUACAUUGCAAGUGGUUAGACUAGAUGACCCUUGUACAAUUCUGUGAUUAUAUGGACUGUAUAAGGAAUGCUGGAUCUUAAAGCUUGGGCCAUAAACACAUGUGUGCUUUAAUAAUUGAAAUUUUAACAAGACUUUGUUAGAUUGUUUUGCCCUUUAAACCUUUGUUUUAAUUCUGAAAUUCUUAGUAUCUGUUAUUCUUCUCUCCCCACCCUCAUCCCCUGAUAUUGAGCUGAGAGAGAUUCUAAGGUGUAUUUUACCUUUGAUAUUAUUGAAUGAGGUUGGAGUGGAACAAAUGUAGAAAGCAUGCUCUCCCCUGACCCCCCCCCCCCCGCGCGCACGCAAUGACUAAAGCAAUUCAGUAUCUCUGCUCCAUCCCUUCCCCCCUUCCAGGCCUUUAGGAAUUGCUGCAACUGACUGAACGGUGACCUUAUAGCCAAGAAGUCUUUGCAAAACCUGUUGGUAAUGUUUCUAGGGUGUGUGUAUAAACUGGAAUGUCGCGAGCAGCCUUGGGAGUGGCUGCAAAACAACCUUAAGGGGCUGUUAGUCCUAGUACAUUUCAGUUUGCAUUCCUUCUGUUAAAAUACCAAAUACAGUACUAAAUACUAAUGUCUGAUUUGGUUUAGGCAUCUUGUGUGCAACCAGGCACUUGAUGGUUAGGCCAACCUACUAUAUUGUGGUUUGCAGCUUUUCCUCCUCCUGCUAUUUUUUAAAAAAAGUUUAUUACCGGGUUUACAGUUUGCUUCAUUAUUGCCAGAGAUACACAGUACACUGUACGGCUGUUUAUGAAAACCUUUGAAGCUUGCUUAUCACUGAUGCGCUGCUUGUCAUGUUGCACUUAAACCAUGUCUUCCCAUGCUAAUAACUACCUCACCAACAAUUAAGGUUUAGUCCAUGGUGCGUUUGCAUGUAUGGUGAUUAUGGCCACAGGCACACCAUACAUCUGAAGCACGUUUAAAGCAUAUGGUUUCUCCCAAAUUAUUCUGGGAAGGUAAUUUGUACAGGGUGCAGGGAAUUGUAGAUCUGUGAGGGGUAAGCUACAGGAUUCUUUGGCAUAAGUCAUAUGCUUUAAAUGUGUGGACACAGCCUAAACUAUUGACCAUGUGGCAUUAUAGUACCACCUUUUACCUUUCUGUGUGCUAGGACUCAGUUGCUUUUUCUUAGUAUAGUGACUGCAUCAUGUGAAGGCUUUUCCUUUAAACCUACUCUGAAAAGAAGGCUCCUAUGGUGCAUCUUUGAUUUGUAUUAAGUAUUACAUAUUCCUUCAAAUAUAUGGGGGUGGGGAGGAAUAAAUUCUCCUUUCCUUUCUUUCCUUUUUAAAAAUAGUAAAAUAUUAACCACUUAAGCUUCAAAUGCCAUCAAACCUCCUCAGCAAUCUUUAUAUAGGGAAAUUCAUGUCAGUUUGGUAAGUGGCAGGGCUUAGAGAACGUGAGGUCUGCUGUGGGAAGUGUAUGCAUUACCACUGCUUGAGGUACUGUUACUUGCUUGGUAACAAGUGGGCAGACCCUCUAUUUUGCAAUGUAACAUGUUGAAGAACGACUUAACAUUCAGAUUGCAAAAUUGUCCUGGAAUGUCUGUGGAGAAGCAAGUUGGUUUUUUCCUUUGAAAAUUGCAAUGUAUUUUUUUUUUAAAGAUAUUUAUUAAAUUUUCCAAUAAAAAGAACACAUCAAUAAAAGAUUAAACAUGAAAACAUAGAAAAGAAAUACACAAUUCAAAAAUACACAAUACAUAAUCCAGAAAAAGAAAAAAAAGAACAAAAAACAAAAGACAAAAAAGAAAGAAAAAACAGUUAAAAACAAUAUCACCUUUUCCUCUCCAUUUUUAAAUUUACUUAUUUUCUGGACCUCCUCAUACCUCCCUCUUUUGUAUUCCAAUUCAAAUUGUUUGUCCAGCAAUUUCUUUCCCUCUUUUUUAAUCCCAAUCUUUAAUCUUAAUAUAAUAUAACAUUAAAAUUUUACCUCUUAAAAACCCAGUUUCCAUUUCCUUAAACUUUUUUAAUCCUAAUCCUUAAUCUUAAUCUAUCUAUAACUUUAAAUCCUGUACAGCUGGAAGCCACUUGUUUUCAAUCCAACAUCACUCUAACAUUCUUUAAUUUUGCAAUGUUUCUGCAGAUAGUCUUUGAAUUUCUUCCAAUCUUCCUCCACCGACUCUUCUCCCUGGUCACGGAUUCUGCCAGUCAUUUCCGCCAGUUCCAUAUAGUCCAUCAGUUUCAUCUGCCGAAAAUUGCAAUGUAAAGUAUUGUCUCUUUCAGGCCCAAAUUGCCUUUCUUCAAGGGGAAAGAAAAGGUCAAGAGAAUUUGAAGAAGGAUCUAGUGAGGAGAAUAAAAAUGCUGGAAUAUGCUCUUAAACAAGAAAGGUAUGUGCCAGUUUUCUAAACCCUGAAUUGUUAACUGUGAGUAUAGGAACUGCUUCUCAGUCUUGGAAAGCCAACAACACUGACCUUCCGGUCUCUAUUCAUGCCUUCACCACAAAACAGCCUGUAGCUAAGUGCAGGCUUUUCCAAACUGUUCAGCAGAAAAUAUAAUUUUGCAAAAAACCUCAGCCAUACUUAACUUUAUAGAUAUUAAUAUUUUUGCCCAUCCUUGAGGCUUGACUUAAACUCUUUCCUGAUGAGAGAGCGGGAGCAGAGCCCAUGUGUCAAGUUAUUUUAAAAAUGUCUGGUAAACUAAAUGCACAGAGAAGAAAAGAAAGUACUGAACAGUCAGUCUGAAGAUGCAGAAAAUAUAGAUAUGGUAUAUAAGGAAUUAAUCAGUUAUUUUAAUUUCCACAAUGUAAUUUACGAGUAUCUUGAUGUCUUAAAAUCCACAAUAAAAUGAGAAGAGGCUAAGUCAAGAUGGGAAAGUCAACAAAUAAAUUACUAAUGUGCAUUUAAGCCAGACAGCUGACCAGUGCACUUGUUUAUAAGACAGUGUUGACAAAUGUGCAUCCUGUAUCAGAAUAAAUCAAUUGAACUGCUAUAUUGAUGUCAGUUGAGCUGCUCAUUGCUGACUUGCAGCUGAACUGUGUUUGGGAAAAGACCUAGGGCAUAAUUAGACUUUUAGAAAAUUACUAGUCCAGAAAAGGUUUCAAAAAGCACACAAGCUGUUAGGUGAUGUGGGAAAUAACUAAGAAAAAAAUAGAAUCAUAGAAACCGUAGAGUUGGAAGGGACCACAAGGGACAUCGAGUCCAACCUCCUGCAAUGCAGGAAUCUUUUGCUCAGUGUGGAGCACUUUGCUUCCUUCCCAGAAACUAGGGCUGGAUUCAGAGAAAUGUCCGCCUCACAGAAGCUUUCAGAAUGUGCUCCGUCCAGUUUUCAGAUACCCACUUCCUUUCCCAUUCAAAAGAACCCUAUAACCAUUGGGAGAAGCUUUCUUGGCUGCUUGGAUGGGGACACCUUCCCCCCUCAUCACGACCCUUUGAAGUAGGAGCUGCUGAGAGUUAGUCAAGGCCACCUACUGAACUUCAUGGAUGAACGGAGAUUUGAACACCUGUCUCCCACCAUUUUCCAGGAUGUUGGCUAGUUCUGCAUUUUGCAUGAUCGUUAGGUGACUGGUCUAUCUCUGUGUUGUGGAAAACUUUGAGUUGCAGUAAUCAAGAAAAAUGCAAGCUUUGGUAUUGGUGUUCUAUCUUUUCUAAAGCCUAAACCGAAAAUGCUCUAAUAUAGCUUAGUUUAGGUUUAGUUUAUUGUUUAUACAGUGGUGCCUCGCAAGGCGAAAUUAAUCCGUUCCGCGAGUCUCUUCGUCUUGCGGUUUUUUCGUCUUGCGAAGCACGGCUAUUAGCGGCUUAGCGGCUAUUAACGGCUUAGCGGCUUUAAGAAAAAGGAAACAAACUCGCAAGAACUCACAAGACGUUUCGUCUUGCGAAGCAAGCCCAUAGGGAAAUUCGUCUUGCGGAACGACUCAAAAAACGCAAAACCCUUUCGUCUAGCGAGUUUUUCGUCUUGCGAGGCAUUCGUCUUGCGGGGCACCACUGUAUUCCCAUUUAUAUCCAAAAUUGCUGCUUUCUGGUUACCGCCAAACUGAAACUGGCAUCACCUCUGUGAUAGACAAACAGUUAGAAGUUAUGUUCAGAUGGUCUCCAGGCAGGAAACUUUAAUUGCUUGUGUAAACUCUCAAACUGACCAAUUCCUUUGGGGUCAUUUAGGGUGACUGCUCUUACUGAAUAUUUUGAAGAUGCAUAAAGGACACAAUUUGUAGAAGUGGUUUUUUUUUUUAAAAAAAACAACAACACUUUAUAAUUUGUGACCCAAAGAGCUACUUUCAGCAAGCCUGUGGACUUGAGCUAACCAAAUAGAAAUGUUGACUUGGAGCUGCAGAUUGUAAUGCUGUCAUAAACUGCCUCUGUAAUUUUCAAGUUCCAUUAGAGGGAACUGUUUAAUUUAAAAGUUUACUUUCCAUGAGAGCACAGAAGUAGCUGCAUGGCUCUUUGGAUUCUGGCCUAUAUUGUUGGUCUUGUGAGUAACACAUUGAUAAAUUAUUAUGCAUUGUGUUGGAUCCAGAGUUUCUGUGAGCAGAGCACUGCUCCCAGGAUGCUCCCGCAAGUUGCAGUACUAUAUCUGUUCUAGUACAUUUCAAAGCUGCUCUCAUGUAUUUCUGUGCUAACAUUUUCAGGAGAUUAAAAUGUAACAAUAACCCUUAAGACACCCAUCUUUUUAGAUGUCAUACAUGCCCACAAUCAGUCUCACUCACUUUCAUACCUUAAGUACUAUACUGUACUAAAAAAACCCAAUACCCAUAUUUGUAUGUAGGCCUUUUGGGUUAUGUUUCUGGUCAGUGUGAGAUUAGAACCUUCUCCUUGAGAGAGCUCCUGCCUCAGUGCUUUUCCUGGCAGCGUUGCUUGUUUAUGUCUCUUGGUUUGGCAGCAACUCCGGCAUGUUUGGCAGACUUGGUAAGCACAGCUGGAUUGGAUUUUUUAGGUCUUUAGAUUGCAGGUUUGGCAAACUAAACUGGUCCUUUCAGUAGGAGCCGGCCUUGUGAGAUUAAUUUGCCCAUUGUUAGUAAUUCAUAUGUCAAGCAUAUAUGAAUGACAAAAAAACAACAGCAAAGGCUCAUAAUGCUUCUGGUGUUUAAAAAAGAAUGAUUUAGAGAAGGCAUUUCUAGGAAAAAUGCAUGUAUUUUACACUGAAGAAACAAGUGGGAGCAAAAUAUUUUCAUGUCCUCUUUCUAAAGGACAGGUAGCAUUUUCACACACUAAUUUACUCCUUUUCUUUUCCUUUAUAGAGCUAAAUACCACAAGUUAAAAUAUGGCACAGAGCUGAAUCAGGGAGACAUGAAGCCUCCUAACUAUGAUUCAGGUAAGGAUUGAUUUGUGUAAAAGAAAACGAGACUGGGCAAAAGAGAAAAAGUUGCCGUUUUGUGAAAUGUAUUGACUUAGUCUGAUAUGUAUGUAAUAGAAGGCUUUGAGGGGUUGGGUGUGACUACUGGCCCUGCACAUCCUCUGCCUCUUCACGUGCAAAUCUCCCUCCCUCUCCAAUUAAGUCUGUCUAAAUUUAACCUUAGCCUUCAUAGCUGUUGUCCCCUUGGCUUAAAAUGAAACCACCUGUAUGCUGCCAGACUGCUUUAAUAAAUAAAACGAUGUUAAGGAGGAUGCUUAUUGUUGGUUUUAAUUCUUGUUUUCUCUUAACAAACAGUUUGCUGGUCCUUCUGUCCUUAGUGGGAGAUUUAAGGAAAGUUACAUUAGGAAAAUACUUAGUAGCUAAGUAUUGUCCUGUGGUGGCAUGCUGCAUAUGCACCCAUUGCUUCAAAAUUUCCUCAUUACCCAAAGCAACUUGGUUUCUUUCUCUUUUUGAGGGAGCGUGAAACUGUGACUAGCUGGAGAAGGUAUACUGUUGUUAAACUUAUCACAACUUUUUAUGUUCCUGUUCUGAAUUCUUAUGUACAGUUUGCAUUUGUUCUCCUGUGUUGUAUAGGUCAUUGCAAAAACACAGAUAUACAGUGGUACCUCUGGUUAAGUACUUAAUUCAUUCCAGAGGUCUUUUCUUAACCUGAAACUGUUCUUAACCUGAAGCACCACUUUAGCUAAUGGGGCCUCCCGCUGCUGCUGCGCCGCUUCUGCGCAAUUUCUGUUCUCAUCCUGAAGCAAAGUUCUUAACCCGAGGUACUAUUUCUGAGUUAGCAGAGUCUGUAACCUGAAGUGCAUGUAACCUGAAGCAUAUGUAACCCGAGGUACCACUGUAUAGGACUUAAAUGUGCAAUAUUCUACAGAUGUAAAUAAUUAAGAGUGUAACUAUUUUAUUUUUUUAAGCAUGCUGUAAUGCACAAGACUGCUUACGAAAAGCAGGCUUCAAAACUAUAUUGGUUUUAAUAUUUCAGAUGAAGGGAAUGAAACUGAAGUUCAGUCACAGCCUACUAGUCAGCUAAUAUGGAAACAAGGGCGACAGCUGCUCAGACAGUAAGUGACCUAAAAACGGGUUUCAGAUGAGGGUCUUUCCUAUCUAGGACUGAACUUUGGACCUUUUUACAGACAAAACACAUGCUCUCCUGCUGAGCUAUGCUUCUUCCCUGAGGAUAGAUAGCAAAAUUAUAACGAAGGCAGGAUGAGGUAUUGAUUAAAACUUGAACAGCUUGUGAUGAGAAAAAUAGGGUGGGGUUAAUGCGUGUCACUCUUGAUGGAUGGUUCUUAAAUUAGUUCUGGGCUGUCCUGAUAGCAAUAAGGAUUGGGUAUGGAAGGCUUCUCAUUCCACUCCUCCCCACUUGAAAACCCCAUGUUAAGUGUUCCUGUUUGGAACAUCUGGUUCUAGAUUGAGAGAACUGGAACUCCUUUCACCAAGAGCCUUGAGUUUACUGGAACUGACCAGCAGGGCUGGGUGACAGGUGAGGGAAUUCAGAAGCAUGACAAUAUUUAUUCUUUGUGGUCAUUGUAAUAAUGUUUGAAACCUUUUUGUUCAAAAGUUUAAGGAUUGCAAAAAGAUUAAAAGCAAAUUUAAUCAAUUUCUGACUUUAUUGUAAAGCAGUAUUCAUGUGAGAAAGGAAGCUAGAAGGAAAUGCUGUUUGGUAGACUAGACAGUUGAGAGAACACAAAUUCUUAUAAACUUGCCUAAUGGCCAAGAAUGCUUUGGUAAGGCAUUGGUUUUGAUUGUGGAAAAUUUCUUAUAAAGAGUUGCCUAUAUAAAAGUAACUGUAUGGGGAAAAAAUGGGUUGAAAAUGCACGGAGAACUUUGGUUUCUUUUGGCAAGUAUAAUGAAUAAAGUAUUGUGUAUAUGCAGACAGCAGAGCUCUUUGCCUUUCUUGGGGACUGUAGAGACUGGUACUGCAAGAGACAAUCCCCUCUGAAACUGGCACAAGAAGAUUUGUAAGCCUGUUGUGUCAGCACACAGCUACAUUCUUCUUCUUACCGCAAUCUAUUGGUUGAUUCUGGGUGGAUUGUGGCGAUUGACUAUAACAUCUUUGCUGACAGCUCACGAGCAAUUGACAUGGUUUCUAUAUAUACAGAUAUCUGCAAGAGGUGGGAUACACUGACACCAUACUGGAUGUGAAGUCAAAGCGGGUACGAACUUUACUGGGUCUCUCAGGUGAUGGUCCAGACAGGGAAAAUGACAAAAACCAAGAAUCAAUGGUGAAUGGCACAGAUGCUGAGAUUAAAGAAAAGGUGAUGAUUGGGUAAGUGCUUUUGACAGUGGGAUGCUUCCAGUGGUACAAAUUAUGCUUUUGAACGUAAUGUACUUAAGUAAAUUUUCCAGUGGUGUCAUAUACUGCACCAGUUUAUUACAUUUCAACUUUGUGUGUAUAUUUGCUGAAUUUUUCAUUCUGUUCCUUGUAAGCUGAGCAACUAAAUUUGCUUAGUCUAGGAAAAUUAGUGGACUCCUUUUUUUUUUUUUAAAGUACUCUAGUAGGUUACAUCAAGCUCAAUUUAGGACAUUGUUAGGUUUGUGAGUAGCCUGUUCUUCUAAGCAGAUAUUAUGCAAGUCUUGAAAGAAGUGUCAUGUCCUGAGAUGUAAUAUUCCCCUUGCAUCCCAAACUGUAAACACAACAAUUGAGUGUACUUUCAUAAUGUAUGUUAGUAAUUUUGCUGAUGGCUUAGAGCAGAUUUGGACGGAAACUGGAGGGAGAAAAGACUUAAAUUGUUCAUAUGAACUUUGGGUUCAGGGGUUUCCACUCCUGUGGAAUUCUUUAUUUUUCUUUAGUGACAACUCUGUUGAUAAGAGUGUGUUCUUAUUUGCUAUUAUGAGAGUAGUUCUAAAUCAGCAAGAAUAAAUAACAAAAGACAAGAAAACAUUUUCAAGAGCAUUUUUUUUUAAUCUUCUGCUUUCUAAGGUGAUGUAAAAAUGUCGUAAUGCUUCCUUAAAGAUGAACUACUUGUUCUGUCCAUGGAAAAUUUUAUGCAAGUCAAUGUAUUUGCUAAUGUACAGAUCCCAGUGAAAACUUUUGCACUCAAGAGCAUCAUGUGGACUUGGGAUGUAUCCUCGAAGAUAUUGAAUCCAUCAGUGGAAACAUUAUUUGAUAGUUUGACAGUUAUAAUCUUACUCACACAUGUUUCAUAAUGUUUACUGAAAGAAAUGGUUCACUACUUCAGAUCAGCACACUGGUGCUAUAAAAGAUAAGUACCACAGCUCAGCAUGACUGAACUCAGCAGGGGACACUAAAAUAAUUAACCUUUGUAUUAACAUCUAGGAUUUCCAGUGUUUGCCGUGGAUGUAAAAGAUGCACUUUGUCAUUAACAUGUUUGGCAGAAGAAAAACAAAUGAAACCGGGUGUAGCCUUGCGUGGGAUACCAGUUAGUUCUCAUUUUAAUACCUGCUUCUUUAGUUUAAUGAUGUUACCUUUCCCUUUGCAAGUUAAGUAAAAAGUUGGGGGAACUGCAUUGUUCUGCUAUCUGAGGCACAGUGUGCAGUAAUAAAGCCCAGCCCAUGUAACAUUUCUGAUUUUCAAAUUGACUUUGAAGCAUUGUUGUAAACAUUUGUAAAUCUUAUCGGGAAAUAUGUUUAAGGUGUUUUUCAAGCAAUAAAUGCUUUACUUCUUCUUUUUUCAUGAAAAGCGCCUUUCAACUGUCUUGCAAAUUGAGUUUUAUAAUUGAUAAAAGUUGUUAGUUGACUCAACUCCAACUUGGAAUUCCUUCCAAGAGGUUCAUGGUAAAGCUGAAUGUACACAACUAUCAGAACUUGUUAAAGGAUCUUGCAGUAAUAGUAAUGUUAGUUUUAAAGUUGUCUGUUCUAGAAAGCUGAGACUGAUUUUUUUUUAAGCUUACAUUUUAAGAUUAGGGUUGUGCCAGGUAUUUUCCAGUUCAUACUAACAUGCCCAAGCACUAGCGCUUUGCCUAUAUUAUUUUCAUUUUUCUGAUUGAUUCUGUUUAUGAAUCACUUCCCAUAAAAUAUGUCAGAACACUUCACAAUGAGAACUUCAACAAUGAAACUAAUUAAAAACAAAUUCUGUAUAUAAAAACAAUUUCAGAUCUGAUACAGACUGGGAUUAAAACCUUGAAAAAGGAAGGUCUUCAAUAGGCUCCAAAAGAUGAUAGAGAUGGUGCCUCUCUGUUGUGUAACAGGAGGCAGUUUCAAAGGGUAGGUGCCACCACUCUGAAGGCCUGGUUCCAGACUUCUGCUGUUAUUUGCUGCCUGUGUUUCAGCUAAAACAAAACAACUUGCAUGAGCUGAAAACACUUCCAGUUGCCCAAGGAGUGACAUAGGUUUCUGCUGAUCUCGCCCACCCUGGCCAGUAGCUGCAGAUUCUUGUACAAUAUGAAGUGUGCUCUGAGGUCGCAAGAUGCUGCACAGGCAGGAGGAAGUGGGAAAGCCACUUUCUUUGAGCAGAACUUUAGGGUUCUAUAUUGCUAUUUUGGUGCUUUUUUCCCUCAUUACUGCCACUUGAUGUUCCUGGGACUGACCAAAAGCCAGUCAAGAAUCAUGUUGUAAAUGUGAUGACAUCACUUAGCCAAUCAGAUUUAGCUGCAUUACAGCAUCAGAAAGCCCAUUUAAAGUGAAGAUCAUGUUUCCUGAUCUCACAUGGAAUGGUUUUAGUGAUGACAUCAUGCGACAAUUAGAUUUGACUGUGUGACAUCACAAAGUUGAUUUGCCGAAUGCCAGAAGGGGUGCUCUUGUUCAUAGCAUUAUUGGGAAUAUUAACGAGUACUUAGGCUUAUAAAUUGAUUUAAAUUACAAAUAAUAAAAGUUGUAGCUGAAUCCGAGUCUCUUCCACAUUUGCGCCCUUUCUGAUAUUUUAGGGAUUCUGCUAUUGUGCUGUCUCUACUCUCCACCUCAAGUCUUCAUCAGACAAAGAAACUAUAGAAUUGAAAUCCUUUUUAAAAAAAUUGAGAUAAGACCUAAGGAAGGUGUAUAGAAAAGAUGUAACAAGCCCUUUUCUGUGUAACUCAUAAGUAUGUAAUAGAUGAAUAAGUGUACCUUAUGAGACUUCCUGGAUUUUUCUGUGUGAUGUUAUCUGAUUUUCAAUAUUAAGAUUCUGCACAUUGUGAUAUUUCUGUUUAUCUGGGCAGUAAACUGUAACUGCAUUUUUAAAAGAAUUUUGCAUUAAUCAAUGUGAUAUUUGCAUAAUUUGUUGGGCAGUGUGUAUAAAAGAAUUCAGAAUGUGUUCAUCACUUGAGACUUGUAUGGGACAGUGAAUAUCAUUUCUUUAGCAAGAUUUUCACUUUAACAGUGUUAGUAUGAUUACUAUUGCUUCAUUCCCACCAUUUAUGCAUACCUGCCAGUGUGUAAAGUCUGCAUAAAGUGAAGAACAGGAUCACUUUGUGUGCACCUAUCACUUCCCUGGACUGCCUCAUGUUCACAUAGAUAUCUUUACCUAAACUCAACUUCAAAUGUAUGUGGGCCUCAUUGGCAUUAGCCUUACCCCUAAAAUUAUGUGUGUAGGGUUGCAUUUAAAUAUUAUAUCCAAUUCAUAGAUUCCAAGUAGACAUGAUUUAGGGGCAGGCAGCUAUUAUAAUAAUUAUAAUAAUUUUCUGCCACCACAUGCAGAAGUAUUCAUAUAUCUCUGAAAAAGGUUAUAUUGUAAUGUUUCUACAAUAUGGUGCUAGUUAGCCGCAGAAGGCAACGUGUUUUGUGACAUUUAUAGGACACACAAUAGCAAAGUUCUCUGGGUGGCUUACAGUUAAAUCUGAAUGUAUGUUUCCAGAACUUUUGAGACACUUAAGCUGCAAUCUUAUGCACUUUUGAGCAUAGGAUUGCACUAUUGGCCCUAUUAAUAUAUUGACAAACAUGCAUGGGAUUUUUUCUUGAAAUUUCAGAUUUUAAAAAUGGUAGCCUUGCUAACUUUCCUUUACAUUUUUCGAUACCCUGACUGACAUGGCAUUAAUUAUGACCUGGCCCGUUUUCCUUGUUUUACUGCCUUUUGUUGCAUAAUGAAAAAUUGCUUGUUUGCAACUGCCUUGGUUACCCACACAGCCUCCUAGUAUGCUUGAAGCUAUAUUUUAAAUGAAAAUGCAGUGUAGAAAUCCUCUCUCAUUUUAGUGUUUUAACUAGUAAUCGGAAUCAAGUGACGAGUUAAAUAAGAGAGGCUUGUAGCUGGAAACUGUGCACAUUUAAGAACAAAAUAACAAAUACUAGAUCCAGCAGUGUUUUAUUCUCAACUUUCUUCAUAGAUUCAGAAAAAGAAUCAAUACAACUAUCUGGAUAAGAGAAAAUGUAUUUAAUAGUUACUAAGUGAAUGAAGUAAACAGCAAUUAGUUUCUUUAGGAAAACCUGAAGAAAGUAUCAGUAAAGCUAGGUGUUGGGGGAGCUGCAGUUGCGGCUUCAUUUAUUAUAUUCUUGUCCAAGAAGGUCCCCCUCACUGUGUGUUGGGAAUCUUGAAACCCAGCAAGUUGCUUCUUUUUAAAAAAACACAAAACACUCCCCCCCCCACUGUCCCAAAUAGUAAUCUAGAAACUUGAGGUUUAAGCAUCUAACUAUAUCAAUGAAGACAUUACUUUCUAAUCUCAAGAAAAAGGAAGACAAUUUCAGGUAUCAUUGUGAGAAUUGUGAUAUUGCUGAUCAGUAGUGGUUGGCUAGUCUGUUGAAAUGUGGAUUCAUAUAUGCUCAUUUUCAAAAGUAGUGCUGCUUGUGGUGCUGUGUGUGCUUUUUCUUCUAAAAGUGGAUAAUUUCAAAUUUUCACUUUUCAAAGUGUUUGCUCAAGUGGAGUCCAUGUUAAACGAAGUGUGGUAAAUAAAUUUAAAGAGUUUGGAUCAAGAGGUAGCCUUCUGCAAAUGGAAGAGCUGGCAGUUCAGUGGAGGCUGCCAUUCACAGAAAGAGGAAGAGGGGAUUCUAACUUCCUGAGCACAUUUUUAGGGGUACUAGGGGACUCUGCUCAUGCGAUCUCUGGAUCCAGCCCAGAAUCCAAUAAAAGGCCCCUUCGUCGUCAUUUUUCAUAGGAAUAGCUGUUUAUGGUACAUUCAAGACUAACAAAUUCGUUAUGUCACAAGCUUUUGUGAACUUCCAGUUUCUUGAAUUGCAAUCCUAAAUAGACAGAGGAGUGUGUAUGUGUAUGUAUGUACACACACACACACACACACACACAAAUGUGUAAAAGAAAAUAGGGAAAGCUGGAUUUAAGUGGUAAUGAAACCCAUUAAUGGAAGCAUCUUAGCAUUGUUGAGUAAUCAACCAGUUGCUGCUGUGGUGAAGUAUCACUGCAUAUUUUGCAUACAUUUAAGUUCUAAUUGAAUUAUCAGAAUAUACAUUUUAUAUUUCAUUGUAAUUUAACUCAGAACAUUUACAGUUUUUCCCUUUGCUUGUGUGUGUAUACCUUCAAACCGAGAGUUAUGCUUUGUGCAUUGAAUGGAGUGGACUGUAGUCUAUAAAAGAGUGUGUACUGUCAUUUUUUUUAGUCCUGAUGGUGCCAUGAGACUCAUUCUAGUUUUUGUCGUGCACCACAAUAUACAUUUAUGAAUGUGAAACUGAAGUUCCAGUAGCACACACAGAGAGAUCGCUUGGACUAAUGAUAAAACUCUUUCAAACCAAUGCUGUGUAUUGGAUGGACAUGGUUGCCAAAUUUUAUAUUGUUGUAAAUGUUUGGCUUUAUUAUGAAAAUAAAUAAGAACAUUUAUAUAUUAAAAAGAAAUUGCAGAUCCAUUGGAGAAUUAUAUCAUUUUCCCUAUAUUUGUUAUGUGUGUUUGGCUUUGUUAAACAUAAUGAAGAGAGAAAAACAGACAAAAUAACCUUUUGCUGCUAUUUUAAUUUUUAUCUAGGAAACCAGAUUUGACAGACUCCGCUUCGCUGCUAGAGACAUUUAAAUUCCUUGAAAAUGCUGCAGCAGAAUUUAGUGAUGAGGACGAAGAUGAUGAUAUUGAUGGAAGAGAGAGAACAAUCAUGGACACUUCAACGGUGGGCUGAGAACUCUUAAUCAUAGAACAAGACUUUCAGUGAUGGGAUCUUAAAAAUCAUGAUAUGGCAUAUAUUCCAAUUCUUAUGUGUGAGCAAAUGCAAGGAUUUAAUCGUGGCACAUUUUUGCAAGUCGGUCUGAUAAAUAGUAUUCUAGUACUGUAUUGCUACCUCCGGUCCAAUUAAAAGAAGCCUAGCUUGGCCUCCUCCUCUACAAUUUACACACGGCGUUGAUUAAAUUAGAUUAAAUUCCCUAGUGUUCUAAAGAUUAUAUAGUACAUUAGUAUUUAAGUUAAAUUUAAAAUGAACAGUGAUGUAUAUAUCCUUCUCUUCUGUGUCCCCGCCCCCCUAGAGUGCAGGGAUAUGUAGAAAUAAUACAGACACAAAUGUUUCAUUUCAUUUUCUGUCCUUCAUAGAUUGUGAGGAAAAGGGUGCUAUCAGAUAGCAGUGAAGACAGAGAUACUGAAGAGGCCUUGAAGGAGUUUGAUUUCUUGGCUACAUCUGAUGAAGGAGAUGGAGAGUCAAGAAGUUCAGGAGACGGCACAGACUGGGGUAAGGAAGUAAAAAGGAAUUCUUCAGAAAUGCAGGAACUUGGUUAAAUGCAAAAAAAAUGUAGCAGUUGUAAUAUUGUUAAGGAUAUGUUGCUGUAGCUUUGGGGUGACACAAGCCCUGCCAGAUCCUCCCCACCUUUGUAUUUUAUCUAGAUAGAAUAAACAAUUUUAUUGAAGUUAUCAUUUUCUAUGAAUAGUUUGAGUUAGUUGUAAGAUGUAACUUUUAAAACUCUAUUCUGUAAGGAAAUUGGCUAUUCUUUGGGGAUGCCACUAAAACAUCAUACAAAACCUUCUAACUCCUUAGGAACAUGGCAGAUACAGUGUCUUAGCCAUGCAAUGCUACGGAAACUGGGUGUAGAGGUAACCCAGUAGGAGAACGUUGUAGGUCAUGUGCCUGUCAUGACUUUAUGUGUUUCAUUGGUUGGCCAAGAAGGAAACAACACUUGGUUCAAUCUCGUUACAUAAGAGAACGACCAAGACGUAAACCACCUCCACUUCUUGAUACUUCUUGGCGUUAAAGCCCUUGGGCCAGAAUAAGCCCCACAGAGUCUGCUUUGGCAUUAGCUUCAUGACUUCAGGUAGUGAAAUGGUAGAGUAAAAAAACAGAAUGAAAUGGCAGACAAUGUGAGCCUGUGUCAGGGCAAAGUGGCCAGAUGGGAGUCUGACAUGCAGUGUUGGGGCUUCCCAUUCCUUCUGAAGCCAGUUUUGCAUGUUGGGUUCACUUUCAUUCUCUGCACUCCCUUUGCCUACCAGACCAAGAUUUAUUUUUAAGAAUGUAUAAAAUGCUUAAUAUAGAAUAUCUGUGAGUGGUGAACAAGAGGACAUAAGGAUAAAUAAUAUAAGAUCAAUCAACUAAAAACUAUGAAACAUAAUUUAGCUUCCUUUGUAGAUUGUAUCUCUGCAAACUCAAAAUACAACUGGGGAAGACCAGAGUAAACAGAGAAGUUUUCAGCAGGUGUCUAAAAUGCAGAAUAUCUGUCUCCUAUCUCCUUACAUGUCAGUUGUUAUAUACUUUAUUUUUACUUGGCACUUCCUUGAUGGCAUCCUUGAUGGCAUUUCACUUCUUCCAGAGUAGCCAAAUACAAAUAAUUUGAAACGGGAUUGAAAUGGUGCCUUUGCCUUUACAAUCUGUUUCUGAAGGGUCCAUCAUACUAACCCAUUUCCUGCAGAUAUUCUUGUAAUCCUUUAUAAACUCAUACCUAUCCAUAUUUACUGUUCCUCUGGGGCUGUGUGUGUGUGUGUGUGUGUGCGUGAGAGAGAGAGAGAGAGAGAGAGAGAGAGAGAGAUGUUCCUUUACUUGGGAGCUCUCCUCCCUGGCUGAUACUCCAGUUACUUCACUCUUAGCCAGUUUCUGUUGCAAUCAUGGUUCGUUGGUCCUUCUUAUCUGGCGUUGUUGUAAACUCUGCAUCUGUUCCUACUUUAUUAGCUACUUGCUUCCUGACGAUCACUUUUUGCUUAGUUUCUCAGCCUUUGGAUUUUGUAACUGCCAUUUGCUGAACUUCCUCUGCUCCAUCCUGUCCACAUCUGGCUAUGUUUUAUUUUUCUUUCUCCCACACCUGUUCAAAUGGCAUAGGUUGAAUCCAUCAUACCUUAUGCUCCACUGACUCUGGCAGCCCAAUCACAUGCAUGUGUUACCUGGAGGAAGUCCCACCAAAUUCUGUGGGGCUUAAUCCUAGGUAAGUAUGCAUAUGCUAUGAACGAGAAAUCUGAGAGCUGGAUACUGUUGUGCAUCAGUAUUCAGAAAUGGAAGAAAGAAAACACCUGAGUAAUCUAUAUAGUUUAUUAGAGCAAGAUUUGCUUCAUGUGACAAACAGACUUUAAAAAACAAAACAAAACGCUGGAAUAGGUUACUUUUCAAAAAGCCACUUGAAUGAAUUUUUUAAUGUGUUAUCACAGGUGAUGUAUAACCAGAGGUAAAAACACGUUAGGACAAGUCAGAAUGCCAUUUCUACACAAUAUCUGGGGUUAUGUGUAAUUAUAGCAACUCCCUUCUCCUUGUGACCCUCCCAAAAAUGUAACAACAGGUGGAAUGCCAUUUCAUAAGAUCUGCAGAGGUAGCAGCAGUGUUGUGCACCUGACAUGAACACAGUCAGGUGGUUGGCACCAGGGACGUGAAACACAAACAAUCUGUACCUUUUUAUUGGCUUCUUGCUGAUGAGAGUAAAGAAUAAUAAUAAUUGGCGGGUGUAUUAGUUUUUGUUACUAUGUUAUGCAUUUUUGUGUUUUUAUAUUGUAAACUGCCCUGUGAUCCUUGGGUGAAGGGCGGUAUAGAAAUUUUAAUAAUGAUGAUGAUGAUGAUGAUGAUGUUGAUGAUGAUGUUACAAUGCUCCAUGUUGGCUUCAUUGUAAUACAGACACUCUUGUAUAAGCAGAUGGCAAGUUGCAAAAUUCUUCUGAAGUUCAGCCUGCGCUUGGAAAACAGUUCCCAAAACGCUGUGUUACAUGUCAUUACAGAACGUACAGAUACCUUUAAGUGUGCUUUCAGAUGGAAUCCUUUGCAAGUGUUAAGCAUGCUCACUUGGCUUAUGCGACACCAGCAUGGCAUAUGAAAAUGUGCCAAGUCCUGUGGUAGACUUUGCUACUCUGAAUUGACUUGCAGGAUCAGUAAUGUGGCAGUCUCCAAAUCAGUUAUUAAAUGAACCUAUUAUUAGAUGAUACCCCUGGGCUUAAAGUACCUUCAUUCCACUUGCUUUCUCAUGUUACACUAGUUGGGGGGGGUGGUGCUUGUCAUUUUGAUGCAGCCUAAGAUUCAGCCUUGGUGUAAAGUGUGGUUUGUGGAACCUAAGGACCUCUGGGUUGUGUGCCUUCUGCUAUCUAUAGCUGGUGUAAAAUGUCAUAAUUUGAACUGUGUGAAUGAGACCAGGUUAUUCUUACAGCUCUUGAACACCAUUAUUGAAAGGAGACACACCCGCAUUGAAGAAUAAUGCCUAGAUUUACUGUUUCUGUUACUAUCUAAUACAGCGGUGUGCCCGUUUUCUUACUAAAGAAUUUUAGUAAUUUAUUUUUAUCUAUGUUGCGCAACAUAAGAGAAACCCAGUCAAAAGUAAGUGGGGAUUCAAAGACUCAAGUAACAUAGACAGUGAAGACUGAAAGGGGAAAUGUUUGAAGUAAUUACCAAUUACAUUAAAAAUGAAGUAUUUUCACUCAGAAUGAAUAAAGGGUUGGGAUCAGAAACUGGCUAUUGCUAACACCAACCCCCAAUUACUUUUUUGAAGACUUCUGAAGAAGUGAAAUAGAAUGGCACUUAGGCUCAAUUGAGCUGUGGUGGAGCCAGCGUUCAUAUUUUGGCUCAGUCCAUUUAUAAAGUGGAGAGGGGUGGGCGGAUCUUACUUUUAACAGUACAAGCUGUGCAGCAAGGGGAGCGCUGAACUCUUUCCCCACUUAUGCUUUAUCUGUCUGCAAUCAGUUGCUCCAGCAGCUUUUAUCCUAUUUCUGACUCUGAUAACAGCAGUGAGCUGAGAACAGAGAAAAGGAGCUGGAACAACACAGAGGGAAGGCAUGGCAUUGAGUGGGGAAGGGUUCAGGGCUCUUCUCCUGUUGCUCUGCUAAACAACACUCCCUCUUCCUCACCAUAUGAAUAAGGUGAACAUGUGAAAAGAAGCACAUACCGUUUGGCCUUCAACUGCAGCACUGUUUAUUGUUGCCUUAAAAAAACCCCAAAUGUAUACAUCAGCAACCUCUGCCGCCUUCAGUGCAAAAUAAAUAAAUUACUUAUAGAUCAGCAGCUGCUGCCUUCUUCAGUAUCAAAUAAAUAAAUGACAUAAAGAGGAUGUUUCAUUUGUUUUACUUUGUCUAGAAAAGGAAGACCAGUGUCUCAUGCCUGAAGCCUGGAAUGUGGACCAGGGAGUAAUAACCAAACUGAAGGAACAAUACAAAAAGGAGCGCAAGGGGAAAAAGGGGGUGAAGAGUAAGUGGAAAACAUUGCACCUUAAAAUUCAUAAAUUCCUGCCUCUUUUCACUUCACCAAUACUAUCUUUCUUUCAAUGUUUUCCUCAAACUACUUACUCUUUUACUUUGCUGCUCCUGACUGCUUUCCUGUUCACAAUUACCAGGGGUGGAAAUUAAUGAUACUUAAAAUCCAGAGGUGUUGGGGUCAUUGCUUUUAUCCAGUUGGAUAAAGUAUUGGGGGGGAAUGCUUUUAAAAUAUUAAUAUUUAAUUUUUGGCUACCAUAAAACACUUCUUGUUAAGGUUUGUCCAAACCAGCCAAUUUUUGUUUGACUUAGAGACCAUAGAGGCUGUUGUUGAUUGUGUGAUCUCUCCUGGUUUGUAUUUCUGGGAAUCUUUGUGCAGAACUUAAUGCUUCAGUAAAUGAUUGCUAAUCAUUCCAUCUAAUUUUUGAAGUUAGUUUAGUCUGUGUGUGCACCCUGUCAUUUACAGUGGGCAAUGCAAAUUGGAUCAGGAGAACCAUUCAGCUAUUUUCAUGUACCCAAGGAUUUGGGUUUGCAUUUGCUUUUAUUGAACAGCGUUCCCCAAUGCUACCUGGCAAAACGCUUUUGAAACUGAGGGAGAGUGAAAAAUGUUCUGAUAGCAUGCAAGAAGUUACUUGCCAUGCACAGGCCUUUGGACUAACCUGAUCCUAUCACUUGAUAUGUUCAAUGUUUAUUUCCCUUUGGCAGCCCUGAGACAACUCCUUCCAAACAAAGCAAACAGCUUUGUAUGAAGUUAUAAACUUUGCCAUCAAGUGGAAAUACCUCAUGCGCCCCCUCAGCACAUCUGAGAAGUUAGGGUGUGUAUAUAGGAGGGUGUACAGUGCAUAUAUUUAGCAGUUUUUUUUUUUUAAAGAAUAUAGUUAUGGGAGAAGAAGAGGAGAUGUAUGUACUGCAAACCUGUAAAGAGCAGCUCAUGAGACAAGCAGACAGAUCUUUGGUCUGGACAUACCCUUAACUAGAAGUGAAAGAUAAAAGCAAAUUAAUUUCUACCCUUGUUUCUUUGUAAUGUUUGCUACAUGCAAGUCAUGCUAUCCUCAUAAUUUGAAUGCAGGGCUCGAAAUGGGGGGAGGUGGAAUCUUGCCAGGCUUUUAAUAAUAUCAGUAAGUCCUCAUCAAACUUCUCCUAAUUCGGUUGAGUGCUAUUUUUAUACCAGGCAAACAAUUGGAUCAGUAUCUGAAGUUUAAUUUCUAGCCCUGUGUGUCAUACUUCCUUUCUGUGUUACAUCUCUUACAAUAUAAAUCCAUUAUGUAGAAGCUGUGUGCUCAAAAUGUGCAAUGCAACCCUUUUGGAUGUUUAAUAUGGAAAUCCUACGUUUAUAUGUCAUACACAGCAGUUGUAUUCUGAAAAUUUGGGUACCAAUUAUAUGGAACAAAUGCACACAGAAAUCAAGAUUUACAAAAAAAAAGUAAGAUGCUUAAUUUUUAAUGUUAGUCUUUGCAAAAUUGAUUCAAAAAUUACAGUAUUAGCUUUCCCCAUUAUUCUUGGGGAAGACUUUGCUAAAUGCUAGCUUUCAGCAUGUUGCAGAGGCUUUUGGUCUGUGCAGCCUUGUAGUGUUAGCACUGUUAAGAUCAUAGAAGAGAUAAUUUUUCAGCUAAAAAAUAUUAUAAUUGGAUCACAGUACCAAAUUUUGGUAGUGUUAAAAUGUAUUUGGUGAUUACUUGUGGGCCUAAUGGCAAAAGGCACGAUAGAGUCUGAAAUUUGGAUGAAUAUACUUUGUAUAUUCCUCUAUUUUGUUGCUCAAAUUGCAAUACUCAUUCAUCAUGCAUUUACAAACCUGAGAGAAAGUCCUCCUUACAUCAGCUAUUUCUUCUGCUGUGUUUACUAUGGUAAACUCUAAAAUAUUAUACCUGGCAAGUUACCUGUAUUUCCCCUAGACGUUGUAGGGAAAGGAGAAGAUACAGGUCUCCCUCCUUGAAUUUUUUGAGAGUGCUUUACUGAAGCAUAACCACUUCAUUGAUUCCCUGUAUUCUACAUCUGAGUAUUGAAAAGAAGGAAGUGGAUAAUCCUAUUUAUUAGGUUUUUUGGUUAUGGAGAAAUGCUUCAGCGGCAGUAAGACAAGUAACUUGUCCCUGUCACCUUGCAAACCAUUCUUUCAAAAUGCUGUACAUCAUGUAUUCGUCCAAAACAUCAUUUAAGGGUUAGCCACUUUUCUGGGACAAUGUCCAGAUCUCCUGGCAGCCUGCCACAUUCUGUUUUGUUUUAAAACCCUAAGGCUUCUGCCAGCCCACCCAAUUCAGCUAAUGGGACUGAGACAGGCUUUACUCUGGCUGAAUGAAGUCCUAUCCACUGAUCCUAAGGCCUACUUCAGGAGUAUUCAUUCUCCUGUUCAUCGGUGCUGCCCCAUAGUAUGAGGGGAUAUGCUCUUGCCUUAGUCAUUGCUACAAGAUCUAGUAAUUCAAGUUCUUUACUAGAUUCUCCAUUGUGAGGUUUGGCAAAUUGCUCUUCCCUUUUCCAUUCAUUCCUUGCCACCCAAAAAAUAUCAGAAUUUGGGACUCACUACAAGCUUGUUAAAUGUUGAGACUCAUGCAAAGAACAUGGAUAGAUACGUGGUCUGAAUAUCUUAGAUAGCAUAGGCCACAGGAGUUUUGGCACUUUGCAUUCGAGCAUGGGCCUCUGCAACUCGUCAUGCUGAAUCCAGCCCACUAACAACAUAGGGAGCUACAUUGAUCUGUAAAACCAUUAAUUAAAAAUAACGUUAUAUAUCACUCAAUCCAUUUUUCCAUUGCUGGCGACUCGCAGCUCUGCAGCGCCCCCUGGUGCCACAUUUUUAUAACACAUUUUUAACGUUAUAACCUACCAGUGUAGGUUAGUCCCUGGUGUAGCCUGCCAGAGGUUCUCACUUUAAAGCUAUAUUUUUGCUCCCUACCUGAGACUACAAGAACUGAGGUGGGGGCUGCCAAAUGCCAAGCAGGUCAUGAUUGGUGGAAUGUGUUUCAUUUAGUGAGUAGCAAACUAUUGAUCAGGAUGAGAUAAAACUAAAACACAGAGGACUGCACGAAGGUCGUGCUCAAUAGAGUGGCAUACCUAGCAGAAAAGAAAUAGAUUUUUAAAUUUGAGAUAAGGCAUUUGUUUUGACUGGAAAUUAUUAUGUGUAUAACCAAAUUGGGUUUUAAAGCCAUGCCACUAUUCUUUCUGAACUAAAGACCUAAAUGUUUAAACAAGAGUGAUGGAUGAAAGAAUGGAAUUUGCUUCCCCCUCUCCCAGCUUUUCCUGAUAUGAAAAAUAACUGGUUAUGAAUCUUAAUUAAAUGAAAUCAAGUAGCGUUUUGCCAUUACAGAAAUUAAGCAUCUGCUCAGGGCCAACACUCUUGGAAGAUGCAUCAGUUAUGCAUAAUCUAGAAUAGUUUGUAACUGUGAUAAAUCAGUUAUAUUUGGUGACAGAAAGCUUAAAAGUGGAAAUCUAGGGGCAUGAAUGUUCAGCUGUAAAGCAUAUAUAACUUUAAUGAAUGUGCACACCUGUAGAAUUUUGUAUAUUUGCAGACAAGCACUUCUGUUAUAGUCUUGCAAAAUCCUGAAAUGUUUGUCUGAAACAAAUAUCAGUUGUUACAAACCGUUGUUAUUAUUAUGGCAGGAUUUGGACCGAAUAAUUUGAGGAAAGUGCUGUGAUUUUGCUAGGCUGCUGUAAAAAGUCCUUGUGAAGUGUGCUAAGUUCAGACCUGUCUUAGAAUACACUUUAAGGUGACUAGAAAUAGUUAUAUUAUUUAGUAGAUUAGGAAAAACGGUUAUGGACUGUGGGUAAGAUAUUUUCCCAUUCUUAAUUAAACUUACAACAGGAAAAACUACCGAAGAUAUGUUUCAGCCUCAGUCCUAUAUAAAACAGUCAAAACAGGGAUGUGGGAAAAUGAUGGAGCAAAAUGCAGGUAAGUUUUGAGAAGGGCAUGGGUUUUCACCACAUGUAGUUUCAGGAAGAACAAAACCAGCGACUCUUGCUUGAUUGUUUUUGUUUUUCAAUUUUUUAAAAGUAAUUGUCAUUGUUUAGAUUGUGGCACGGUCACAGUCCUGCACAAUUUUGUGAAAGUUUGAAAACUUGUGCAAAAAAUUUAACUCACAAGUGUUACAGUCUUUGGAAAAAUAAAAUUAUUUUUUGUUUUAUUUGCUGUCACUUGGAUGCAUUUUACAUUUCUCAAGCAAGUCCAUGCAGUGAACAGAAGUGUGUGUGCAAAACCUCAGUUUUCAUCACUUCCUUCUUAAAGCACUUCAUUUCAUGCCAUAAAUUUAGUUACUGGUGGAAGUAGGAAUCAUUAUUUGACUCACGUUCAUCUUUUUCUUUUGCUAUAAAUAGCACUCAUUGUCAUUAUUGUUGGUGCAACAUGUUAGUUAAUAGUAACACUACUUUUAUUAAUGUUUGCAAAACUUUUCCCCCACAUUUUGUUGUUUUUGGCCAGGGCCCAACAGGUCAAAACUACAAGAUAUGCUUGCUAACUUGAGAGAUGUUGAUGAUCUGCCUGGAUUACAACAGUCAGCCAUGUCUCUCACCAGAUCCAGUACUUCACGGCUUAUUGAACAAGAAAUCAAUAGAACAGAUGAAGGUGAGGGCUGCUGUGUGUGUAAGGGGUGCAUUAGAGCUAUUGCUUGAGAAAACGAGGCCUAAUCAAGCCUGCCAGACCUCUCCGUUUUGGCCAAACUACACCCUUUAGGGCCCUAAAUUGAAAGGGUGUUUUGCCGGCACCUUUGAUGGGUUGAUCAAGGGGUGCUAGCAAAAUAGGGCUUUGGAAGAUGCUUCUGAAGGCCUCUGCAGCCACCUGACGUCAUUGUGACAUUCAGGCCCGACAGGUCUGAUGGCUGGGGAAAAUAACAAUCUGACAUUUUUGGCCAAAAAGGGUCCCUACUCCUGAAUUAAAGGAAUCUGAACUAGUUGAUAUUUGAGCUUUUGCCUAUUAUUCUGUCAGCUUUGUAUAUGUGUUCUGAAGCGAAGAUGAUUUUUAGAAGAUGCAUGUUGUAGCAAGCAUAAGCUUACAAGAAGUAAUAAUCCUUCCUAUGUGAAAACAAAGGGGAAAUCACAGGAUGGAGCUUCCUACCUGUAGUUUUUAUAAUUAUUUGUAUUACAAAUACAUAUGCUAUACAUUUCUCUUUAAAAAGAAAUCUCCCCCAAUCUGUUGUCCAAAUAUUUGGGGGCAUCUUUUUAGCUGAUUAAAUGUUCUUAAUCAGUUACUCCAACUAAGAGUUGAUUAAAUGCUCCAUCCUUUCUUUGUAUACAUACUAGCAAACUUCCUUCCUUUCAGUUUUGUAAAGCUGCUGUUUUGCAUGGUAAUUCUUAUGAGUAAAUAAGAUCGCAAGACUACUAUGUCCUGAAAAUUUUAACUUUGCUAGUAUUUUUCAAGCACAUGGCAAAUUACAGAACCAACUCUUAAUGUACCUUACCAAUACAUAAAGCAGGAGUGGAUUAAUGGUAGAUCUGGAUCUACUGGAAGCUCUGGAUGAUUUGAAGCAGAGUGACAAGGAUUCUGACUAGUGUUCUCGUUUAGUUGUGUCCGACACUUCGUAACCCCAUGGACCAGAGCACGCCAGGCACUCCUGUCUUCCACAAUGGCAACAAAAUGUCCGUCUUAAAUUAUGCUGCUAGAAUGAAGAAAAUUGGAGGCAGGGAGUAUAUUAGAAGAAAAAAAGGAAGGCGGGUGGGUGGGUGGGUGAAGAGAAGCAAGCAGCCAGGAAUAGAUUUUUGUGUGGAAAGACUGUGAGCUUACAUAAGUUUUGGUGCUCAGAAUAAAUGUCUGGAUUCAGAAGACUUUAAUUCUAGGUGCUUAUCUUUUGCACCAGUCUCUAGUUGAUAGAUAUUGGAGGGAAAAAUUAAGCAAGUUCUGAAAACAGUUCCCCAUUGGCUUAUAUAAAAACAUCACCAUUCCACUGUCAACAAGCUAAAUAAUUGGUUUUCUUUAACAUGUCUUCCAAGAAAGCCCUUUUGAUUUCAUAUUAAACUUAACCUUGCUAAGUUUAAGGGGCAGUUUACACUCGAUGAGCAUCUCCUGGCCAGCAUUCAAAUGAAGGUACCAUUUGUGUAGACCGGCAUGUCCCCAUGGGGGCUUUCCAUUUCAGUUAUUGUGGAUGACACUUUUUGAGAGGCUGCAGUUGCAGAAGUCGCAGCUGAUUCUUCCUCAUGCCUCCAACUUGAACGCUGCCAGAUACCGGCCCUGAAAUCUCCCAGUUGCCAAUUGCAAAGCCACCUCUAAUCGUGAACUGGAUCCAACUUCCUCUGUUUAAAACUGCUGUCUGGGCAUAUUUAUAAAUAGAAAAUAUGUAUUUGUCAUGUAAUGGCUACUAGUCUGAUUAAAACAGCUUCUGCUGGCUGCAUUUUAAGAAGUGGAUGUAGCACACUACAUGGAACAAGUGCAGCAGAACACUGAACAAUCAACAGCCCACAUGCUUAAAAUAUAUGCUUUGAAAGACAAAAUGUUACUUAGCAACACUUUGAGAAGUGGGGGGAAAUCUCCUUUUGCUUGGAACAUUUUUUCCCCAUCCCACAUUGGGUUCACUGCUGGAAAGGCCUAGGUGGUAGUUUUUCCAUGAUUGCUCAGUUGGGUGUCCUGAGCUUUCAGUCUCAGCAAUGCUUUGACCUUCACACAAUUGGGCUGAAGGCUACCUUCGAUUUUUGAAUGGGUGUUCGAUGUUUUGGCAAACUUAUGGCGAGAUUUAGGGCUUUUACAGGUGAUCCCCCGCCCCUGGCCACCACCAUGUACUGUUUUUACUUUGUUGCAUUUUCCUAGCAUUCAGAAUGCAAUCUUUUUAUUUUUAGGAAAAUACAAAUGUGACGCACCCCCUUUUUGGCCCCAUUGAAUUUUGGGCUGAAUAUUUCAUUCUCCCUUUGGAAUCAAUGGGACUACCUGAAAACAUCAGAGUGAACUUGGAUCAGGCCCAUCUAGUCCAGCACUCUGGUCCCACAGUGGCCAGCCAGAUGCUCCAAAGGAUGCUUACAAACAGAACCUGAGCACAGCACUCAUCCCACCCGCGAUGCAACUGGUAUUCAGAGGGCGUGGUGGAACUUGGCCUCUAUGGCUAGUAGUCAUUGAUCACCUUUCCCCCCUAUGAAUUUGUCUAAUCUUUUCAAGUCGUCAGAAUUAGACGGGCCACCCCUGCCUCUUGUAGGAGUGGAUUCCAUCGUUUAAUAAUAAUAAUUUAUUUGUACCCCGCCCAUCUGACUGGGUUGCCCCAGCCACUCUGGGUGACUUUCAGCAUAUAUAAAAACAUAAUAAAACAUUACACCUUAAAAAGCUUCACCAUACAGGGCUGCCUUCAGAUGUUUCCUAAGUGUCAUAUAAUUACUCAUCUCCUUGACAUCUGAAAGGAGGGCAUUCCACAGGGUGGGCUGAACGAUGGGGGUGGAGAGGCUCCUUCAGGUAUACAGGGCCAAGACCAUUUAGGGCUUUAAAGGUCAGCACCAACACUUUGAAUUGUGCACGGAAACGUACUGGGAUCCAAUGUCGGUCUUUCAGGACUGGUGUUAUGUGGUCUCAGCGGCUCCUCCAAGUUACCAGACUAGUUCAACUAUGCAUUGUGACUCAGUUGGUAGAGCAUGAGGCUCCUAAUCUCACGGUUGUGGGUUCAAGCCUCACAUUGGGCAAAAGAUUCCUGCAUUGGACUAAUCGGCCCUCGUAGUCCCUUCCAACUCUACAGUUCUAUGAUUCAAAGUUCUUUCCUGUGUCUUCCAACAUUCAAUUUCAUUGGCUGUCCCUGAGUUCUGAGUGUUAUACAAGUAGGUUCCACCUCUCAAAUCAAUUAUAUGGAUGCCAUUCUUUUCUUCCUACUAUCCCAAGUUUGCUUUUCUUCCCCUUAAAACCAGAAUAAGUGCAAAGGCCAUCUCCAGACACUUGCUUUCUCCUCUUGCCCCACUGUACAUAUUACCAGUUUUGUAUUGGAUCUAGCACCAGUGUUGUGCCAGGAAUGCCCUAAAAUUUUGCUGUGUGGAAACAAUUUGUUAAAAUAUUUAUAUAUAUUUAAAAUAAAACAUAAAAUGCAAAAUUAUAAAACACACAAAAGAGGAGAUGCAUAAGAUCAGAUAGGAAUAACAGAUACUUUGUAGCAGUACUUUUUUUUUUAAAAAAAGCAGCAAUGUUCAUUUAAAAUAGUGGUUAUAAGAUUUAAUGGCAACUUCAACUAAGCAAAAUAAAAACUCAAAAAAUGUAAAGCAAGUAUUAGCUCUUGUACAACAUUGAUAUGAAGAUUUAAAUUGGCUUUAUAUUUGAUACAAAUAUUUUCAAAUAGUUCAACUUUUGUACAUACAGUUUGUAGUAGUAGUAAUAAUAAUAAUAAUAAUAAUAAUAAUAAUAAUAGACAUCUAAGCAAACUGUAGAGGGUGUACCAUACAAGGUGAGCCACCACUGAAAAAGCUCUGCUAAGAAAAAUCUUUAGUUGGGUUCUUCUUUCUCUUGAGUUACUAAUUUCCAUUAACAAAAAAUGAAUGUCGGUUGUGGUUUUGUUUUGUUUCAGUAUUCUGUAAAAAAAUAAUAUCUAAAUUACUUCUCAGCUUAUUCAUUUAUGUAUGUAUUAAUUUUUUAUUCCUUGCCUUCCUUCAAAGGGGCCGAGGGUGGCAAAUAAGUAAAUUCAAAAACAAUACAAUUAAAAUAUAUAUCCUUCCCUAGAACUACAAAACACUUGAAGGAAUUGGGUGGGAGAGGGGUGGGCAUGCAAGAGUCAAAUCCAGACCACCGUUUUCCUUUGUAAUGAACCAAUAGGCCCUGGAAGUCUCUUGCACAAAUAUUAGUGCAAUCAGCCAAACAGUAUUUCCUUUUUUAGUGCUUAAUUGUUUUGAACAAUUCUGAAGAAACCAGCUUCCGAGGUAUGUAUAUUUAAGAACUUUAUUUCUGGCAAAAAUGGAUUCUGCUGGUGCUGAUUUGCGCAUGUUAAUUUCACUUUGUUUUGUAAAGAGCUUACUCUACUGAAUUUCAAUUGAACUGCUUAUGCCAAGCUUCUGAUUGUAUGGAGUACUUAACUUUCAUUUCUUCUCUUUCAGUGGAAGCUUUAACAUUCCCUCCUUCAUCCGGAAAGUCUUUCAUUAUGGGAGCAGACGAGGCCCUUGAAAACGAGCUGGGUCUUGGGGAACUAGCAGGCCUAACAGUAGCCAACGAGGCAGAUUCUCUGACAUACGAUGUAAGUGCUAGUUUGUCACUGUUGCCUCUAUUUUUCAACAGGUAAAAAUUGUGAUAGGAAAAUAGGAAGAAGCUGCCUUAUAAUGAGUCACUGUUCCAUCUAGCCCAGUCUGUCUACACUGUCUACACUGACUAGCCCAGUCUACACUGACUGGCAGAGGCUCUCCAGGGUUUUGGACCAGAGGCUUGGACCUUCUCUAUGGAAAGCAUAUGCUUUACCACUGAGCUAUGGUCCUUUUGAUCUACCUUAUAGGAUUGUUACAAGGACAUUUCCUUAAGGUAGGAGUGCUGCAUGAUGCUCUGAAAGUCACAAUAAGCCCAAAAGUCUGGCUCACAGGCUGCUACAGCCUUCUCCACUCCCUCUGUCGCUUCCAUGAUCUCUGCUUCCUCCUCUGCUUUUUCAUUCCCUCUUCCUCCCCACCUUUUUUCCUGAUUUUCUUCCGAAACCCUUCCAUUGGUGAAAUGGUUGAGCAGCACUGUGGCAACAAUAGGGCAUCUCCUACCUCUUUGCAAAGACUCUUGGAAGCAACGUGGCUGGAGUGGCUGCAGUGCCAUCUAUAGGCAGUUCUGACCUCUGCAGCUCAACCAUUUGAAUGCAGCCGUGUUCCUUCGCUUUGCAGUGGGAGGGAGAAUGUUCUUCCCUAUCCUAGGUGCCAGACCUAAUAGUAUGGUUCCUUUGGUGACCAGACUUCUGGAAUGUUGUGUUCCUGUACAAUGCGUAGUUUGGAAAAAUCAUAAUUUAACAUGUAAGAUUAAUAAAACAUGCAAACAUGCAAGAAUAUGAAAGCUUGCAUUCACAAGGGUGCUCUGCCAUUUAUCUCUUUUGCAAUCGAUUCUCAUAAGUAUAAUCUGCUUACAGUCCUACAAAUGAUGUCUAUGCUGUGCUGAUCCCUGAACUACCCAAAGCUGCCUUAAGUAGAGGAUGUUCUUUUACAGGACAAUGCUCUGAUGUGGCAGUAGUUAUUUUAAAAUUGGAAGUGGCUGCUCUUUCUAAUGCAUGGCCAAGAUAAAUGAUUUAUUGCUGACCAUUUAUUGCAUACACUUCCAAAAGCUUUUCAGAGGCACUGAAUGGGUUACUUUCCAUAUGAAUUUAUCAACUUGUUGGAGUCAUCAGCCGAGGCCUUCCUUUCUAUCUCACUAGCAUUGGUGUCGCCUUGAGACAGGGCUUUUUCAGGAGCAGUGUUCAGACUUAUUUUGCCAGCUGUUCAUUAUUGAUUAAUGAUUGCAUUGUAUUUUGCUGUUCCAUGCUGUACUUGUAUUACAGUUUUCAUCUGGUAUUUUAAUGUAGUGAUUUCGGAUUGUAUCUUUCCAUUUUGUAAGCUACUUGGGAUGAAAAAGUGGAAUAUAUAUAUGAAAUAAACGGUGAAAGCAUGUUUUAAAGAAGGAAUAAGAAUGAAGCUAUUUUUGCAGAUAUUUAAAGAAGCCACCUCUUGUGUGGAUGAAAUAGUAGGGAGGAGGGCAGAAAGUAUGCGGACAUCCAAGAAUAUACGCAGGCUUUUAUGGGAAAGGGGAGGUAAGCAUAAUAAUUCAGAGCAAAGAGAAAUUGAUGAGAAGAGGGGAAGAGGAAAAUGAGGGGCAGAGCUUGAAGUCUAUUGAUACAGCUGCCAACUGUUCAUAAGGCAUGCUGUGUAUUUCUUAAAAGAGAAUGCUUGUCCCCUCAAGGUUCCAUCUCACGCUGUUUUGCAGGCAACACUGUUAGAAUGAAGAAAUGCAGGUCGUGCAGCUCUUGAUGGUUUUUUGUUGUUGUUAGUGGCUGGAGGGUUAACUUUAAUAGGAAAAAACAGUUGCAUCUCUAUUUUUUCUUGUUACUUUUUCUGCCACAUAGUCCGAACUGAGCAUUUGAUAGCAGGAAAAUGAAAUACCAUCUGUUUUGAUAGUCCCCCGCCUCACAUUGGCUAAACUGAAGUUUUGUUUUUAUUACCACAGAUAGCAAACAAUAAAGAUGCACUGAGGAAGACCUGGAACCCCAAAUUCACCUUAAGGAGUCAUUUUGAUGGAAUAAGAGGUCUUGCUUUCCAUCCAGUUGAACCUGUGUUAAUUACGGCAUCCGAAGACCAUACAUUAAAAAUGUGGAAUUUACAGAAAACAUCUCCAGCAAAAAAGUAAGAUUGUGAUUGUUAAAAGACAUGUGGAGAUUAAUUUUUUAGACUAAUCAUUGUAGAAACAUGGUAGCAACAUAAUGACUAGUUUAGGCCUGAUUAAUCCUCUCAAGGAUAAAUAUUACCUGCUGACUCACUUAUUGGGUUAAAGAAUAUUGUUUCUCUUCCAGAAUGCAUGCCAGUUGGAUUUAAACCUUAUAAACAUUUAUAAGUCUUAUAAAUGGCGCAUGUAUAUAUGUGAUCGUGUAUCAUAUCAAAUUAUAUAAAAGCAAAUAAAGGUCCUAUUUAAGUAAUAACCUGUUGCCAUUAUAAGAAAAGGGAACUUACUCAUAGUCUUCGGUAUUCUCCUAUAUCUCAAGAAUCUUAGGAAGGAUCAGUUGGUAUUUACAGCCAAAAAAAAAAAAAAGGCAGCUGUUGCCGCAACAAGAAUUGCUUGGUUCUGUGAAUAUUCAUUAGAAUGCUGCGGGUAGACCAGUGAUGGGGACAGACUACCUCCAACACAUGACACUGGUGUUAAAAGACCUGCACUGGCUUCCUGUGUACUAUUGGGCCGAGUUUGGGGUUCUUGCGCUAGUGUACAAAACCCUGAAUAACCUAGGCCCAGCAUAUCUUAACCCCAAGUUCAUUAUUGGGAUCAUCGGGGGAAGCCCUUCCCACAGGAAGUUCGACAAACACCAUCUCUGCCCCUACUGAAUCUUGGGACUCUUGGUCAAAACUGUUUUAUUUAAGGAGGCCUUUUCACCCUGAAUGCUUCUCAGAUGUUUUACUUGAAAAUUCUUGAGUUUUUAAGUUUUAGAGGUUUUAAUUUAUGUUUAAAAUUUUGAAUAUUGUAUGUUUUGUUGUUUUGUAAGCUUCUUCAAGACCUACAUGUUGAAAAGUGGGAUAUACAUAAAUACAUACUGUAUAUACAUACAUAAAAUAGCUUUGCAAUAGCCACAUUUUUUGUCUUUUUCCUUACACAGUAUAUAGGCCACUGAAUAGGCCUAUAUAGGUGGUUGGCCACUGAAAUCAGCUCUUGCUGAUUCUUUCACAGUCCUUUUUUAUUCUUUCUUUGUUUGAUUAUGAUUUUUACAAGGACACUUUGCAGAACAAGAAAUGACUGCCCGUGGCUUAUAAAAAGUGGGGAGGGGCAAAGACAAGGAGUCAGGGACACUUAGUGUGCAUGUAGAGGUAAAAGUGUUCAAAAGCGUCCUGUCAGUUUAGGCCAGGCAUAGGCAAACUCAGCCCUCCAGAUGUUUUGGGGACUACAACUCCUAUCAUCCCUAGCUCACAGGACCAGUGGUCAGGGAUGAUGAGAAUUGUAGUCCCAAAACAUCUGGAGGGCUGAGUUUGCCUAUGCCUAGUUCAGGCCAACCUGGAAGCAAACUUUUUCAUGCCUUAACAAAUAUUUUCUGAACCUGUGAUUCUGCUUUUUUCUUCUUUUUUUUAGGAGUGCCUCUCUUGAUGUUGAACCUAUCUACACUUUCAGGGCACACAAGUAAGUAAACAUUCAGAAACUUCUUUCUGUUAUCAGAGAAUAUAGCUGCAGCACUUGACAGAGUUCUCCUUUUAUGGGAUAAACAGUGUGUUGACUCAGCCUGUCAAAUGGUCAUGUGGUUUCUUGUGGCUCGAGCUCAGCUCACCACUCCUCUAGUAUGCUAGUGAACUCUUCCUUCCAAAAGGGGUGGGGCUGGUAAAAGCUGCAGCUUGGCAAUGUAAUGGUGCAAUCCGAACUGCAGUUCAGCCUCUGGUGAGGCAGAUUGCAUUAGCCUUCCUUUCUUUUUUUGCUUUUUUCUCCUUCCGCCUUUCGCUUGUGUGGUGCUAGUGUCUUGCUAUGUACCACACAGAGCACAGAUACAACACUUACUUACCAAGAGGGACUUAGCUGUCUUCAGCAUGUGAAUUGGAGAGGGAUGGCCAAAGAGGUUGAUAAGUGUGCAGCAGGGAUAGGGAAGGGACAAUUUAAAAGUGGUUGAGAAUGGACUAAAAAGCGAGGUUAUGGCCAGAGCCAUCCCACGACAAUGCGCCCCCCCCCCCCGAGGUGGGCUGCUGCCACGUUUUCCCCCCUGAACGAUCAGCAUGAGCACCACCAGCACUUCCAAGGCCAUCUCAUCGAAGAGCAAGGCAUUGUGCGUGACAUGGCCCUGGAGGGCAGCUUCACUACCUCCGGUGUUUUGUUGCAGUAUUAGCACAUACUGCUUAAAUUCUUAAUGUUAAACAGUAUUUCCUGCUGUUGCAGCAGAGCCGUGCUCUCUGAAGCCACCUCACCCACAAUGCUUUGCUCAGAGCGAGGUGAAGACCAGCACUCAGGAGGCAGCCUAUCUGAGUGCUGCUGGCCACUUCCCUGCAGAAGCAAAUGCUGUUUUACUUACCACAGCAGCGAGUGAAAGUGGCGCUCUGCAGGUGGAUGGCAGCAGUGGCAGAUAACGCCAUGGGCUGCUGAUGGGGGUGUGAUCUGCUGCCAGAGCCCUGUAGCUUAUGACCUCAUUGGCCCCAUUAUGGCAGUUCCGUAAAUACCUUGUUGAGGGGAUCACGUAGAGGAGGAAUGUAUGCCAGGGGGCAGAAGGAAAAAAUGUUUCCUGUUAAUUAUGUUGCUUUGAAGGUAUACGUCACAUUUCAUUUUCUUCAGUAAUGUUUUAUUGUGGAUUGUUUUAUUGGUGUUUUAAUGUGUUGUAAACCACUCUGAGAUUUUUUUCCCCUUAAAAAUAUAAAGCAGUAUAGAAAUGAAAAUAUUUGAAAUAAAACUCCACUAAAUCAGUAUUGCUUCCUCUUGCAGCAGUCCUGUGCUUUGUGUGGUAAUGAGUAAUACUGGUGAGCAGUGUUAUAGUGGGGGAACUGAUGGCCUCAUUCAGGGCUGGAAUACUACAAACCCAAAUAUUGACCCUUAUGAUUCCUAUGGUAAGUGUUCCCCUCCCCUUUUUUUUUUACAGGUUUCUCUUUUGGCGGGGGGCAAGGGAGCACAUUAAAAAUGCACAGCAGCUUAUUGAAUGCAGUGCAACUCACUAUGAAAAAGGAAAAACGGUUCUAUUCAGAAACAAAAUGCAGCUUGAACCGGGUGAAAGAGAAAUGCCUGAUAAGAGAUCACACGAGAUAGUUCUGUAAUUUGGAAGCAAUCUUGGCUUAGGAUCCCAGUAAUAGGAAAAAAGAUAUGGAAGAGGGUCAUGAUGUAUUAUUGCUUUGGAGGUAGACUGAGUCAGCAGUCAGUGUUGUCAGGAAUUCUGCAGUUAAGGAAGGACUAGAGGGUUUGUAAACUGCCAUUAGAGCAUCUUUACAGCACUUAAUAUUUAUAAAGAAAUCCCAUUUCCCCUUGUAUUGUGCAUUUUUUUCAUCCCACAGAUCCCUCAGUCUUAAGAGGUGCAUUUGUAGGCCACACGGAUGCAGUGUGGGGCUUGGUUUACAGUGGAGCACACCAGCGCUUGCUCUCCUGUUCAGCAGAUGGCACUAUCCGUUUAUGGAAAGCUUUGGAGAUCUCUCCAGCUCUGAACAUAUUUAAUGAUAAUCAAGGUAUUUAAUAAAUCUCCUGGAUUGUAACACUAUCAAAAGGAACGUCGCUUUUAAUUAUCCAUACUUCUGUUUAUAACCACACUCUGACAUAAUUGUGCAAUACAGGUAGGUUGAUUUUAGUAUGCCAUCGAGUUUUAGUGGAUUCCCAGCAUCACUACAUUGACGCUUGCUGGGAAAGCAUGAGAGGAGAAUCAAAACCCCACUUGCCGGUUGCAUUUGUUUUGAAGGAUGUGUGUGUUGCAGAAUCUCACAACUGGUUUUUUUUAUAAAGUAGCCACUGUUAAUAGGACAUGUUGAUUGCUGUAUUUGGGGCAUUAUAAUGAGAGGUUCAUUUUUAAGCAAUAAUGCAAUAGUAAGUUAUGUAGCAAACCACUAGAUUUGAAUCUUGCUGUUUUCCUUCUGAGGCAAUACAUUAGAAGUUUUAAAAUGGAAAAAAAUGUACAACUAUUAUUGUAGCACACACACUGGAGAGCACUGAACACUUCUUUAUCAUAGAUUCUAGGGUUCAUGUUUAAGAAAUAUUUUGGCUUCAGGGAAAGCCUGGACAAAAAAACAAAGCUUCACAAGAUGUCUGAAACAGUUGACAACUGCUUUGCAUAUGGAAGAAUGAAAGGCAUUCCAUAGUCAGGGGCAAUAUGAGAAAAUGCCUGAUUUGCGUCGGUCAGAAUCCAUUCACUCGUUGGGUAUGAUCUCAUCCAGUGACAAGAGCAUAGCAUUCUGGGAGGCUGGCAUCUCCUCUCUCCGUUUUUCUCUGCUGCCAAUGGAGAGAAAUGCCUGUUUCCAUUCAGGUCACCGCCCUAUGAUGUGUGAUGCAUAGUUUACCAGAUUUCAUGAGAGAUUCUGCUAGAUGACAUGGGCCUUACAGCAGAGCUGCUAUAGCCUAGACCCGAGCUUUCCAAACUGCGUGUCAAACACGUUAGCGUGUCGGCUGCAAUGUGUUGUGCGAAUGUUCCCCAUGCUCUUCCCAGGACUGGAAAGGGGUUAGUUUAAUCUCCAGUUUGCUAGUAAAACUGAACUACUGUGUCGUGAAAUGAUUCAUGUCUAAAAAGUGUGUCACUAAUGUGAAAAGUUUCCAAAGCUCUGACCUAGACUCUCUUUUCUUGUCUACCCUUCUGCCUUCCUUUCUGAACCUUUGUACUUGCCCACCCAAUAUUAAUCCAUAAGACAUUUGUGGUGCAUUAGUCAGUAUACUAGCUCUUGCUACUCUGCUCUUCUUGGGCAUGGUGGGUGCACUGCACAUCUCAGGUUACAGCAGGUCCUGAUACCUAUGUAAAUGUAACGGGUUUGAGGAUUGAUUGGCUCAUUACUGAAACAGAGUUCUAAUAUUCCAACAUUCACACAUCUGUUUGGACACUUGAGAAACCAUAUUUCUUGCUUUUACCAACUUGGCUGGAAAAUUUGAAAUGACUUCUAGAUUUGUGCCAAGAAAAUGAAUGAAUGUGGCUGCUUUCAGGUAGUGGCUAAUGGACCAAGCUUCCUAUUCUUCCUAACACUCUUCUGCUUUUGUAGAGAUGGGGAUUCCCUCUUCUGUGGACAUUGUGAGCAGUGACCCAAGCCACAUGGUAGCAUCCUUUAAUAGUGGCCACACAAGCAUAUAUAACAUGGAAACAAGACAACGCAUCCUUAACUUGGAGUCCAACGCAGAUACUAGUAUGUAUCCAAAGGGGUUAUUUCCAUGUGUUUUCAUUGUUCGUGUUUAUAUUGAUAAAGUCUGAGACCAUCAUGCAUAGAAGGGAAUUAAAUGAAGUGUUCUUCCAUUUAGGAUACCGAUGUUUGCACCUAAUCGUCUUUGAUGGACUGCUGGCGUCAGUCCACAUGGGACUGAUAAAUCUAGCCAUAAAUGUACUCUAAUACAAACAAUUCUGAAAGAACAAAUAUGAGGAAAUAGCAGAUUAGCUGUCUUAUUCUCCCUGACCCUCAUCACCCACUUGCCAUGCUUCCUUAUAUGAUCCAUAGGUAUUUUGGGCUUCCUUAAAUAUUAGGUUUUCACCAUCCCCUAUGCAACUGUAUGGUGUUCCUGAAUUAUACGUAGGUUAGUUUGAGAAGCAGGAUGACAAUAUAUUGAAUGAGCAUAGUAAGGUACAAGUAGAUUGAGUGGACUGAACAUGUUGGGAUUUUUGCACCAGAUUGGCCUGCUAAAUCAGGUCGUUAGUCUUUCCAAUAGCUUAUUUCAGAGGUUUUCAACCUUUUUGGGUCCACAGUUUCCUUGACCAACCACAUGCUUUUUUGCAGCACCCCUGUGGAGCUCAGGAGCCCAGUUAUGCCACCCCUUGCCUGCAGAGCCAGCAGCCCCUCACCCUUUUUCGAACACCCUCCCUUGUGGUGUGUCCCCUCAGCCUCCUCUCUGCUCCCUUCUCCUUGGGGCUGUUCUCUGGGCAGCUGCAUCUGCCACUCCUGGUCUCUGAGCUGCCACCCCGGCCCAAAGAGACUGCCCCACAGGGGCCUGGGAAGCACCCCCUGGCCAGCCCCAGGGGCACCUGGGGAGCUUGCAACAAAGAGCUGUACAAACCUUUGGGAGGCAGAGAUGCAAGAGGCCAUCAGAGAAAGGGAGUGAAGGAAAGAAGGACAGAGGCCAGUGUUGCCUGCGGCACCCCUGAUCAGUCAAGGCACCCCAGGGUGCCACAGCACACUGCUUAAAAACCACUGACUUAUGUGAAUGAAAUAAUUUUUCUGUGUUGACUGUGUUUGCACUUGUUCAUUCCUUUAGCAGUCACCUCUUCUUGCCAAAUAAACAAAGUAAUCAGCCAUCCAACUCUUCCAAUUAGUAUCACAGCCCAUGAGGAUAGACACAUCAAAUUCUAUGACAAUAACACAGGUAAGCAUAAUUCUUCCCUCAGUAGGUCGUAACAUAAAAAAACAAAAAUAUCAUGAAAUUGUCUGAAGUCCUACCCAUUUAGAGAGAAAUUUUGAAAUUGAGGUUUGACAGUUCUAUGACUUGUAAAACAGAUGAGAGGAAUACAGUGGUACCUUGGUUUACAACCAUAAUUGGUUCCGGAGGUCCAGUUGUAAACCAAAACAGGUUGUAAUCCAAGGCACGCUUUUGCCGAUGGGGCCUCCCCCCCCCCAAAAAAUGGUUGUUAUAAAAAAAAAGGUUUGUAAUAAAAAAAAUGGGUUGUAAUCUAAAAAAAGGGACACACGGUUCCGGGUUUGACAUGGUUGUAAUCCAAAGCGGUUGCAAACCAAGGUACCACUGUAAAGGGUUAUUGGCUGUGCAGAAGGAAUUGGUGUGGCUUAGCAUUUGAGUUACAGCUUUAACAUCCUUCCCAGCCAAUCCCGAUGUUUGUCUUUGCUACAGAAAAGCGGAUGAUCCACAGGAUCAUGGAGGGAAAUUUAUGCAUCCCUAAUUUCCACACUGCACAAGAUGGAAUUGCUGCCAAAGCUUACAGAUGCUUGUGUGUGUUUGCCUUUGUGUGUGUGUCUAAAUAGGGUCGCGGGUGGCGCUGUGGGUAAAAGCCUCAGCGCCUAGGACUUGCCGAUCGCAUGGUCGGCGGUUCGAAUCCCCGCGGCGGGGUGCGCUCCCGUCGCUCGGUCCCAGCGCCUGCCAACCUAGCAGUUCGAAAGCACCCCCGGGUGCAAGUAGAUAAAUAGGGACCGCUUACUAGCAGGAAGGUAAACGGCGUUCCGUGUGCUGUGCUGGCUCGCCAGAUGCAGCUUGUCAUGCUGGCCACGUGGCCCGGAAGUGUCUGCGGACAGCGCUGGCUCCCGGCCUAUAGAGUGAGAUGAACGCACAACCCUAGAGUCUGGCAAGACUGGCCCGUACGGGCAGGGGUACCUUUACCUUUACCCCUUCUAAAUAUCUGAAAGAGGAGCACUUAGACUCUUUACCCUUGUUCUUAAAGCCCCAUGUUCUCCAUGUUCACCCAUAGUGAAGGAAAAUAUGUAAAUCAUAACUGUUAGAAAACUUGCAGUCAUUUCGAUUGGUAUCUUAAUUAUGUGCUUAAAACAAAAACACACACAAUGCAUCAUAUUCCAAAGCUAGGCACCGUGUUAAUGAACUCUGUUAUUUAAUUCUAUAAAUUUUGGUCCAGGUGUUUCCUGCUUGGUUUGGCAAAGGAUCAGUAGGCAGAGUUAAUACAAGCAACUUUGUUAAACCUGAGCCACUAGAUAACUUCAGCCUUGUGACUUGCAAGGUUUGCUUUCAAAAGCUCAUAUCUAAGCUGCCUAGGAGUUCAGACUCUGUUUUCCGUGAAUUGAGCUACCUUUUCUUUGAUGUAGCAAACUGAGCUCAGGGUAGGUUUUGCUUUGCACUUGGAACAACAAAAAAGUGGGGGUACGUAUGAAUGAUUAACAUACUGUAUCAAAGCGCUUGUAGAAAUCUCUGCUUUACCUCUGCAUCUCUGCAUAAUAUAUGGAUAUGGCAACUAAGGCAGGAUUGGGUCAUUGCUUCCAUCUUAAAGGGGAAUGUUGAAGGAUUUAUUUGCAAGUAUUGAGCACAAAUGAUGGGCGGUCGUUAUCCAUUUUGUAUCUGAUUAUGUGAGAAUCCACCCUUCUGCAGUUUACUUCAAUUGAUAGUAACACUAUUCAGGAUAGGGAUUUCAAAGAUAUGUGCCAGGACACACCACUCUGCUGUGAAAAAUGCUGAAGUGUGCCUUGUAAAAACUCACGCACUGUGAUGGAUGCAUUCUACCUUUUCUCCAUCAGAGUGGUGUGACCCCGUGCAUUGUUAAUUCUCCCACCCCCAUUACUAUAUGGGCAGUGACAUCACAAAAGAGUGAACAAGGGUGUGCCGGGAUGUCGCCUGUACAGGGAGCUCCCAGAAGUAGAACCAUUACCCUGAAACAACCUGUUCCACCCCUGAUUGACUGGGCAAAGUGGGGAAGUGGGAUGCAGAGCAGCAACAAUCUGUGUGGCAGCUGUAAGGAAGAUGCCUGCUUAUUUCCGUGGGAGCUAAUGAGUAAAAACCUGUCUAGGUUGUACCUAAUGGUGCAGGAGCAGAGUUCAACUCAUUUCCACUCUUGCCCCUAAAAUCUGCUCCAGGCCCCCAGAGCUGAUUCUGAGGGUGUGCAGGGGCUGGAAGGGACAAGAGAGGAGCACAUGCAUGCGCAAAAAUAUUGUGCAAGUGGAGCUGCAGUGUUGGACCCUUUGGUGUGUUUUUUAGGGUGAAAGUGAAUGCUACCUUCACUUUUUUAACUGCGGGAAGGCGCCUGAACCAGGUACCAAAUUUGGGAAGCUGAGCUCCAGGAAAUAACCGGGAAAGUGAAAGUGACCAGCACAGAGACACAGUCAGGCGAUCACUUUCCAAAGGGAGGGGGGCUGUGCUCAUAUUCAAAGAUCCUUUGUUUCAGUGAGAAUAGUUGCUAGUAUGCUUGAUAUCAGUAUCAUUUCCCGUAAGUUCUGUUAAAGCUCUGUAUUGCAUUAACUGAUGACAAGUUGUUUUUUUAAAAAAUAAUGUUUUAUUUCAAAGGAAAAUUGAUCCAUUCCAUGGUGGCCCACUUGGAUGCAGUCACAAGUCUCGCUGUUGAUCCUAAUGGCUUGUACUUGAUGUCCGGCAGUAAGUACAUCCCACAUCCACUCUUAAUCCACUCUUAAUUAAACGUAACUGCAAAUCUAAAUGUUUUUCCUCUUCUUUGUCUAACCUAGGCCACGACUGUUCAAUACGCUUAUGGAACCUUGAAAGCAAGACCUGCAUUCAGGAGUUUACGGCUCAUCGCAAGAAACACGACGAAUCCAUUCAUGACGUAGCAUUCCAUCCCUCGAAAUGUUAUAUCGCCAGUGCCGGAGCUGAUGCGCUUGCUAAAGUCUUUGUAUGA